AUGGCGCUGGAUGUUCCACAAUCAAACAUGUUCAGCCCCAGCCUGCCAAAGUUCCUGACUGUGACAAUUCUGCUCCUGUGACACUGCUGGCCUGAAAACAAGGAAUGUAGUCUACAGAGCACAACUCCAGCUGCCACCUCUUGAACCCAACUGAGGGGCCUGGGGGGGAAACACCACUCCUGGUCCGAACCAAGGAGUCUAAGAUGGGAGGGAAACACCACUCCUGGACUGAACCAAGGAAGUCUACGAUGGGGGGGAAAACACCACUCCUGGACCGAACCAAGGGGUCUAAGAUGGGGGAAACACUACUCUUGGGCCGAACCAAGGGGUCUAAGAUGGGGGAAACAAAACAUCCUCAAGUGUCCGCUGCUUAGGAACACAAACACUAGAGAAUAGUAAAGUGGUGGGUCAUCAACUUCUUGGACGAGAGUGGGAGAAAAAAAAGGGGAAAAGAAAGAUGGAGUUACCAGGGAUGAGGAAGUAUGCCUUAAACAAUCAAGACUGACUAAUAAAUUGGACCCCUUUACUGACCCUCAUAUAAGCAUUUUCCCAUCACUAGUUUAUUGUAGACCUAAUUUAAGAGUCAGCCGUUUGUAUCAGAAGUUAGAGUCUGAGUUAGUAUGGAAAACCCAAGCCUGAGGGAUGCUGCCUCUGCUGCUGCCAGCCCCAGAUUUCCCCCACUUGGCCCUCUUAACAUUUCUUAGCCAUAAUAGAAACUAAGGCUGCGGCCUCCCAAGUGGCGCAGAGGUGUCACUACAGACCCGGGUUCAUUCCCGGCUGUGCAACAACCGGUUGUGCCCGGGAGUCCCAUAGGACAGCGCACAAUUGGCCCAGCGUCGUGAGGGUUUGGCCAGGGGGGCUUUACUUGGCUCAUCGCGCCCUAGCGACUCCUUGUGGGGGGGCCAGGUGCCUGCAGGCUGACCCCGGUCGCCAGUUUAAUGGUGUUUCCUCCGACACAUUGGUGCGGCUGGCUUCCGGGUUAAGCUGGUGGGUGUUAAGGAGCGUGGUUAGCCGGGUCAUGUUUCGGAGGACGCAUAACUCCAACUCCACCUUCGCCUCUCCCGAGCCAGUUGGGGAGUUGCAGCGAUGAGACAAGAUUGAAAAAGUGGGUAAAAAAUAUAAAUACAUAUUUUUGGGGGGGCAUCCCAAAUGGCAGCCUAUUCAUGACAUAGUGCACUACUUUUGACCAGGGCCCAUAGGGUCAAAAGUAGUGCACUACAUAGGGAAUGAGUGACAUUUGAGACAUAGCCGAAACCCAUCCCCCUGGGUCAUACAGCACUAGUCCAAAGCAGAGCUUUAUAUGGGUAAAAGGUGCAAACCCGCCAUAGCAAUGUUUACGCAGUGUCUUUUCUUUACAAUAUUCAUCCCGUGCCCACACACUUCUAAUUCUGAAAGUAUACUUGUGAGGGGGGUCGCCCUGGUAGUAGUUGUAGGUUUUUAUACAGUACCCAAGACCAAUCCAUUAGUUAAUUUGACCAUUGGAAAAGAGCUACUGCGUAAUUACUGAAAUGUGGGUUUGACUGAAUUGAGCCCUAAGUUAUUAUUCAGUCUUUUCUGAGAUGUAAUGAGAAGUCCUCAGUCAGCAGCCUCAGGCAUCAUAUUAGAAACACUUUAUUACACUUUGAUGAUGAUGAAAGUGAAAAUCUGGCCUCCUGAGUGGCGCACCGUUGAGGCGUCACUACAGUCUGGGUUAGAUCCCAUAAGGCAGCGUACAAUUGGCCCAGCGUCGUCCGGGUUAGGGGAGGGUUUGGCCGGGGGGCUUUCCUUGGCUCAUCGCACUCUAGCGACUACGCCUGCAAGCUGACUUCAGUUGUCAGUUGAACGGUGUUUCCUCCGACACAUUGGUGCGGCUGGCUUCCGGGUUAAGCGAGCAGGUGUUAAGAAGCAGCGCGGCUUGGCGGGUCAUGUUUCGGAGGAUGCAUGACUCGACCUUCGCCUCUCCCGAGCCCAUUGGGGAGUUGCAGCGAUGUGACAAGAUCAUAACUACCAAUUGGAUAUCACAAAAUUGGGGAGAAAAAGGGGGUAAAAUUACAACAACUAAAAAAAAAAGUAAAAAGCUUGACUUGAGUUUUUCUGAUGUUUACUCACAAUAUUUAAGUUACUCAGCCUGAGAGUUUGAGACAUUUUACAUACAUUACACAGUUUGCAAAGGAAGUAACAGCCGGCUAGUUAUUCAGCCUUUGUGGCAACAUAUCUGAGAAAGAUUGAGACAUGGGGAUGCUCUCAGGAGUCUAGUGGAGUGGCUGCGGUAUGUUUUGGGCUCCAGUGAGGGGAGGGAGGAUGAGUAGAUAACAGGUAUUGAGCGAUGAUGUGACAGACCACCAAGGCUGGGUCAGUCCCUAUUGGGAUGGAGGAGUGGAGUAGUGGAUGGAGGGAGGGAGGAGAGGGGUGGUGUGAGCCACCUGAGACCCCGUCUCUCAACACUCACCCAAAGAUGAAAGGAUGACAUCCUUAGGGGACAGAGUGGGUGAAGAAGAGGGGGAAAGAGGAGGGGGAAAGAGGAGGGGGGAGGAGACUGGCCUCUUCCUUCACUGUAGACACACUGAAUCACAAGAACAUAUGUGUAUCUGGCCUCUCCUCUUCUGUCAUCAUAGGAGUUUCCUUUUUGCCCCUCUUAAAGUUAAAACAUCCCUUCUCUCCCCAAAGGGGACCCACCAUCUGUCUUCAAGACUCAGUGUGGUGUAUUUAAUUACAUUGGAUUUAUGAAGCGCUUUUCCCACAUUCAAAGUACUAUACAUUACAUUGGUCUACACAGAAGUCAUAGACAGAGUAGUUUGUAUUAACUUUGGUUAUUGUGGCUGAGCAUUAUGUUGUUGUGUAAUUGAAACAUAGCCAAACCCCAAGGCAGUAAGUGCUCUCACACAGUAUCAACAAACCAUUACCACACACCACACACACACACACACACACACACACACACACACACACACACACACACACACACAGCAUCAACAAAGCUCAUUACAAUAAAAUGAAGGAGCUGCCUGCCAUAGAGGCUAAGUAUAAUCAGAGACUUGAAGCCUGAGUGCUGUGAUCAAAUGUAAAGGGAAUAUCAACCGAGCAGCAGGUCUCUACACGCCAGACAAUAUAUUUUCUGGUACUAUGAGUCUGUAUUGUAAUGCUCUCACAAAAUAUAGGAGUGGAAAAUAACUGAUGGUUGACCAAUCUUCCAGUCACACUGGUUGAAACAUUUGAACAUGUCAGAAUGUAGAUUCUGCUGUUUUUACAGAUUCUUGUUUUGUACAUAAGCGCUAUGUUGAGUGUUGCAUGAGUUACUCUAUGCAGACACAAACCAUGCUUGAAUGGGUCUGAUUGGUAUGGGAGGGAGAGGUUGGUGUAGCAGGGCAGGUGGUGAUCGUGUGUGCGUGUGCGUAAUUUUUACUUGUGUGUGCGCAUGUGUGCGGGCUUGUGUGUUUUGUGUGUGUGAAGUCCUCCCAUUCCCUGUUCUGAGUGAUCGGAGAGAGGAGAACGUCAGUCUGCUUGUACUGAGCAUUGAGAUGAACAAUAGAGUCCGACAGACCCAAACAUACCUUGAGGGAGUGUGUGUACAGGGCCUGUCUGCCAUUACAGUGUUGGGACAAUAUCACUGUCAUCUUUGUUGUUAUUCAAUAAUUACUAUCUCAUUCACAAGUCAUUUUUUAAAAGUCCCUUUAAACAUUUGCCAGGACAGUGUCACAUUGAAUCCUAUAGAUAGAUACAGCUGAUAUAGGGACAUUUUCUCUUUAGCAAAGCAGAAGCUGAUUCACACUCACCACUUUGCUACCUCCUCUGUCAGCAAGAAACCAAUAGUCUCAAUCAGUGGAAAUAAUGUGCCACACAUGUGAGACAUGUGAGAGAGAGGCAAAGGUGACAGAGGAUUGUUCUGAGAGAGUUCGCUGAAUGUUCUAGGAUCUUGUCAGGGUUAGUAGGCUAAGUAAAAAAAUCAGUUAAAGUACUGGUUUUAAACAAUCAAGUUGUUCCUCCAUCUUCUGACAUACAGUGGGGAAAAAAAGUAUUUAGUCAGCCACCAAUUGUGCAAGUCCUCCCACUUAAAAAGAUGAGAGAGGCCUGUAAUUUUCAUCAUAGGUACAUGUCAACUAUGACAGACAAAUUGAGAAAAAAAUUCCAGAAAAUCACAUUGUAGGAUUUUUAAUGAAUUUAUUUGCAAAUUAUGGUGGAAAAUAAGUAUUUGGUCACCUACAAAUAAGCAAGAUUUCUGGCUCUCACAGACCUGUAACUUCUUCUUUAAGAGGCUCCUCUGUCCUCCACUCGUUACCUGUAUUAAUGGCACCUGUUUGAACUUGUUAUCAGUAUAAAAGACACCUGUCCACAACCUCAAACAGUCACACUCCAAACUCCACUAUGGCUAAGACCAAAGAGCUGUCAAAGGACACCAGAAACAAAAUUGUAGACCUGCACCAGGCUGGGAAGACUGAAUCUGCAAUAGGUAAGCAGCUUGGUUUGAAGAAAUCAACUGUGGGAGCAAUUAUUAGGAAAUGGAAGACAUACAAGACCACUGAUAAUCUCCCUCGAUCUGGGGCUCCACGCAAGAUCUCACCCCGUGGGGUCAAAAUGAUCACAAGAAGGGUGAGCAAAAAUCCCAGAACCACACGGGGGGACCUAGUGAAUGACCUGCAGAGAGCUGGGACCAAAGUAACAAAGCCUACCAUCAGUAACACACUACGCCGCCAGGGACUCAAAUCCUGCAGUGCAAGACGUGUCCCCCUGCUUAAGCCAGUAAAUGUCCAGGCCCGUCUGAAGUUUGCUAGAGUGCAUUUGGAUGAUCCAGAAGAGGAUUGGGAGAAUGUCAUAUGGUCAGAUGAAACCAAAAUAGAACUUUUUGGUAAAAACUAAACUCGUCGUGUUUGGAGGACAAAGAAUGCUGAGUUGCAUCCAAAGAACACCAUACCUACUGUGAAGCAUGGGGGUGGAAACAUCAUGCUUUGGGGCUGUUUUUCUGCAAAGGGACCAGGACGACUGAUCCGUGUAAAGGAAAGAAUGAAUGGGGCCAUGUAUCGUGAGAUUUUGAGUGAAAACCUCCUUCCAUCAGUAAGGGCAUUGAAGAUGAAACGUGGCUGGGUCUUUCAGCAUGACAAUGAUCCCAAACACACCGCCCGGGCAACGAAGGAGUGGCUUCGUAAGAAGCAUUUCAAGGUCCUGGAGUGGCCUAGCCAGUCUCCAGAUCUCAACCCCAUAGAAAAUCUUUGGAGGGAGUUGAAAGUCUGUGUUGCCCAGCGACAGCCCCAAAACAUCACUGCUCUAGAGGAGAUCUGCAUGGAGGAAUGGGCCAAAAUACCAGCAACAGUGUGUGAAAACCUUGUGAAGACUUACAGAAAACGUUUGACCUGUGUCAUUGCCAACAAAGGGUAUAUAACAAAGUAUUGAGAAACUUUUGUUAUUGACCAAAUACUUAUUUUCCACCAUAAUUUGCAAAUAAAUUCAUUACAAAUCCUACAAUGUGAUUUUCUGGAUUUUGUUUUCUCAUUUUGUCUGUCAUAGUUGACGUGUACCUAUGAUGAAAAUUACAGGCCUCUCUCAUCUUUUCACGUGGGAGAACUUGCACAAUUGGUGGCUGACUAAAUACUUUUUUCCCCCACUGUAUAAGAUGAAAGAGAGGAGAGCAGUGAAGUAAAUAUCUAACCCAUGUCUUGUACAGCACAUCAAAUACCCUCACUAUCUCUAACACCCUUCACCAUCUCUGACACCUUCACUAUUUAUGAUACCCCUACUAUCUGACACCCUCACUAUAUCUGACACCCCUACCAUCUCUGACACCCUCACCCUCUCUGACACCCCUACCAUCUCUGACACCCUCACUCUCUCUGACACCCUCACUAUGUCUGACAUUCCUACUAUCUCUGACACCCUCACUAUCUCUGACACCUCACUAUCUGACACUCCUACUAUCUCUGACACCCCAACCCCCUCUGACACCCUCACUAUGUCUGACACCCUCACUAUCUGUGCUUCAUAUGGAGACAGAGUGAUAGAGGUGUUUUGUCUAUGGCUCUACAACAUCAGCCUGCUCUGAAAGCAAGGUGUGGUUCAAUGGAGAAGAAGGAGCGAGACUGAGAGAGAAAGCAAGAGAGAGAGAUAAAGAGAGAGAGUUCAUGUUUUUGGCAUUAGAUAUUAUACACCAGAGGAAUGGAGUGCACUAUAUAGAAAACAGGGUGCCAUUUGGGACACAUUCACUCCUCUGUGGGAUGGGAGAAGAACAUACUUCCAGACUGACACAGCAGUGUCUCCAGCUGGGAUUCCUGAUCUUGGUGCGUCGAGGCCUGGGAGGUUUCCCGUUGUUGGGAGCCACUCCCGUCCUAGGGGGAGAAAUACAAGGAUUGUUUUUGUUCGGUAGGAGUGUGUGUUGUGUUGUGUUCAGACUCAGAGUGACUACGGCCCACGCCGGCUCCCGUCAACUCGGAUCUUCCAGCCAGAUCCAUAUGCUGCCAGUAGAUAAACAAUGGAGCUUACUAUCUGUGUGUGCGUGUGUGUGUGUGUGUGUGUCCGUGCAGUGUGUACAGUAUGUAUAGACCCUCUAUUGUUGUCAUGGCGCUAGCAGCCCGUGGCCCCCACAGUUAGGCCUAUUUUCAGGAACUGACCUCAUGAGCAGAGACCAUGGGUUAUCUGCUUCCACUUUACUUCAGUGGCUGAGGAGAAUGGAUAGUGUAAAGUUGAGCAUAUGGAGGGGCUGGCUCAGCCGUGAGUCGUUAUAGGCCAGGCCCAGCCUCUCUCACACACACACACACACACACCAACGAAAGUAUUGUGAAACAAAUAGCUCCCUCUUUCACAACUCGUCUUGAUUGUCCAUUCAGUGAUUCUUCCUCGGUUCCUCUGCUGAUGCGUAUUUCGUGAAUCACACCAGUCGUGUGACUUCCUCCCCCUCUGAUUCAGGGGCCUAAUUUGGGGGUGGUUAUUGAAGGCCCCCUUGGGACACACCCGGGCCCUCACACACACACGUGGCUACAAUCACUCUCCUUUACUCUCCUGUAGGAGUGUCACUACUGUAUUGUACUACGCUGAUGACUCACUGCACCCCCAUAUUAUAGAGGAAUAAGAUAUGACUGAGUAUGAAUCAGUGUUCACUGGAAACAAAACAACUCAUGAUAUAUGGAUAAUUUACUAGACCCCUGAUGACUGACACAUUGAACAGAUUGUAAAUGUGACAUUUGACAUAGAUGACUGGGGGGUGGACUUCCAAGGACCCUGAUCGAUCAUUUAUGUGUAGUAUGUAUAGUAUGAGUAUGUGUAGUAUGUAUAGUAUUAGUAUGUGUAGUAUGUGUAGUAUUAGUAUGUGUAGUAUGUAUAGUAUUAUUAUGUGUAGUAUAUGUAUUAUUAGUAUGUGUAGUAUUUAUAGUAUUAGUAUGUGUAGUAUGUAUAGUAUUAGUAUGUGUAGUAUAUGUAUUAUCGUCCUGUGUCGUCUUCGUCUCUGUCGUCUGUUUCGUCUUCGCUGUGUCGUCCUGUCUCGUCGUUCGUCUGUUGUCUGUCUUGCCUUAGUCUUGGUCCUCUCUCUCCCUUCGUCUGUGUUUCGUAUGUGUCGUCUGUCUCGUCUUCGUCUGUGUCGUAUGUCUCGUGUUCGUCUGUGUCGUCUGUGUGUUAUUCGUCUGUGUCGUGUGUCUCGUCUUCGUCGUGUCGUCUGCCUAGCCUUCGUAUGUCUCGUCUUCGUCUUGUCGGCUGUCUCUUCCUAGUCUGUGUCGUCUGUCUCGUCUUCGCAUGUGUAGUAUGUGUAUUAUUAGUAUGUGUAGUAUGUGCAGUAUGUAUAAUAUUAGUAUGUGUAGUAUGUAUAAUAUUAGUAUGUGUAUUAUUAGUAUGUGCAGUAUGUAUAAUAUUAGAAUGUGUAGUAUGUGUAUUAUUAGUAUGUGUAUAAAUGAUAUCUAGUAGUGUACUGUUUAUUUAGAGACGUCGGUUGGGAGAUUCCAUGUGUGUUGAAAUUGCAGUUUCAACAUAAAACGUUUUUUCUCUUAUCGGUUUACCGAUCUAUAAAUGCAGUUUUCACUGCACUGCCUCUCACUUGUGUUAGCGUGUGUGAAUGCACUCUAAGACUGAGUGAUUUCGGGGAUAGCCCUCGCUCCUCUCCUCCUCUCCCCCUCUCCCCCUCCCCUCUCCACUGUCCCCCUGCUGUGUGUGGUAUUGAUUGUGUCUUUAACAGCAUUGAUUGGUCACACUAGGCGGCAACUAGGGAAACAUCUGUGUGUCUGGAGAAGACCACCCUCUCUCCACCUCCCUCUCUCUCUCUCUGGCUGAUCCUUUGUCACCUCCAAUAAACUGUCUUCACUGACAGACCUCUCCUCCAUCCAUCUCAAGCUGGGGACAGAUUUUGGAGCAGUGAUGUUUUGGGGUGACAAAGCUACCUAGGAACUACUAUAGAGAAUAUAUGAAAAGUAAGUAAUUUAGAUAGUGGACACAUUGUAGCAAAGGUGUGUUCAUUUUGCCUGGCUACCAAGACUCCUUGCUCUGACCAAACGCUACACCAUGCCAACGGAGUUAGUUUAGCAAACGACAGAGCAGCGGAAUAAUUGAGUGUGAGUUGUCAGGCUAGUGUUAAUUGUCCUUCCUUUGUAUUUUCUGCCAUAAUGCUACUGUUUUUACUGCAGCUGUUCUAACCUAAGUACAAGUGAGUAUUUUCAAACCACCCGUUGUCAAGUUUUCUAGUGACCACUAGGGGGUAGCGAGGUGGUCACUGCCAAAGGGAAACAAGUGGAUGACCCUGUGGUGAUGUCACAAGCAAAGAAAGCUAAAUCACAGGCACAAAAUAGAAAGGAAGACCAGAGAGAGAGAGAGAGAGAGAGAGAGAGAGAGAGAGAGAUCUGAUAUAUCUAUAUCUAUACACGCGAAGAUAUGAGGAGAGUCUGUAUUAUAUCGAUCUCUCUUCCUCUCUCGCCGCUCCUCUCUCCUCUCUCUCUCGCUCUUCUUCUUUCUCUCUCGCUCUCUAUCUCUAUCAAUUCGUCUCUCUCUCUCUCUCUCUCUGCUCUCUCGCUCUCUCUCCUCGUUCUCCUCUCUCUCUCUCUCUUCUCUCUCCUCUUCUCUCUCUCUCUCUAUCUAGCCUCUCUCUCUUUCAUCUUUUUCUUAUCUAUUUUUUUUUCGUGGCUUGUCUUACAGUGGUCUGUCAUUAUUAUCUCAUCACGAGGGCUUACCUGGUGACAGUGCAGUGAAUGAGAAGAGAGAGUGAGGGAGACUGUGUGUAUGAAUUACUGAGAAAGCAGCAGAAAAUAAUAUAAUCUUUCACAGGACUGGGUUUUUCUAUUGGAUUACAAACAAGAAGAGGGAGAGAUUUUCACAGAACACACAUACAAGGUAAGAUGCCUUUUAUUGUACGUCACAUACUUCUUUCCCAACACCCAUGAUUCUCUCUCUCUUAGAGCCAGGUCAGACAGGUGCAGGAUUCAUGUCAUAAUCUAUUGUUUUUUAUUAGCAAACAGAUUGGAAGUAGUUUUGAUGGUAAACAACUAAAUAAAUGUAUGUUUACAAGCUAGUUGUAUUUCCUUGGCUAUGCUAGUUUUGUUAUAAUGUGAUUGUAACAAGCAUUUACUGUAACUAGUUUCAGUUAUGUACAGGUUUCCUAAUCAGAUUCUUAGGAAAGUUUGAAUUGGUCAGACAGACAUAACAACAGUGAUUUAACCCACAUAUAAAACUACGAAAUUAGACUUGCUAUGUGCCAUAAGUGACAUAAAAAUGUCUGAAAGUGUGGUGUACAGCUUAUGUAUUCUAGAUACUAAGAUUAUUGUUCAUUUUGUCUUUGGACUGUGUCUCCUGUUUUAUACAAAGGGAGGUUUGUGUGACACCUGUAAAAUAAAUGGUUGCUUUCUUUAGUGUAUCCUUGAGUUGAGAAUAAAAGUAAACAGAACUCAAGGACUCCAUGACACACUCUUAGAACUCUCUAGAAAUACCUCACUCAAUUGAAAUGCUUUUAGACUGGUACUGACUUUGAGUGCUUGAGUUAUCUACUGGGUUGUGAAGUAAUGUUUCAAAGUUCAGCUGACUCUAUUUGUCUGUAUGUGAAGAGAGGUGAGAGAGAAAAGAGAGAGAGGUGGUGUGUGUGUGUGCUUGCGUGCUUGUGUGUGUUUGUUUGUCUGGCUGUCUCAGUACAGGUGAAUGAUACUGCCCAGGUGAGAUGAAACUAGGGUGUGUUGUGCUUGUUCAGUGUUCUGCCCUCAUGACUCCAUACAGUAUAAGGCAGCUGGCAAUGGACUCUGGAAGUUGAACAGCUGGCGGACUUUGGUUCUAGGCCACUGCAUCCCUCUGAAUUGUAGUCGUUAUGGGUUAUAAUAACGGUGUAAUGUCUAUAAGUUGGUAGUGUCCGUGUGCAAUGAGGCUAUGGUGGCUUGCAUAUGGAGGGGCAUUUGUCUGUUUUACUGUGCUGGAUGGAUCAACAGCAAGGCUACAGCUGACUAAAGUACUGCAGCACUGUGCCAUUCUGUAUGUCUGAGGCACUACCGUGGAACCAGACUGGAACCAGACUGGACCCAGCAGACCAUAUCAUAUUCACAGGGAUUAGAUACACAAGACAUAGCUGCUGUCUACAAAGGAACGUUUGAUUAGCAAGUAAGAUCUCAGAGGACAUACAUUUACUUGGCUUGAUCAAUGAGGGGUAGUAUUUGUGAUAUUUGCACCAUAGAGGAAGUUUUCUUUUAAACUAUUUGUGGUUUUCAUUUUUUGCCUCUCAUUAACUCACAGAGUUGGCAGUAGUGUACUUAAGUACUUAAGGAAAAAUACUUUAAAGUACUACUUAAGUCCUUUUUUGGGGUGUCUGUAAUUUACUAUUUAUAUUUUUGACAACUUUUACUUUACUACAUUCCUAAAGAAAAUAAUGUACUUUUUACUCCAUACAUUUUCCCUGACGACCAAAAGUCGUUACAUUUAGAAUGCUUAGCAGGACAGGAAAAUGGUCAAAUUCACACACUUAUCAAGAGAACAUCCCUGGUCAUCCCUACUGCCUCUGAUCUGGCAGACUCACUAAACACAAAUUAUUUGUUUGUAAAUUAUGUCUGAGUGUUGGAGUGUACCCCUGGCUAUCCGUAAAUACAAAAAACAAGACAAUUGUGCUGUCUGGUUUGCUUAAUAUAAGGAAUUUGAAAUGAUUUAUACUUUUACUUUUGAUACGUCAGUAUAUUUCAGCAAUUAUAUUUACUUUUGAUACUUAAGUAUAUUUAAAACCAAAUACUUUUACUUGCUGACUUUUACUUGAGUCUUUUUCUAUUAAGGUAUCUUCACUUUUACUCAAGUAUGACAAUUGGGUACUUUUUCCACCACUGAGAGUAGGUCAUUGUCUUUCCGAAGCAUAUUGUAUGUACAGUAUAUUGUAGUCCUGCAUGUGAAUGUUUCUAACAGGUCAUGUAAGGAAAAUGUGACACAAUUUGCCCUUUAAUAAGGUCAUUCUGGUCACAUGUCUAUUUACAGUACAUAGAAUUGACCUGUGAUUUGGUGAUGGUGGUUGGUGAUGUUGAUGAUGGUGGUUGGUGAUGUUGAUGAUGGUGUUGAUGGUGGUUGGUGAUGGUGUUGAUGGUAGUUGGUGAUGGUGUUGAUGGAGAGUUGAUGGUGGUUGGUGAUGUUGGUGAUGGUGUUGUCAUUUAAGGUGGUUCCUCAAUAAUUAUGCAUAAUACUUGUUGGAUGCUAAUUUGGUGACUGUCGAGCUGUGUAAUUAUGCUUUGUAUUUUCACACAUCAUCAUCUGAUCCAGGAAGGAAUUUUCCGAAUGACAGCCAAGUGACGAUCAGCUGAUGUGAUAGCUCAUGCAAUGCAACAACAGCCCAAGUGCUGGAAAAAAGGUGUUCGCCAGGAAUGUCCACAAUAUUUUGGUGACUCUUGAGUUACACCGGUGAAGACAGUUGUGCCUGGAUCCAUGUUGGAUCUAAUAUCCCUAGAGAAUUGAGGUUGAUCAUCAGUUGUUGUCUGCUUGAUUUACAGCAGGGUCUCGUUAGAUUUAACAGAGAAAGCAUCAAGGUAAUGAGUUCAUGUUUUCAUAUGUAAUUGUGCCUCAGAUUGGACACCGAGUCUGUUAUCUGUAAUUGGGUUGGAUAGACUAUUGCGCAACACCCAACACUCUUCCUAUUAAUUUUCUGGAUAUAAUAACAACAAAUGACAUAGCCUAGUGGGCUUAUUCGCAAUAUGAUCUGGUAAUGAAACAACGUGACAAAUACAUUUUGUUUUCCAUGUUACACCUGCAAUUUUAAGGUGCUUGAAGUAGACUACUUGAACUUGAAGCUCAGAAAUUCAAGUACUGAAAUAGGCCUAGCUUGAAAAUCAGACAUUUCCUCAAUUUGGUGCUUGAAAAGUUAUUGUAAUUAUUGUAGCCAAUUAAACAGAAUAAAAAUAUAAACGCAACAUGUAAAGUGUUGGUUUCAUGAACUGAAAUAAAAGCUAAUUUCUUUCAAAUUUUGUGAGCAAAUUUGUUUUUAUCCCUGUUAUUGAGCAUUUCUCCUUUGCCAAGAUGAUCCAUCCACUUGACAUGUGUGGAAUAUCAAGAAGCUGAUUAAACAGCAUGAUCAUUACACAGGUGCACCUUGUGCUGGGGACAACAAAAGGCCACUCUAAAAUGUGCAGUUUUGUCACACAACAGAUGUCUCAAGUUUUGAGGGUGUGCAAUUGGCAUGCUGACUUCAGGAAUUUCCACCAGAGCUGUUGCAAGAGAAUUUAAUGUUCAUUUCUCUACCAUAAGCCGCCUCCAACGUCGUUUUAGAGAAUUUGGCAGUACGUCCAACCGGACUAAAAACCACAGACCACGUGUCACCAUGCCAGACCAGGACCUCCACAUUUGGCAUCUUAACAUGCGGGAUCGCAGGUCCUGAGCGUUCUGGAACAGGUUUUCAUCAAGGAUCUCUCUGUACUUUGCUCCGUUCAUCUUUCCCUCGAUCCUGACUAGUCUCCCAGUCCCUGCCACUGAAAAACAUCCCCACAGCAUGAUGCUGCCACCACCAUGCUUCACUGUAGGGAUGGUGCCAGGUUUCCUCCAGACAUGACGCUUGGCAUUCAGGCCAAAGAGUUCAAUCUUGGUUUCAUCAGACCAGAGAAUCUUGUUUCCCAUGGUCUGAGAGUCUUUAGGUGCCUUUCGGCAAGCUCCAAGCGGGCUGUCAUGUGCCUUGUACUGAGGAGUGGCUUCUGUCUGGCCACUCUACCAUAAAGGCCUGAUUGAUGGAGUGCUGCAGAGAUGGUUGUCCUUCUGGAAGGUUCUCCCAUCUCCACAGGGGAACUCCUGAGCUCUGUCAGAGUGACCAUCGGGUUCUUGGUCACCUCCCCGAUUGCUCAGUUUGGCCGGGCGGCCAGCUCUAGGAAGAGUCUUGGUGGUUCCAAACUUCUUCCAUUUAAGAAUGAUGGAGGCCACGGUGUUCUUGGGGACCUUCAAUGCUGCAGACAUUUUUUGGUACCCUUCCCCAGAUCUGUGCCUUGACACAAUCCUGUCUCGGAGCUCUACAGACAAUUCCUUCGACCUCAUGGCUUGGUUUUUGCUCUGACAUGCACUGUCAACUGUGGGACCUUAUAUAGACAGGUGUGUGCCUUUCCAAAUCAUGUCCAAUCAAUUGAAUUGACCACAGGUGCUCAAAUGGAAAUACCUUAUUUACAUAAGUAUGAUUUAUUUUAUUUUAUACAUUUGCUAAAAUUUCUACAAACCUGUUUUCACUUUGUCAUGAUGGGGUAUUGUGUGUAGAUUGAUGAGGAUUUUUAUUUAUUUAAUCUAUUUCACCUGCUCCUCCUCCAGCUCCUCCUCCAGCUCCUCCUCCUCCUCCUCCUCCUCCUCCUCCUCCUCCUCCUCCUCCUCCUCCUCCUCCUCCUCCUCCUCCCCCCCCCAUCUAACUAAGAACUCUCUCCAGCUGUUAAAUGACUGAGUGUGACUUUUGGGGUUACUGUUCAAUUUAGACUAUAUUCUCCUACUGUGUUAGGCUUACAUAUCCCACUUGUUGAUCUCUAAGCAGGACUAGGCCUGUCAUCUUAUUCCAAAAUAAUCCAUUAGGAUUCUGAAAAUUGUCUGACCUGAGACACUAUCAGUGUCUACAGAACAAUUUCUGACCUCUUCACAGCAUCCUAACAGAUGUCCUCCUUUGUCCCUUCUGUCAGGGUAGUAAUGAAGCUUCUAGCGGCCAUAGCAGUGGUGCUCCUCCUGGUGGCGGUGGAGAGUAUGGCGGCCAGAGGCAUGUCCAGGAGGACCAAGAGGGAUCUGAUGAGCCCGCUGCACAUUGGGGGAAUCAGGGACCCGUUUGGGUUGUACUGCGAGCGGAGGGGGGGCUGCUGCCCGGGCCGGGACGACCAGUGUACGGUGCCCUACCUGGACACCAUCUGUUACUGUGACCUGUUCUGUAACCGAACCAUCUCCGACUGCUGCCCCGACUUCUGGGGCCACUGUCUGGGCAUCUCACCCCCUUUCAUUGGUAAGUUAGAGGGUGUGUGUGGGGAGGAGGGUGUGGGUGUGUGGGCCUGCCAUUUAGGAUUAAGACAGAAAGGCCCAGUACAGUGACACACCUGUACAGUUGCUAGAGUAUACAGGUCCCACACUGAGUGGCUACUAUAGGACUACUGAAUUGAAUGGCAACUAACAACUGCUAAUCCUACGCACAGGUAAAGUUAUGUGUUCAGUUGUCACAGUCACAUUAGGUAAGAGGUCCCAUUGGCCUGUGAAACCUUAAUAAGCACACUGUGGUAAAAUAUAAAAUACAUGCUUCGUAAACAACAGGUGUAGACUAACAGAGAAAUGCUUAUGGACCCUUCCCAAAAAUGCAGCAAGAAAAAAAGAGAAAUAAUACAAAAAUAAUAACUCAAAGAAUAAAUACACAAUGACUAACGAUAACUUGGCUAUAUACAUGUACAUGGGGUACCAGUACCGAGUCGAUGUGCAGGGAUACGAGGUAAUUUAGGUAGAUAUGUACAUAUAGGUAGGGAUAAACUGACUAGGCAACAGGAUAGAUAAAAGACAGUAGCAGCAGCAUAUGUGAUGAGUCAAAAAUAAUUAGUGCAACAUGGGUUCACUGGUUAACUUUCUCUGCUUUCACUGUAUAAACAUGCUCCACAUACACAUAUCUCUGCUAGUCGUUGUGGAGGUGUAAAAUGUUCCAGUGGCAGCACGGCCCUACCUGAGAAUAGACCAUGAACAGUGGUCUUCUUAUUAGUCUGAGACAGAGGGAGGGGGGAGGACGGGGAGGGAGGGAUGGAUGAAUGGAGGUCAGGAGAAAAAAUGCACACUAUGCAGAGAGAGGGAGAGAUAUGUGACGGGAACGGGACAGGGAGUAGGACGAGGUCGAGAUAGGUAUGUGCUUGCUAGAUGACAGGGAGGUUGCGUUUCACAAAAGAGGGACACACACACGCAAGCAUAUAUACACACACACCUUAGCCUGUGGGAGGCGGAGGGAAGAGGAAAGGAGUGACACCUUCAUUUCUCACUCUCUCUACCUGACUUGCUCUCUCCUAUCUCUCAGCUCACCUUAUCAGAGAGCAGCUCAGACAAACUGUGGGAUGAAUUCCAAAACCAUUUCAUUCAAAUCAAGACAAAUCAUUCUUGGAAACAGUAAAUGCAUCCCUUCCUCCAAACAGUUUCCGGCAUGUCAGCUCAAGUUAAGGGUUAGGGUUAGGUUUGGGUUAGGUUCACCCCUACUAGGUCCCACUCCACAGAACCAUUAUGGAGUAGUGAUGGAGUUAAGAAGAGUCUAUUGAUGCACCCGUGCGUUAAUAUACUGUAAGUAACAUAACAAAAAAAUCCCCAUCAAAAUCCAUCAGUUUAAGCUAGAGAUAUCUAUUUUUAGCAUGGGCUGCUUCUCAAUCUACCGCAUCCGCUUACGGCUGGCUUCCGCAACUGCGGUGGAAGUUGGCCAUGCUACAGCUGUGUUUGUCAGACCAUGAUACACCCCAAAAAUCGGUCUUCUCACAAAAAUGUCUGUAGCAUCCGAACGGUUGGUGUUGCUCUACGACCCCCACAAGCCCCACGGGACUCAUCUGAAGUUGGUAACGCUGAUGUACCAGCUUCUGUCUGUAGCGUCCGAAACCGUUUAUGCUACAAACCAAUAUUUUAGUGUUCUCCAUUUUGCUCUUUGACCCCUACAAGCCCCAUGGGACUCGUCUGAAGGUAACCCAUACAAAUCAAUGGAAGUAUGGAGGUAGUUUUGUGCCAACAAAAAUAAGGGGUUAAAUACAUGUCCAAAAAAACUACAAUAUUUCCUGAGCUUUCUUACAUCUCCUAAAUAUAGGACAGACACUUCAAAACCUUAUUCCUGAUGACUUUUUUUUUGCCAUUUAUGAAUGUGUUAUUCAAUAUUAUUCAAUGUUAUUCAUAUUGUUUUAUAUACCUACAGGGGUCCUAAAAUUGAAAAUCAAAUAGCUAAAUUAUCCAUGGUUUCACCAUCUUAAAACAAUUCCCUAUGUUAGCCCCCCCAACGGCUUAGACUUUUAGAGGUAAUGAGAGGAGUAGCUGCAAACCACACAACAGUCUCGUGCAGGGCACAGCCCAGAACAGCACGGCGUCCGUUUCGGAUCCUCCUCCUACUAACACCAGAGGAGUGGUAGAGGGAAGAGGUCACCAGAGAUGGUGUAAAUGUCUGUCCCAGUCAGUCCAGGACUUGAACUGGACAUUGAAAUGACCCUGUAAACCUUUGAAAAUGACAAUAAAAGACAUUGGAAAGUAAAUAAUAUUGAGAAAACCUAGAAUAAAGGACAAUAAGGAUAAUAUAUGGAUUAUGCGUUUUCGAUUCAAACUCCAUGGCAUGUCCAAUCCUAUACUGAUGAGGUCUAGAUGGAAUUUAAAUUGACCCCACCUCUGGAGGCCACAUGGGUGUGUAUGGUUUUGUCUCUGCCCACUGAGGGGUGGGAGGUGUGAGGUAGAGUGGCGCCCCUGUCCCCUGGAGCCCAGUGGAGGUGGCAGGGUUUUCAUUAAGUGUGUGUGUGUGUGUGUGUAAUUAAGCUUGUUAAGGCAUGAUGAGGACCUGUUAGCCCUGGGAAACAGAGGACAGAAGCCAACAGCACAUGCCAACAGCACAUUCCAACAGCAGAUUACUGCAGCUCAGGGUUCCCCAGACCCCACACACUAAUACACACCUCACAGCCAGGGUGUUACUGUUAACUCUCUCACUACACACUCUACACUCUACACUCUACACUCUACACUCCACACUCCACACAGGCACACACACUUGCUUGGGUGCUUUCCCUCUCCCGCUGGCCUGUGUGCGCGCCCGUGUGUGCCCCUCAUGUGGGUGUGCCUGUGUAGAGUGAAGAGUGUAGAGCAGGGUUCUUCAAUUCCGGUCCUGGAGGGCCGAAACACCUCUGUUUUUCAUCCUCUCCUUCUAAUCAGGGGCUAAUUCAGACCUGGGACACCAGGUGAGUGCAAUUAACUACCAGGUAGAAAUAAAAAAACAGAAGUGUUUCGGCCCUCCAGGACCAGAAUUGAAGAACCCUGGUGUAGAGUGUAGAGUGUAGAGUGUAGAGUGUAGAGUGUAGAGUGUAGAGUGUAGAGUGUAGAGUGUAGAGUGUAGAGUGUAGAGUGUAGAGUGUGUAAUCGGUAUGAGUCAGCCUCUCAGAUCUUCCACCACAACAGGAUCAACGUAAUCAUUCAUGUGAUCCUAUCUUCUGGCAACAUCUUAUUGAAUUUCCUCCUUUUGUUUAAUUCCAGGCACCUGUGAAAGAAACGGACACAAAUUCCUCUCAGGACAAACAUUCAAAGACAACUGCAAUUUAUGGUACGUGUCUCUGACCUCUUCCUUGCUUUUCUCACUGUAUACAUGAUUUGGAAAGGCACACACCUGUCUAUAUAAGGUCCCACAGUUGACAGUGCAUGUCAGAGCAAAAACACAGCCAUGAGGUCGAAGGAAUUGUCCGUAGAGCUCAGAGACAGGAUUGUGUCGAGGCACAGAUCUGGGGAAGGGUGCCAAAACAAUUCUGCAGCAUUAAGGUCCCCAAGAACACCGUGGCCUCCAUCAUUCUUAAAUGGAAGAAGUUUGGAACCACCAAGACUCUUCCUAGAGCUGGCUGCCCGGUCAAACUGUGCAAUCGAGGGAGAAGGGCCUUGGUCAGGGAGGUGACCAAGAACCCAAUGGUCACUCUGACAGAGCUCUAGAGUUAUUCUGUGGAGAUGGGAGAACCUUCCAGAAGGACAACCAUCUCUGCAGCACUCCACCAAUCAGGCCUUUAUGGUAGAGUGGCCAGAUGGAAGCCACUCCUCAGUAAAAUGCACAUGACACCCCGCUUGGAGUUUGCCAAAAGGCACCUAAAGACUCUCAGACAAUGAGAAACAAGAUUAUCUGGUCAGAUGAAGCUAAGAUUGAACUCUUUGACCUGAAUGCCAAGUGUCACGUCUGGAGGAAACCUGGCACCAUCCCUACGGUGAAGCAUGGUGGUGGCAGCAUCAUGCUGUGGGGAUGUUUUUCAGCGGCAGGGACUGGGAGACUAGUCAGGAUUGAGGCAAAGAUGAACGGAGCAAAGUACAGAGAGAUCCUUGAUGAAAACCUGCUCCAGAGCGCUCAGGACCUCAGACUGAGACGAAGGUUCACCUUCCAACAGGGCAACAACCCUAAGCAUACAACCAAUCCAACCUGACAGAUCUUGAGAGGAUCUGCAGAGAGGAAUGAGAGAAACUCCCCAAAUACAGGUGUGCCAUGCUUGUAGCAUUAUACCCAAGAAGACUCGAGGCUGUUAUCGCUGCCAAAGGUGCUUCAACAAAGUACUGAGUAAAGGGUCUGAAUACUUAUGUAAAUGUGAUAUUUCAGUUUUUUAUUUUUUAUUGAUUUUUUAAAAAUUCUAAAAACCUGUUUUUGGUUUCGCAUUAUGGGGUAUUGCGUGUAGAUUGAUAAGGAAAAAAAACGAUUUAAUCAAUUUUAGAAUAAGGUUAUAACGAAUGUGGAAAAAGUCAAGGGGUCUGAAUACUUUCCGAAUGCACUGUAUCUCUGUCUCUACCCUCUUCCCUCUCACUCCCUUUCUUUACAUCUCUCUGUCCAAACAGUGAUCACUCCUUCAAACACUUUGAUGACGUGACCUUUCUGGUUGUACCACAGACAGACCCACAUUUUCCAUGGAGAGUUUUGUGACCCCCGUCAAUUCAUUUGGUUUAAUGUAGCUAUCUCCUUCAUGAAAUGAAAGAGUCUUGCAUCUUAUCAAACAAGCAGCAUAAGAAAAGCAACAGCAAGAUAUGGUAGCACAUCACACUACAAUACAAUACUGAGCAUUUGGCAACAUUUGGCAACAUUGUGCAACAUUGCGCAACAUUCGGCAACAUUGGGAAACAGUGGGUCUUGUGGGGCUAGAGACAGGGGUAGGAUGGGCUACCCCUACAGGGGCUAGAGGGGAACAACACAUUCUUCAAAUCCCCAGUGUCUCGCACCUCUCCUCCUCCAUCUGUUCCUCCUCUCCCAGUUUUGGGGAGUAGUGAACUACAUGUAGUUCAACUAGCAAUUUAACUACAUUUUGCUGAAGCUUGGUGGUAGUUCAACUCAAUUCAAAUCUAGGUAGUGUUUUCAGUAGUUAAUUACUUUGUUUUGCCAUGUAGUGGUGUAGCUAACUACUGGAACUACACACUACUUUUUUUUGCAAAAGAUAAGUAGGCAAGAAUUUAUUUUCUUUUUCGGCGUCAGACCUGCCUAACUCUCACUUGAAACAUAGUUUUUGUGUUUGAUAGGCUAAAUUACACAUUCUCUUAACAUAUGACCCCAAAGUGAUCUGUCUUGCAAUUUGUAGUCUAUGACAUUUCAGAUUUACAUAUGAUAAUUUUUCACGAAGUAGGUUGGAUGUAGUGAACUACUUUUUCAAAGUAACUUUAGUUAAGUAAACUACUUUUUUUUUUUUCACCCAAAAACUAUAUUCUGGUAUUUGUUUCAUUAGUCCAUUGUUGACAUAGUCCCAAACCGUUUUGCUAGUCAGCAAUCAAGUUUUCAAGAUAUGUAACUUUCAAAAUACAGAAAUCCUCCCCGUAUCAUGCAUUUUGUAUCAUAUGAUGCUGCGUUUUGAUCAUAUUAUGCAAAAUGCAUCAUACAGGGAUGAUUUCUGUAUUUUGAAAGCUUAACUCCUUCCAGUGUGAAGUAAUUGGUAGCUUGGUAAACUAUCUUUUCAGAGUAGCUUCCCUAACACUGUCCUCUCCUCCUCUCCUCCCUUCCUCCAUAUUUCCCUCCUCUCUUUACAGCUGUGUUACAGUAAUGAGGGGGACAGCAGAGCAAACCCAGAACCCACAGGGGCUAGGUUAAUACAUACUACAGACCGUGCACGUUCAGACACAGAUUAUCUGCUAGUCUGUAUGUUUAUGUGACGAGGCUAAACUACAGUAACAUCCCAGUUGGGAUUUAGUUAACUAAUACAGGCUAAACUACAGUAACAUCCCUGCUGGGAUUUAGUUAACUAAUACAGGCUAAACUACAGUAACAUCCCAGCUAGGGUUUAGUUAACUAAUACAGGCUAAACUACAGUAACAUCCCAGCUAGGGUUUAGUUAACUAAUACAUUUACAUUUACAUUUUAGUCAUUUAGCAGACGCUCUUAUCCAGAGCGACUUACAGUUAGUGAGUGCAUACAUUUUCAUACUGGCCCCCCGUGGGAAACGAACCCACAACCCUGGCGUUGCAAGCGCCAUGCUCUACCAACUGAGCUACAGGGGACUACAAUACAGGCUAAACUACAGUAACAACCCAGCUAGGAUUUAGUUAACUAAUAUAGGCUAAACUACAGUAACAUCCCAGCUAGGAUUUAGUUAACGAAUACAGGCUAAACUACAGUAACAUCCCAGCUAGAAUUUAGAUAACGAAUACAGGCUAAACUACAGUAACAUCCCAGCUAGGAUUUAGUUAACUAAUACAGGCUAAACUACAGUAACAUCCCAGCUAGGAUUUAGUUAACGAAUACAGGCUAAACUACAGUAACAUCCCAGCUAGGAUUUAGUUAACUAAUACAGGCUAAACUACAGUAACAUCCCAGCUAGGAUUUAGUUAACUAAUACAGGCUAAACUACAGUAACAUCCCAGCUAGGAUUUAGUUAACUAAUACAGGCUAAACUACAGUAACAUCCCAGCUAGGAUUUAGUUAACUAAUACAGGCUAAACUACAGUAACAUCCCAGCUAGGAUUUAGUUAACUAAUACAGGCUAAACUACAGUAACAACCCAGCUAAGAUUUAGUUAACUGAUAUACUGCACAGGCCAAGCCGAGUAUGUUCAAUCAGACUAGUGCUAAUGUAUUUGAUAGGCAUUAGAGACCCAAUGCUGUAUAAACCUUAUAUAAGAUUAUCACCGUUCAGCUGUGUAUUACUCUAACCUAAUGAUAUAGCAGCACUGGUUAUGAUUACUUAUGCAGGGUUUUGUGUUGCCAGAGCAGAAAUAUAGUUUAGCUUUUUGAUAAACCACUCUACAUAGAUCUAAAAAAGACCAGAAUGAGAUAUUCCACUAGGUCGUAUCUAGAGUGUAGAUAUGACCUAGUGGAAUAUCUCAUUCUAGUAUUUGUUUAUCUAUUUUAGUACCACUAUACUACUACUAUACUGCUACUAUACUACUACUCUACUACUACUAUACUACUAUCAUACUACUACCAUACUACUAUACUACUAAACUACUAUACUACUACUAUACUACUACUAUACUACUACUAUACUACUACUAUACUACCACUAUACUACUAAUACUAAUACUAUACUACUACUAUACUCUGUUCUAUUGAUAACAUAAUACCUGUAGGUUUAGUCUGUGAUACAGAUUAAGACUGAAGUCAAUUUGGCUCUUGAAUAGCAGCAUGACAUACAGUUGAAAGUGAAUUUGGCCCAGGCCCCAUCUUUCAUAUAGUCUGUCUGUGUCUGUGUCUCGAUCUGUGUGCGUGUGUGUGUGUUUGCCUGUGUGUGUGUGUUGGUGUUGGUGUCUGUGCCAACCUUUCCAGCAGUGUCUCCACACCACCCACUGAGUAAGACGCUGAAAUUAAAGAUAAUUGGGACAGAAAUUCCUCGAACUGCCCAAGUGUGCAGGAACUUUGAUCUACAAAAUCAUGUCUAGUAAACGAAUACACCUGGAAACCUCUUUCUAACACAAUAAUAUGUAGAUAGACAAUGCCAGGCUAUCUCAUAGACAUCGAACUCUUUGAUUUGACUUAUGCACUGAGUUCUUCUCACCUGUAGCUUUUCAAUUGGACUAAAUUAUUCCAUUGAGAGACCCUCACUAAUAGCUUUAGGCUUUUUGUGUUAUGAGAUGGACUAUUCAAGUCCUAAUCACUUGUGUAUGUGUGGUAUGGAUGGUUUUCCUGUCUGGGGGAUGUACAGUAGCUGAAGAGAACAGAGGGGGUAGCGGUUAGGGGGUGAGGGCGUGAGGACAGUUUCCAGGAUGAGGGAAGGUUGAUAUCACCUAUCUGCUAGAACGGUUUCUCACAUCCCCGCCAUGGGCUGUUUCUCAGAGAGGGUGUGUGCUUCUGUGGUUUAGUCUGUCUGUGUGUGUGUGUAUGUAUGUAUGUAUGUAUGUAUGUGUGUGUGUGUGUGUGUGUGUGUGUGUGUGCAUGCGCAUGCAUGCACGCGCGUUUGUGUACUGGCGAUGCGAAGGCGAGUGUCUGUGUGGCGUCUGCCCCCAUUCAUGUAUCCAUAUCAUAUUUAUUUUCACUUAUGCAAAGUAUCCUGUAGCUGUUUCUCUGGUCCAGUCUAACUCCAGCCAUAUUCCUACUGACACCACUCUCCUGUAGGCUGCAUAGCACACCUGGGUUCAAAUACUAUUCAAAAUCUUUCAAAUACUUUGAGCGUUUGCUUUAGCCUGCCUGGAGUGGUGGAUGGGUGUGGUGGAGACCUAUGGGUCAGAUAGGAGCAGAGAUAGUAAAGGGGAGUAUAUAGACGUCCAGUCUAACCUAACGUCUCCUUCCAUUGUCCAACUCUCCUUUAAGAGAGACGUUUGGAGGUUAAAUAAACACUGCCAUGGUAAAAAUAGACCCUGCUUUCAGUACAGCAUGGACCAGCAUUUAAAGGAGAAGUUUUAUUUUUUACAAACAAAUCUAUUUUUUUAAAUGCAAAUGGCAUGUUAUAGAAGGGUCCAGAUGCCUUUUUUGUGAUUUCACUUGUUUUUGAGAAACUUAUCCCAAACAGCAAAUCACUUCCUCAUCCUCGUUGUGUAUAAUGAGGGCCCUGAAAAAACAUGAACUAAGGCUCCAAAAACACCCAAAUACGUCAUUUUAAACGGCAAAGCUCUCAGUAUAGUGAUGCAGGGCUUUAAAUUGUGUCAUUCCGAACUUUAUCUGUAAAAUUAUAUUCCAUUUUGCGCGACUCAAGUCGUUUCCCUUAUCCUGCGGUUCCAUUCUCCGUGUAGCUUGCUGCUACAGGUAACUGCCAAAAUAAAGGAAACACCAACAUAAAGUGUCUUAACAGGGCAUUGGGCCACCACAAGCCACCAGAACAGCUUCAAUGCGACUUGGCGUAUCCUUUAAGUAUAAACUGCCCUUUCACUGUUAAAUUCAAACAAAUGGUCCCACGCAAUAAACACUCACAACCAUUCAUGUACUCACACGCAAGUAUGAAAGCACACACGCAUGUAUGCACAUACAGUCGUGGUCAAGCAUUUUGAGAAUGACACAAGUAUUGGUCUUCACAAAGUUCGCUGCUUCAGUGUUAUGAGAUAUAUUUGUCAGAUGUUACUAUGGUAUACUGAAGUAUAAUUACAAGCGUUCCAUAAGUGUCAAAGGCUUUUAUUGACAAUUACAUUAAGUUUAUGCAGAGAGUCAAUAUUUGCAGUGUUGACCCUUCUUUUUCAAGACCUCUGCAAUCCGCCCUGGCAUGCUGUCAAUUAACUUCUGGGCCACAUCCUGACUGAUGGCAGCCCAUUCUUGCAUAAACAAUGCUUGGAGUUUGUCAGAAUUUGUGGGUUUUUGUUUGUCCACCCGCCUCUUGAGGCUUGAACACAAGUUCUCAAUGGGAUUAAGGUCUGGGGAGUUUCCUGGCCAUGGACCCAAAAUGUCGAUGUUUUGUUCCCCGAGCCACUUAGUUAUCACUUUUGCCUUAUGGCAAGGUGCUCCAUCAUGCUGGAAAAGGCAUUGUUCGUCACCAAACUGUUCUUGGAUGAUUGGGAGAAGUUUCCCGCAGAGGAUGUGUUGGUACCAUUCUUUAUUCAUGGCUGUGUUCUUAAGCAAAAUUGUGAGUGAGCCCACUCCCUUGGCUGAGAAGCAACCCCACAAAUGAAUGGUCUCAGGAUGCUUUACUGUUGGCAUGACACAGGACUGAUGGUAGCGCUCACCUUGUCUUCUCCGGACAAGCUUUUUUCCGGAUGCCCCAAACAAUCGGAAAGGGGAUUCAUCAGAGAAAAUGACUUUACCCCAGUCCUCAGCAGUCCAAUCCCUGUAUCUUUUGCAGAAUAUCAGUCUGUCCCUGAUGUGUUUCCUGGAGAGAAGUGAUUUCCUCGCUGCCCUUCUUGACACCAGGCCAUCCUCCAAAAGUCUUCGUCUCACUGUGCGUGCAGAUGCACUCACACCUGCCUGCUGCAAUUCCUGAGCAAGCCUUGCACUGGUGGUGCCCCGAUCCCUCAGCUGAAUCAACUUUAGGAGACGGUCCUGGCGCUUGCUGGACUUUCUUGGGCGCCCUGAUGCCUUCUUCACAGAAAUUGAACCUCUGUCCUUGAAGUUCUUGAUGAUCCGAUAAAUGGUUGAUUUAGGUGCAAUCUUACUAGCAGCAAUAUCCUUGCCUGUGAAGCCCUUUUUGUGCAAAGCAAUGAUGACUGCACGUGUUUCCUUGCAGGUAACCAUGGUUAACAGAGGAAGAACAAUGAUUUCAAGCACCACCCUCCUUUUAAAGCUUCCAGUCUGUUAUUCUAAUUCAAUCAGCAUGACAGAGUGAUCUCCAGCCUUGUCCUCGUCAACACUCUCACCUAUGUUAAUGAGAGAAUCACUGACAUGAUGUCAGCUGGUCCUUUUGUGGCAGGGCUGAAAUGCAGUGGAAAUGUUUUUUUUGGGAUUAAGUUCAUUUUCAUGGCAAAGAGGGACUUUGCAAUGAAUUGCAAUUCAUCUGAUCACUCUUCAUAACAUUCUGGAGUAUAUGCAAAUUGCCAUCAUAAAAAUUGAGGCAGCAGACUUUGUGAAGAUUCAUAUUUGUGUCAUUCUCAAAACUUUUCACCACGACUGUACACAAAACACACACACGCACACACACACUCCCCUACUCUCCCCUCAUUUCCCAUACUUGCAUAUUGACCUUAACACUCCUACCAGUGGUGGUCGGUGCCAUUUAAGAUGAGGGAGGACAAAUAUUUUUCUUAUGAGCAUGGCUUUAUUUCAAUACAGCAAAUUGGAUGUCUGUCAUUCAUAUUCAAUUCACCCAGCUCAAUGUAACAUCGAUAGGUUUAGGCUACUACAUGAUAAUCAAAUUUUCCCUAUCAUGAGGUUGCUACAACCUAGCCUGUGAAUGAAGGUUUACAACGUAGGUGCACAGGUCGAGAGAAAUUUGAGUAAUCAAGGUGACAGACAUUGACACAUUCAAUACCUCCUUGCACACUCUUGUCUGCAUCUAGCUAAUCUAGCAUAUAAUCAUUAGCCAAACAGUUGCAAACAAGAGUUUAUAUUGGACAAAUUCAGAUAUGUUUAUCCCUGUUUUGUUCCGUUUGCUUCCGUUUAAGAAACGGCAUGAUCCCUUUGAUUGUUGUAUAAUUCCUUCUCACAUUCCUGGCUCUCCUCCUCUCACCAUUUCCCUUCGCUUGUGGACUUCAGUGGACAACACAUCAGCUGUCUCUGACCAGGCGAAAAAGCCUUUCCAAACCAAACCUUCAUAUCAUGACCACUAACCGUUACACACAGCCUACAUCAUUUUCACCAUAUUAGCUAACGUCAAGUCAACAUAGCUACUAGAACUAACGCAUUAGUAAACCCGCUACAAUCAUACAGUAGCAGUUACACCGGCGGGCCUCGUGGCAAUAAAUUAAUAAAACCAAAAGCUUACCUUGACUUGGAAGAGUUCCAGUGUUGGACAGCCAUAGCCAGCUAGCUAACACAAACACCCGGCUCAGAGAGGGAUGCUGAGUAGGCUAAACUAGCUAGCUGUAUUCACUAGCUAAGUAAGUGAAAGUGAAAAAAAUACCAAAUAUAGCUAGUCAAUCAAUCAAUCAAUUUUAUUUUAUAUAGCCCUUCUUACAUCAGCUAAUAUCUCGAAGUGCUGUACAGAAACCCAGCCUAAAACCCCAAACAGCUAGUAAUGCAGGUGUAGAAGCACGGUGGCUAGGAAAAACUCCCUAGAAAGGCGAAAACCUAGGAAGAAACCUAGAGAGGAACCAGGCUAUGAGGGGUGGCCAGUCCUCUUCUGGCUGUGCCGGGUGGAGAUUAUAACAGAACCAUGCCAAGAUGUUCAAAAAUGUUCAUAAGUGACAAGCAUGGUCAAAUAAUAAUCAGGAAUAAAUCUCAGUUGGCUUUUCAUAGCCGAUCAUUAAGAGUUUAAAACAGCAGGUCUGGGACAGGUAGGGGUUCCAUAACCGCAGGCAGAACAGUUGAAACUGGAAUAGCAGCAAGGCCAGGCGGACUGGGGACAGCAAGGAGUCACCACGGCCGGUAGUCCCGACGUAUGGUCCUAGGGCUCAGGUCUCUCAGUUGGCUUUUCAUAGCCGAUCAUUAAGAGUUGAAAACAGCAGGUCUGGGACAGGUAGGGGUUUCGUAGCCGCAGGCAGAACAGUUGAAACUGGAAUAGCAGCAAGGCCAGGCGGACUGGGGACAGCAAGGUGUCAUCAUGCCCGGUAGUCCUGACGUAUGGUCCUAGGGCUCAGGUUCUCAGAGAGAAAGAGAGAACGAGAGAAUUAGAGAGAGCAUACUUAAAUUCACACAGGACACUGGAUAAGACAGGAGAAGUACUCCAGGUAUAACCAACUAACCCCAGCCCCCCGACACAUAAACUACUGCAGCAUAAAUACUGGAGGCUGAGACAGGAGCGGUCCGGAGACACUGUGGCCCCAUCCGAAGAAACCCCCGGACAGGGCCAAACAGGAAGGAUAUAACCCCACCCACUCCGCCAAAGCACAGCCCCCGCACCACUAGAGGGAUAUCCCCAACCACCAACUUACAAUCCUGAGACAAGGCCGAGUAUAGCCCACAGAGGUCUCCACCACAGCACAAACCAAGGGGGGGGCGCCAAGCUAGUGUUCUCUCUUUCUCGCUUCUCCUUCAUUUUUGAAGAAAUUAAUUUGUUCAAAACUGUUCAACUAUUGUCUUUCUCUCUCUUUGAGUCAACUACUCACCACAUUUUAUGCACUACAGUGUUAGCACGCAUUCAUUUGCAUCAAGCCCAUCUUGAGCAUUUGGCCAUAAAUUCUCAUCCACAUCACAGUGAAUGUCCUCAUUGUUCAUGCACCGCGGGAAAAACCUUUUGGCAUGGUGAAUCCAAGCUUGACAUUGGUCUGCAUUGAUGUCGUCACAUGCCUCAUCCAUGGCCAGAAGGAGGGUGGCACGCUCAUGGCGAUAGUACACCUUCCACCUCCAUGCUGAAAGAAAAUCCUCAGUAGGGUUGAGGAAAGGACAGUAUGGGGGCAGGUAUAGGGUCACAAAUUAGGGAUAGGCCCGAAACCAUGCCUGAACCACUUCUGCAUGGUGGAACCUGACAUUGUCCUACACAAUGACAUAGGUGACCCCUUCACCUUGACAUGCCUGCUCAAUUUCACUGAGAAACACAAUGAGGUGUGCAGCGUUGUAGGAUCCAAGUAAUGGCCUACGUCCUACUAUACCAUCUUCAUAGAUAACUGUGCACAUGGAGUUGUUUCCCCCCAUUGUCCAGGCACCUGGACGGUCGCCCAUUGGCCAAUGAGGUUCAACCCACAGUGCCGAGUUUUGGCCAGGUUGAAGCCCGCUUCAUCAACAAAGAUAUACUUGUGAUGGUUCACAGCAUUAUCAAGUACCAUUACCCUCUAAAAAUAUAUUUUGGUUAGUUAUUUUUACAGUAUAGUUCCAAUAUGAUACUGUGAAGUAGCAUGUGCAUCAAAUAGUACCAGUAAUACAGUAUAUAGUGCUGUACCUGAACAUACUCCACCCUCAGUUGUUUCACCCUGUCGUUGUUUCUCUCAAAAGGCACCAGGUCAAUGAGUUUCAUAGAUACCUGGUGCCUCUUCAAAAGGCAGGCGAUUGUAGGUAGGCUGAUGGAUGCCACUUUGGCAAAGGUGUCAUCGUUCUCCUCAAUGUCCUGCUUUAUUUCGGACAGCCGUAUAUCAUUCCUGGCCCUCACCAUUUCCACCACUGCCCACUCCUGCUGGUUGGUCAGCACACGGCCACCACCAUGGGGUCUUCUGUCAAUUCUGAGGGUAGAACAGGGUAUACUGUCAAUAGAUCAUACUGUAAGAAUAGUGUAAGGAAUUUACAUGCAUUACAAUAUGUCAUUUACUGUAAAUGUAAUGGUGAAGCAUAGUGCAUAUCCUGCAGACUUGCUGGUUUUCUUGGCGAAAUGUUCUCAUGAUCGAUUUGACAGUUGAUUUUUUCUGAUUGGGUUGAACUAAUCUCGCAGCCUCUGCCAUGGUAAGGGCUCUGUUUACCACAUGGUCACCGAUGAUGGCCCGGAGUUCAUUAGACACAACAGUUCCCUGCCGUCUGCCUCCCUCUCUCUGAUGUCCACCUCUUUGACGGGGCCCCUGCCCACCUCUUUGACCUCUUUGACCGGGCCCCUGCCCACCUCUUUGACCUCUUUGACGGGGCCCAUGCCCACCUCUUUGACCUCUUUGACGGAGCCCAUGCCCACCUCUUUGAUGGGGCCCAUGCCCACCUCUUUGACCUCUUUGACGGGGCCCAUGCCCACCUCUUUGACCUCUUUCAUGGGGCCCAUGCCCACCUCUCUGACGGGCCCCUUGUCCACGAGCUCUUUGAUUUCUUCCUCUCCCUUGUUGUCUAUUCUGCUCCAUGUUGAAAGAAAUUGCAAGUGUUCACACCGCCCCUUUUAUAUGGUGACCAAUUGUGGUUACCCCUAUGUGAAAUCAAUUAGCAAUAAUGAGUAGUCAUAAUGUAUGGUUAUCAUGUAUCAUACAUGUAAUUUAGAUGUUUAUACUUUACAAACACCCUGAUGAAGACAGCUUGUCUGUCGAAACGUUGGUUAAUAGGUUAUUAAAUUAUUGCAUCUGAGCUCCGAGAAUGUGCAGCUCUCCUUUUCUUUUUCAAGUAUACUUUACAAACACACUUUUUAUUUCUGUAGUUCUGAAAAUCCAUAUAUAGUAGAUAAACCAGUUUAAAAUCUAUAGGUUUACCAAAUGGUUAAGUGAUUAACCAUUAAGCGCAGUUGGAUUAAGUGAUAGUCAAAUGUAUUUAAACAAAUGAGAAGAGAAUCAUAUUAAAAGUAUUGUGAGCAUUGCAUUGUGGAAGGCAAUUACUUUAUAUGAAAGGUAUUUAUAGAUGAAACACUGAUUAGGUUUGGUGAAAAAGUUACUGUGUGAUUUUGUUUGUUGUACUUAGUCAAUAAAUAAAAUAAAAAAGCCUUUUUCAUGAUCUGUUUUGAGUUUUGUACUAAGAGUUGUGAAAUCGUACCACAUACUUGUGAAAAUAGUACCAAAGCGAUAAAAAAAAACCAGUAACACACAGGGUUUUGAAUGGAGGACAGCACUUCUGUUCCUAAAUAACCAAACACUCUCCUUGUCCCUCUCCCUCAGUGUGCCCCCCUCUCCCCUCUGGUCAGCCCCCACUGUCCUUAUCUCUUCCUCCUACUCACCUUGGCAGACCAUUCUGAUAUCCUUAAAACAGUAGGCUCCUAUAUUACAGCAGAUACCUCAUGGCCAACACCACACUACUAAAAUGCAGUUCAACGUCUGCUUGAGUAUCUGCGAAAGCUUUGUCCGUGCAUCCAUUUGUUUUUCAAUGUGUAAGUGUGUGUGUGUGUGUGUGAAGUGUCUGUGGCACAGGUGGCUGGUGGCAACUUAAUUGGGUAGGACAGGCUCAUAGUAAUGGCUGGACCGGAAUGAGUGGAAUGGUAAAACCAUGUGUUUGAUCCCACUCCAUUUCAGCCAUUAUUAUGAGCCGUCCUCCCCUCACCAGCCUCCUGUGGUCUAUGAAUAUCUGUGUGUGUGUUUGUUCAUGUUUGUUCAUGUUUAUUGUGUCUAUCACCAUGUGUGUGAGAAGUGUUCCUGUCUGAUAAGCCCAGGCUUUUGUGGUCGUGAUAGGAUCUGCUGUGGAGGCUUUGAGUCAUUAAGCAGUUGGCCGUGAUAACUCAUGAUAACUCUUUGCCUAGUUGAGGCCAUGUCUGUGGCAACACCUCACGCUUUCGGUAGCACCUCACGCUUUUGGCUCUGGGGUUGUCUUCCUAUUGAUCUGGCUGGGGUCGUCUUCCUAUUGAUCUGAUUGGGGUCGUCUUCCUAUUGAUCUGGCUGGGGUCGUCUUCCUAUUGAUCUGAUUGGGGUCGUCUUCCUAUUCAUCUGGCUGGGGUCGUCUUCCGAUUGAUCUGACUGGGGUCGUCUUCCUAUUUAUCUGGCUGGGGUCGUCUUCCUAUUGAUCUGGCUGGGGUCGUCAUCCUAUUGAUCUGGCCUGGGUCGUCUUCCUAUUGAUCUGGCUGGGGUCAUCUUCCUAUUGAUCUGACUGGGGUCGUCUUCCUAUUGAUCUGGCUGGGGUCGUCUUCCUAUUGAUCUGGCUGGGGUCAUCUUCCUAUUGAUCUGACUGGGGUCGUCUUCCUAUUGAUCUGGCUGGGGUCGUCUUCCAGUUGAUCUGGCUGGGGUCGUCUUCCAAUUGAUCUGGCUGGGGUCAUCUUCCUAUUGAUCUGGCUGGGGUCGUCUUCCUAUUGAUCUGAUUGGGGUCGUCUUCCUAUUGAUCUGGCUGGGGUCGUCUUCCUAUUGAUCUGGCUGGGGUCAUCUUCCAAUUGAUCUGGCUGGGGUCAUCUUCCUAUUGAUCUGGCUGGGGUCGUCUUCCUAUUGAUCUGACUGGGGUCGUCUUCCUAUUGAUCUGACUGGGGUCGUCUUCCUAUUGAUCUGACUGGGGUCGUCUUCCUAUUGAUCUGGCUGGGGUCAUCUUCCUAUUGAUCUGACUGGGGUCGUCUUCCUAUUGAUCUGACUGGGGUCGUCUUCCUAUUGAUCUGACUGGGGUCGUCUUCCUAUUGAUCUGGCUGGGGUCAUCUUCCUAUUGAUCUGGCUGGGGUCGUCUUCCUAUUGAUCUGGCUGGGGUCGUCUUCCUAUUGAUCUGGCUGGGGUCGUCUUCCUAUUGAUCUGGCUGGGGUCGUCUUCCUAAUGAUCUGGCUGGGGUUGUCUUCCUAAUGAUCUGGCUGGGUUUCUGUUGGAUCUGGUCUGCAUCCCAAAAUGGAACCCUUUCCCCUUUUUUAGUGCACUACUUUUGACCUGGGCUCUGGUCAAAGAUAGUGUACUAUAUAUGGAGUAGGGUGCCAUUUAGGACUCAACUCUGUUGUAGUCUACUGUGUUGGCCAGUGUCCUUUAGUAGAACAAGCUAAGUGUCCCAUAGGGUCAGACUGUAGUAUAGCACAUGGCCAUAGCCACAGUGUUUACCCAUGUGACCAGGGAGGUCAUUUAACCCCACGAUCACUGUGAGGGGCAGCUAGAGCACGUAAAAACAUAGCAGUGUUUUCACACAGAGAGUGUGAGAGGCUUUGUGCCGCCAUAUGUGCUCAGGUCACCCCCCACAGAGCACAAUGCCCUUUUCACUGUGUGUCAGUGUGUGUGUGUUUGUGUGCGUGCAUGUCUUUUGAAUGUCUUUUCGUGUUUCUAUCCGUCUGCCUGUCUGUGAAUUUGCGCGCUUCAUCACUGCGUGUUUUGGUGUUUAUUAUCUGUCUGACUGGGGCAUUGACAGGAACUCCAGUCCCUAAAAUAGGACCACAGAUACAGCAGACGUUAUAGUCUGAGGUUUAUAGGUAGAGCUGUGUGUGAGAGAGACCAGUGAUAGGGUUCAUAUUAUCUAAGGAUAAGAAGUUAAGUCAUCAUUUCCCUUUAGAUAGCACUGUAUAUGAACCACCUGUGCGAGUGUUUCACUCAUUAUGAAUGCAUAGAUUGCUAUUAGGAGUCAUUAGCUAUAAUGAAUGUUUACAGCAAGUCUUCUAUUGCACUAUGGCUGUCAGGCCCUAAACAUAUUAUACACAGUUGGCUUAAAGAGGCGUUACCAUGGCAAUGUAUAGCUACAUCACACACUCUUCCAUACAGUAUGUUGUACAGUAGGCUCAUCAGAUUCUAUGGCGGUGUCCCAAAUGGCACCCUAUUCCCUACAUAGUGCACUACUUUUGACCAGAACUCUGUGGACCCUGACCAAAAGUAGUGCACUAUAUAGGGAAUAGCAGGCCAUUUGGGGCACACACAGCCUAUUACUGUACUGUACUCUAUGUGUGUGUCCGGCUACUAGUUGUUUCCGGGGGUCCUUGGCACACACACAUCCCCACAGCACAACACAGACAGAAGGAAUGCUCUACUUCAGUGGAUCGCAAACAUUUUAAUGUCGUCAUGUUUUAACGAGUCCAUCAGACUGGUUAGUAUUCACUCCCCCCUGGUUCCUCCUGACUAAAAAUGGAUAUUUUGCAGUGCUCUGUAGCCUUAAAAGGUCCCUUGUUCCUCCUCUUCUUUCUCUCUCUCUCUCUCUCUCUCUUUGCCAAAUCCCUUGUUCCACUUGUUCAGUCUCUCCCGGGGAAUUAGAGUAUACAGUAUAGCUUCUUAUUUAUUUGUUACCCUUCAAACAUUCUCUGUUGACUGUUGGCUUCCUUGUUCCUUCUGUUAAUUUAGAGUAAUUACUUCACAACAGUGGACAAUAAUCAGUAAGUUACAACAAUCAACUUCAGUGUGUGCAGUACAGUAAUACACUUCCAUUUCUUAUAAUUAAGCCCUAAAAUGUGGCACCAUUAGCCAUGAAUCUAAAGCAGUGUUCUGAGUUCUGACCCCUGUCCAUUCUAACUUUGUAUCUCUUGUAUCCUCCCUCUGCUCCCUUCUUCUUUUCUCUUCCUGCUCUUUAUCUGCCCCUCUCUCUGCCUCUCUCUGCCUCUCUCUGCCUCUCUCUGCCUCUCUAUGUCUCUCUCUGUCUCUCUCUGCCUCUCUCUGUGUCUCCAUGUCUCUCUCUGUGUCUCUCUCUCUCUCUCUCUCUGUGUCUCUCUCUGUGUCUCUCUCUGCCCUUUUUACCUCUCUGUGUCUCUCUCUCUGUCUCUCUCGUUGUCCCUGUCUCUGUCUCUCUCUUUGUCCCUGUCUCUGUCUCUCUCUGUGUCUCUCGCUCUCUGUCUCUCUCUGUGUCUCUCGCUCUCUGUCUCUCUCUGUGUCUCUCGCUCUCUGUCUCUCUCUGUGUCUCUCGCUCUCUGUCUCUCUCUGUGUCUCUCGCUCUCUGUCUCUCUCUGUGUCUCUCGCUCUCUGUCUCUCUCUGUCUCUGUCUCCCUCUCUGUCUCUCGCUGUCUCUCUCUCUGUCUCUCUCGGUGUCUCUCUCUGUCUCACUCUCUCUCUGUCUCUCUGUCUCUCUGUCUCUCUGUCUUUCUCUCUCUGUCUCUCUCUCUGUCUCCCUCUGUGUCUCUGUGUCUCUCUCUCUAUGUGUCUCUCUCUGUGUCUCUCUGUCUGUGUCUCUCUGUCUGUCUCUCAAUUUCAAUUCAAUUCAAUAGACUUUAUUGACAUGGCAAGUAAAAUUAGUUACAUUGUCAAAGUAUACAUAUAACAAAAAUUGUGGGACCAACAGCAAUAAUAAUAGUAGUAGUGGAAAUGGGAUUACCAUUAACAGCAACUACAACAACAAUAUUAAUGAGAAUAACAAUACAUUAAAGCAAUAGUAGUCAACCAAUCUCAACAUGACUGAGAAGACACAUGACAUGCUAUGAAAGCCAAAACAAAACAGGAAAUAUUAUUGACAUUACAUUACACUUUUCACUGGCUGUCCCUCAGGUUGUGGCAGGAGGACACAUAUUUGGCUGCCAAAAUUGCACAUUUUGGCUUUUCACCCAAUAAAUAUUUGAUUUUUUCUUCCUCUUUUAUAGUUUCAAAUUCUUUGUACUGAAUGAUAAUUUUGGGAAAGAAAGAUUCUCUUAGGUCUGAGUAUUUGUCACAGUGUAAUAGGAAAUGCAGCUCUGUCUCUACCUCUCCCCGGGGGCAGAGUGAGCACAGCCUGUCCUCUCUGGGCAGCCAGGUUUGCCUGUGACGACCGGUCUCUAUAGCCAGACUGUGCUCACUGAGUCUGUACCUAGUCAGUGUUUUUCUCAGUUUUCUAUCAGUCACAGUGGUCAGAUAGUCUGCCACCAUGUACUGUCUGUUUAGAGCCAAAUAGCAUUGAAGUUUACUUUGAUUUUUUGUGGUGUCUUUCCAAUAGGUGAUAUAUUUUUCUUUUUGCUUUGUGAUGAUUUGGUUGGGUGAGAUUUUCUGAGUGCUGUCCUGAGGCUCUAUGAGGUUGGUUUUGGUUAGUGAACUGAGCCUCAGAACCAGCUGGCUGAGGGGACUCUUCUCUUGUUUCAUCUCUUGACAUAGUAGAGCUGUGUGAUGGAAUGUUUUGGGGUCACUUGUUUUUAGAUGGUUGUCAAAUUUGAUGGCUCUUUUUUCUAUUCGAAUAAGGAGGGGGUAUUGGCCCAAUUCUGCUCUACAUGCGUUAUUUUGAGUUUUUCUUUGCACUUGCAAUACAGUCUUGCAAAACUCUGCAUGCAGUAUUUCGAUUGGAUGUUUGUCCCAUUUGGUAAAUUCAGUAUUAGAGAGCGGACCCCAUACUUCGCUGACAUAUAGAGCAAUUGGUUCUAAAACUGAUUGGAACAUUUUGAGCCAGAUUCUAAUUGGAAUUUCGAUUUUAAUAUUCCUUUUAAUGGCAUAGAAUGCUCUUCUUGCUUUGUCUCUCAGCUCAUUCACAGCCAUGUGAAAGCUAUAGUGGGGGAAAAAAAAGUAUUUAGUCAGCCACCAAUUGUGCAAGUUCUCCCACUUAAAAAGAUGAGAGAGGCCUGUAACACAUUGUAGGAUUUUUUAUGAAUUUAUUUGCAAAUUAUGGUGGAAAAUAAGUAUUUGGUCAAUAACAAAAGUUUCUCAAUACUUUGUUAUAUACCCUUUGUUGGCAAUGACACAGGUCAAACGUUUUCUGUAAGUCUUCACAAGGUUUUCACACACUGUUGCUGGUAUUUUGGCCCAUUCCUCCAUGCAGAUCUCCUCUAGAGCAGUGAUGUUUUGGGGCUGUCGCUGGGCAACACAGACUUUCAACUCCCUCCAAAGAUUUUCUAUGGGGUUGAGAUCUGGAGACUGGCUAGGCCACUCCAGGACCUUGAAAUGCUUCUUACGAAGCCACUCCUUCGUUGCCCGGGCGGUGUGUUUGGGAUCAUUGUCAUGCUGAAAGACCCAGCCACGUUUCAUCUUCAAUGCCCUUGCUGAUGGAAGGAGGUUUUCACUCAAAAUCUCACGAUACAUGGCCCCAUUCAUUCUUUCCUUUACACGGAUCAGUCGUCCUGGUCCCUUUGCAGAAAAACAGCCCCAAAGCAUGAUGUUUCCACCCCCAUGCUUCACAGUAGGUAUGGUGUUCUUUGGUUGCAACUCAGCAUUCUUUGUCCUCCAAACACGACGAGUUGAGUUUUUACCAAAAAGUUCUAUUUUGGUUUCAUCUGACCAUAUGACAUUCUCCCAAUCCUCUUCUGGAUCAUCCAAAUGCAAACUUCAGACGGGCCUGGACAUGUACUGGCUUAAGCAGGGGGACACGUCUGGCACUGCAGGAUUUGAGUCCCUGGCGGCGUAGUGUGUUACUGAUGGUAGGCUUUGUUACUUUGGUCCCAGCUCUCUGCAGGUCAUUCACUAGGUCCCCCCGUGUGGUUCUGGGAUUUUUGCUCACCGUUCUUGUGAUCAUUUUGACCCCACGGGGUGAGAUCUUGCGUGGAGCCCUAGAUCGAGGGCGAUUAUCAGUGGUCUUGUAUGUCUUCCAUUUCCUAAUAAUUGCUCCCACAGUUGAUUUCUUCAAACCAAGCUGCUUACCUAUUGCAGAUUCAGUCUUCCCAGCCUGGUGCAGGUCUACAAAUUUGUUUCUGGUGUCCUUUGACAGCUCUUUGGUCUUGGCCAUAGUGGAGUUUGGGGUGUGACUGUUUGAGGUUGUGGACAGGUGUCUUUUAUACUGAUAACAAGUUCAAACAGGUGCCAUUAAUAUAGGUAACGAGUGGAGGACAGAGGAGCCUCUUAAAGAAGAAGUUACAGGUCUGUGAGAGCCAGAAAUCUUGCUUGUUUGUAGGUGACCAAAUACUAAUUUUCCACCAUAAUUUGCAAAUAAAUUCAUUAAAAAUCCUACAAUAUGAUUUUCUGGAUUUUUUUCUUCUCAAUUUGUCUGUCAUAGUUGACGUGUACCUAUGAUGAAAAUUACAGGCCUCUCUCAUCUUUUUAAGUGGGAGAACUUGCACAAUUGGUGGCUGACUAAAUACUUUUUUCCCCCACUGUACCUGUGUUGCUGAUAUUUAGUCCUAGAUAUGUGUAAUUUUUGGUGUGUUCUAAUAGAACUGUGUCCAAAUAGAAUUUAUAUUUGUCAUCCUGAUUUCCGGACCUUUUUUGGAAUAUCAUUAUAUUCGUUUUUUUUUAGAUUAACGGACAGGGCCCAGGUCUGACAGAAUUUGUGCAGAUGACCUAGAUGCUGCUGUAACCCCUCCUUAGUGGGAGACAGUAGCACCAGGUCAUCUGCGUACAUUCUCUCUCUGUCUCCCUCUCUGUCUGUGUCUCUCUCUGUCUGUGUCUCUCUCUGUCCCUCUCUCUGUCUCUCUCUCUCUCUCUCUCUCUGUCUCUGUCUCUGUCUCUGUCUCUGUCUCUGUCUCUGUCUCUGUCUCUCUCUCUCUCUCGGUCUCUCUCUGUUUCUAGUAGGGUGAGGCCGGGUGCUGCAGACUGUUCUAGUGCCCUCGCCAAUUCGUUGAUAUAUAUGUUGAAGAGGGUGGGGCUUAAACUGCAUCCCUGUCUCACCCCACGGCCCUGUGGAAAGAAAUGUGUGUGUUUUUUGCCAAUUUUAACCGCACACUUGUUGUUUGUGUACAUGGAUUUUAUAAUGUUGUAUGUUUUUCCCCCAACCCCACUUUCCAUCAAUUUGUAUAGCAGACCCUCAUGCCAAAUUGAGUCAAAAGCUUUUUUGAAAUCAACAAAGCAUGAGAAGACUUUGCCUUUGUUUUGGUUUGUUUGUUUGUCAAUUAGGGUGUGCAGGGUGAAUACGUGGUCUGUCGUACGGUAAUUUGGUAAAAAGCCAAUUUGACAUUUGCUCAGUACAUUGUUUUCACUGAGGAAAUGAACUAGUCUGCUGUUAAUGAUAAUGCAGAGGAUUUUCCCAAGGUUGCUGUUGACGCAUAUCCCACGGUAGUUAUUGGGGUCAAAUUGUCUCCACUUUUGUGGAUUGGAGUGAUCAGUCCUUGUUUCCAAAUAUUGGGGAAGAUGCCAGAGCUAAGGAUGAUGUUAAAGAGUUUAAGUAUAGCUAAUUGAAAUCUCUCUCUCUAUCUCUCUCUCCCUCUCUGUCUCUCUCUCUCUCUCUCUCUCUCUCUGUCUCGCUCUGUCUCUCUCUCUCUCUGUCUCUCUCUGUUCCUCUCUCUGUCUUCCUCUCUGUAUCUCUGUCUCUCUCUCUGUAUCUUUCUGUCUCUCUCUCUUUCUCUUUCUCUCUCUCUGUCUCUUUCUCUGUCUCUCUCUGUCUCUCUCGGUGUCUCUCUCUCUGUCGGUCUCUCUCUCUGUCUCUCUCUCUGUAUCUCUCUCUGUAUCUCUCUCUGUCUCUCUCUCUGUCUCUCUCUCUCUGUCUCUGUGUCUCUCUCUCUCUGUCUCUGUGUCUCUCUGUCCCUCUCUCUGUCCCUCUCUCUGUCUCUCUCUCUGUCUCUCUCUCUGUCUCUCUCUCUCACUCUCUCUCUCUGUCUCUCUGUCUUUCUCUCUAUGUCUCUCUGUGUGUGUCUCUCUCUCUCUCGCUCUCUCUCUCUCUCUCUCUCUCUCUCUCUCUCUCUCUCUCUCUGUCUGCCUGUCUCUCUCUCUGUGUCUCUGUCUCUCUCUCUCUCUGUCUCUCUUUGUCACACUCUUUCUUAUUCCUAUCUAUUCCAUUCCCAUCUUUCCCCUCUCUCUCCCUCCCCUCUUCUACCUCUCUGCUCUUCUCCUCCUCCCCUCCUCUACCUCCUACAGUACGUGUGGAACGACUGGGCGUUGGGAGUGUGAGCAGCAUGCCUGUCUCAUAGAGAAUGAUAUGAUCCAGGCAGUCAACAGAGGAAACUAUGGGUAAGGGCCCUUAAACACACACGCAUGCACACACACACACACAAACACACACAUACACAUGCACGCUAGUGAUGCACGGGUUGACUCAUAACCUGCGUGUGGGUUUACGGUCAUUAAAUAUUGUGUGGAUCAAGGGCGGGUGGGUGGCGGGCAUGUUGAAUAAAGAGAAAAGUCUUGUGCAAUUUAUAUCUAUAGUCUACAUCAAUGUUUUUCUUUCAUUAUUUUAGGCUAUCUGGCAUUAAUGCGUAAGCUUUAGGGCCUAACAAAUAGCCUACACACCAAUCGCCAAAUGCUUUUGGGAACAGGCAGAAAAAGUUAACAUCGAUCCACGAAGGUACAAAGGACAAUGUCAGAGUUUAAUUCAAUAAUAAUAAUAAUAUAAUAAUAUGCCAUUUAGCAGACGCUUUUAUCCAAAGUGACUUACAGUCAUGUGUGCAUAUAUGUUUACGUAUGGGUGGUCCCGGGGAUCGAACCCACUACCACUACCCUGGCGUUACUAGCGCCAUGCUUUACCAAUUGAGCUAAGGGAGAAGCUACUAAUUAGAGUGUUGAAAAUAAAUAGAAGGGAAGGCCAGAAAAGUAAAUGUUGUACAUUUAGCAGACACUCUUAUCCAGAGCGACUUACAAGAGCAUUUAGGGUUAAGUGCCUUGCUCAAGGGCACAUCGACAGAUUUCUUUCACCUAGUCGGCUCGGGGAUUCGAGUCAGCAACCUUUCACUUUUACUGGCCCAAUGCUCUUAACCGCUAGGCUACCUGCCACCCAUGAGCGGUAAUUGAAGAUGAUAGCAGUGACGGUUAUUUGUGACGAUUGUGAGGCACCAUACAAAUUUGACAGUCACAAGACAGGGACUUCAAAUAGGCCUAUGGCACGUCAAGGGAACUGUAGCAUACUGUUGAGAUUGGUUAAGUGGAAACUGAAAUCUGGACACUGACUGUAGGUUUGUAACCUCUCACAUAGCCUUUUAACUCCUGCAGAAUUAAGCAUUUCUUGCAUUAAAAUGAUACACCAAAUCUAGGCAACAUUUUUACUCGGGAACAGAAGUGGAGAAACAUGAUUUCUUUAUUUCAGCAUCGUGAGAGAAUGCAAAUGUGCACUUAGAUACCGUCAGUAGAGGUGGUGACUUUAUCAGCAUUAUAAAAGCUGAUAGUAUUUCAACCACAUAAAAUAUGCAUCCAAGCCGAACUGAAAUCUUAUCAGAAAUAUGUUGGGUCGUUAUCACAGCUUUCUAUUUCCUUACAACAGGUCAAACUGAUGUUAUUUGGACGACAUUUUGCACAGGAAAUCUUUCCAUUAUAAAUACAUUUGUUGCUACAUUUUCUCCCCGGUCCCUAAACGUCUUAGCUCCCUGAAAGAAGCAGAAAUGACAGAGAACUUUGCUAGAUUGAAGCAUUCAUUCUAUCGAUUUAUUACAUUAUUCUGGUGAGCAAGGGUUUAUUUCGGUCUUACUGACAGAAGAGAAGCUGCAUGUAUCUAAUUAUAGACAAGUUGACUAACAAACAGCCUAUCAAAAAAUCAUUCUGCCGUCUGACUGUAGCCUACAGCGCAUUUUCUAUAUUAGCGUUUAGGGUUGGAUGCGGGCCUCAGAUUUCCACUUUAUCACAUAUAGUCGGGCGGUUGGGGAUGGGUUAUUAGCAAUUGCGGGCAGGUGCAGGUAAACAAACAGCUGACCUGUGUACCACUUCUUCAAUACGGCCCCUCAAGUCUGAGGAAGGAACUAUACGUUGCGUCCCAAUUUCACGUACACACACACGCGCACACACACACACACACACACACAAACAUGUUUUCUCACACUUACUGUUUGGACUUUCCUCUCCUUUGUCUCCCUAGCUGGCAGGCAGCAAACUACAGCCAGUUCUAUGGCAUGUCUCUGGACGAGGGCCUGAGGUAUCGCCUGGGGACACAGAGGCCCUCCAGGACCAUCAUGAGCAUGAACGAGAUGCAGGUGAGAGGACCUGUCUGCUGGGUAGGGAAAGGGCGGGGUGUGGGGAUGGGAGUUGGGCUGGGUGAUUCAUGGGAUACAUCUCGAAUGGCACCCUAUUCCCUAUAUAGUGCACUACUUUUACCAGGGCCCAUACAUGGGAUGCAGAUAUGUUGUCACGGCCUUGAGAGUGAGGGACGGUCCAGUCUGCUUUUCAAAUUGCUUGUGCAUCAACAGGGACCCAUGACAUAAUAUUUUAUAUAAAGAUUCUGCUGGCCUGGCCUGUAUCAUUACCAGCUAUGGCUACCAGGCGGAGUCUGGUAUUGGUCUGUUGAUAAUUCUUUGUCUGUCUGGAUCUUGGAAGCCUCCUCUCUGCUAUGUGCCAUCUUUAGCUUAUGUUUACAUUCUAACCAGACAGAUUAUGUAAGAGCCAAUCAGAGAGAGGUUUAGGAGAGAGGGAAUGGGGGAUAGGAUAGGGGUGAAGGGGAGGAUGGGGUAGAGGAUAGAGGUGGAGGGGAGGAUGGGGUAGAGGAUAGAGGUGGAGGGGAAGAUGGGGUAGAGCCAUCUCUCCUUCAGACAACACAACUGACUGGCCCUCCUCUCUCCCCCCUACCCUACCCUUCCCAACCCCUAUCCCCCAUCUCUCCCACCCUACAUCCUCCAGACCUAACUCCCCCACUCCUCCUCCCUUCAACUUCACUCUCUCCAAUCCCCCACUCCCCCAGCCCAACAUGCCCCUACCUGUACCAGGAGCCAGAUCUAAGCAGGAAAGCUUAUUCAUAAAUAAUUUUUCUGUUGUCUGUCUCCCAGCUCAGUCCCCACACGUCUAACAGUCAUACUGGGUAAUGGAUAGGCCCACUCCGAACUCCCUAACUCACUCCCACUCCACUCCUAAUUCCUGGGGGGUUGGAGCCACACACACACACACACACACACAGAUAUUAGCGGGAAGGAAUGGGAGGAGGACGUACCAGCAGCUGUGCUCUGUCUAAACAGAGAUAGAGUUACACACGACCUUGAUACGCUAAUGCUACAUAACGGCAGCAUGCCUCCCACCUCCAGACCUGGCCUGUCUGUGUCCCAAAUUCCCUGUCUGACACCAUAUUCCCUAUAUACAGUUGAAGUCGGAAGUUUACAUACACUAAGUUGACUGUGCCUUUAAAAAGCUUGGAAAAUUCCAGAAAAUGAUGUCAUGGCUUUAGAAGCUUCUGAUAGGCUAAUUGACAUCAUUUGAGUCAAUUGGAGGUGUACCUGUGGAUGUAUUUCAAGGCCUUCCUUAAACUCAGUGCCUCUUUGCUUGACAUCAUGGGAAAAUCAAAAGAAAUCAGCCAAGACCUCACAAAAAAAUGGUAGACCUCCACAAGUGUGGUUCAUCCUUGGGAGCAAUUUCCAAAUGCUUGAAGGUACCGCGAUCAUCUGUACAAACAAUAGUAUGCAAGUAUAAACACCAUGGGACCACACAGCCGUCAUACCGCUCAGGAAGGAGACGCGUUCUGUCUGCUAGAGAUUAACGUACUUUGGUGCGAAAAGUGCAAAUCAAUCCUAGAACAACAGCAAAGGAACUUCUGAAGAUGCUGGAGUAAACAGGUACAAAAGUAUCUAUAUCCACAGUAAAACAAGUCCUAUAUCGACAUAACCUGAAAGGCCGCUCAGCAAGGAAGAAGCCACUGCUCCAAAACCGCCAUAAAAAAGCCAGACUACAGUUUGCAACUGCACAUGGGGACAAAGAUCGUACUUUUGGAGAAAUGUCCUCUGGUCUGAUGAAACAAAAAUAGAACUGUUUGGCCAUAAUGACCAUCGUUAUGUUUGGAGGAAAAAGGGGGUUGCUUGCAAGCCGAAGAACACCAUCCCAACCGUGAAGCAUGGGGGUGGCAGCAUCAUGCUGUGGGGGUGCUUUGCUGCAGGAGGGACUGGUGCACUUCACAAAAUAGAUAGCAUCAUGAGGAAGGAAAAUGAUGUGGAUAUAUUGAAGCAACAUCUCAAGACAUCAGUCAGGAAGUUAAAGCUUGGUCGCAAAUGGGUCUUCCAAAUGGACAAUGACCCCAAGCAUACUUCCAAAGUUGUGGCAAAAUGGCUUAAGGACAACAAAGUCAAGGUAUUGGAGUGGCCAUCACAAAGCCCUGACCUCAAUCCUAUAGAACAUUUGUGGGCAGAACUGAAAAAGCUUGUGCGAGCAAGGUGGCCGACAAACCUGACUCAGUUACAUCAGCUCUGUCAGGAGGAAUGGGCCAAAAUUCACCCAACUUAUUGUGGGAAGCUUGUGUAAGGCUAACCAAAAUGUUUGACCCAAGUUAAACAAUUUAAAGACAAUGCUACCAAAUACUAAUUGAGUCUAUGAAAACUUCUGACCCCAUUGGAAAUGUGAUGAAAGAAAUAAAAGCUGAAAUAAAUCAUUCUCUCUACUAUUAUUCUGACAUUUCACAUUCUUAAAAUAUAGUGGUGAUCCUAACUGACCUAAGACAGGGAAUAUUUACUAGGAUUAAAUUAAAUUAAUUACUUAAAAAUCAUACAAUGUGAUUUUCUGGAUUUUUGUUUUAGAUUCCGUCUCUCACAGUUGAAGUGUACCUAUGAUAAAAAUGACAGACCUCUACAUGCUUUGUAAGUAGGAAAACCUGCAAAAUCGGCAGUGUAUCAAAUACUUGUUCACCCCACUGUAUGUGAGGCAGCAUAGAAAUGCCCAUUUAUGAUUUAAUGUGAUAAGCAUUAUGAUAAGCUUGCUAUCCCAGGUAUUUGUCUGAGGUGUUAUCAUAGUGAUUUAAUUCUGGAGUCCAUAUUAGGUGUUUAAAGCUGGAUCAGGUUCCCCUUUCAAUCUCUGCUGUUUCUAGAUUCAUCACAUAUUAUUUCCAGUGAGAGUACAGUGAGGGGGGAAAGUAUUUGAUAACCUGCUGAUUGUGUACGUCUGCCCACUGACAAAGAAAUGAUCAGUCUAUAAUUUUAAUGGUAGGUUUAUUUGAACAGUGAGAGACAGAAUAACAACAACAAAAUCCUGAAAAACGCAUGUCAAAAAUGUUAUAAAUUGAUUUGCAUUUUAAUGAGGGAAGUAAGUAUUUGACCCCUCUGCAAAACAUGACUUAGUACUUGGUGGCAAAACCCUUGUUGGCAAUCACAGAGGUCAGACGUUUCUUGUAGUUGGCCACCCGGUUUGCACACAUCUCAGGAGGGAUUUUGUUCCACUCCUCUUUACAGAUCUUCUCCAAGUCAUUAAGGUUUCAGGGCUGACAUUAGGCAACUCGAACCUUCAGCUCCCUCCACAGAUUUUCUAUGGGAUUAAGGUCUGGAGACUGGCUAGGCCACUCCAGGACCUUAAUGUGCUUCUUCUUGAGCCACUUUUAUGUUGCUUUGGCCGUGUGUUUUGGGUCAUUGUCAUGCUGGAAUACCCAUCCACGACCCAUUUUCAAUGCCCUGGCUGAGGGAAGGAGGUUCUCACCCAAGAUUUGAUGGUACAUGGCCCCGUCCAUCGUCAAUUUGAUGUGGUGAAGUUGUCCUGUCCCUUUAGCAGAGAAACACCCCCAAAGCAUAAUGUUUCCACCUCCAUGUUUGACGGUGGGGAUGGUGUUCUUGGGGUCAUAGGCAGCAUUCCUCCUCCUCCAAACACGGUGAGUUGAGUUGAUGCCAAAGAGCUCGAUUUUGGUCUCAUCUGACCACAACACUUUCACCCAGUUCUCCUCUGAAUCAUUCAGAUGUUCAUUGGCAAUCUUCAGACGACCCUGUAUAUGUGCUUUCUUGAGCAGGGGGACCUUGUGGGCACUGCAGGAUUUCAGUCCUUCACGGCGUAGUGUGUUACCAAUUGUUUUCUUGGUGACUAUGGUCCCAGCUGCCUUGAGAUCAUUGACAAGAUCCUCCCGUGUAGUUCUGGGCUGAUUCCUCACCGUGCUCAUGAUCAUUGCAACUCCACGAGGUGAGAUCUUGCAUGGAGCCCCAGGCCGAGGGAGAUUGACAGUUUUUUGGGUUUCUUCCAUUUACGAAUAAUCGCACCAACUGUUGUCACCUUCUCACCAAGCUGCUUGGUGAUGGUCUUGUAGCCCAUUCCAGCCUUGUGUAGGUCUACAAUCUUGUCCCAGACAUCCUUGGAGAGCUCUUUGGUCUUGGCCAUGCUGGAGAGUUUGGAAUCUGAUUGAUUGAUUUCUUCUGUGGACAGGCGUCUUUUAUACAGGUAACAAACUGAGAUUAGGAGCACUCCCUUUAAGAGUGUGCUCCUAAUCUCAGCUCGUUACCUGUAUAAAAGACACCUGGGAGCCAGAAAUCUUUCUGAUUGAGAGGGGGUCAAAUACUUAUUUCCCUCAUUAAAAUGCAAAUCAAUUUAUAACAUUUUUGACAUGCGUUUUUCUGGAUUUGUUGUUGUUAUUCUGUCUCUCAAUGUUCAAUUAAACCUACCAUUAAAAUGAUAGACUGAUCAUUUCUUUGUCAGUGGGCAAACGUACAAAAUCAGCAGGGGAUCAAAUACUUCUUUCCCUCACUGUAGAUAUUUGUACUUCUCAGGGCCUAACUGUCCGCGUGCCAAAUGUCUGUUAGUGUAGCCUCCCUCAAUCAGUUCAGUCAGUUCUAUAGUCUGGAGACAAAGGUUAUGUUUCUAUUCUAACUCCUCUGAGACUGACACUAGGCCAAAUGUUCCUAAUCGUCUGGGAAUAAGUCCUCUAUAAUGGAAUAACUUAACAGACCUACAUCAUUUGUUAUGUAACACACUCCGAUUAGGCCAUCUCACUGUAAUUACAUUCAUGAAUGUUCUAUUGUGGAUAAAUAAUCAAUGGGCUGAGCACGUUCCGCACAAAAGCAUCAUUAGGAACUUGUUGUUGGUUUGUCAGUCUCUUUUUGUUGUUGGUUUGUCAGUCUCCUCUUGUUGUUGGUUUGUCAGUCUCCUCUUGUUGUUGGUUUGUCAGUCUCCUCUUGCUGUUGGUUUGUCAGUCUCCACUUGCUGUUGGUUUGUCAGUCUGCUCUUGCUGUUGAUUUGUCAGCCUCCUCUUGCUGUUGAUUUGUCAGUCUCCUCUUGCUGUUGAUUUGUCAGUGUCCUCUUGCUAUUGGUUUGUCAGACUCCUCUUGCUGUUUAUUUGUCAGUUUCCUCUUGCUAUUGGUUUGUCAGACUCCUCUUGCUGUUGAUUUGUCAGUCUCCUUUGCUGUUGGUUUGUCAGGCUCCUCUUGCUGUUGGUCAACAUCACUAGCACAUUAGAGGCUGCUGCUGCCUAUUGAAAUCACUGGUCACUUUAAGAAAUGGAACACUAGUUUUAUAGUUAUUUUUAUUUAUAGUUAUUUUUUUAUUUUUUAUUUUUCUUCUGGGGGAAUGGAUCAUCUUAAUAUUGCCGAUAGAUUGUAUCUUCUAUCAAUGUAAUUGUCUGCAUCACUUCCAAUCCCCCAUGUUUUUAUUUUAAUUUUGUAUAUAUAUACUCCCCUUUAUUACUUUUCAACCCCACCAUCCUUUCCCUACUUGGAGUAAAUUAGUGAACAACAAUGCCCAGGCCUCUACUUCCGGUCUAUAAUUACUAUCUACACCUUAUGGACAGAGUUAAUUUUACAAUAAUUCUACUCUCAACCUCUCCGAUCAUUUUCAUGAUGUCCAUCCGGUUUGCUUCUAUAUGCCAUAUCUUUCUAACUGUGCUCUUUCCCAAAAGCUCCCAACAUACAACCUAUAUACUUAUUAUGGACACAGUAUGCUUACAUUAUCAGAUAUCUUUGUUAUUAUUUGUUGUUAUUUGUUAUUAGUCCCAUCCUUCAACUCUAUUCAAUACCUCCCAUCUAUCUCUUAACACCAUCCAUAUAGGAUUUCUAUUUGCCAUAUAUAUAUCAACCGUACUGUGAUGUUUUACAAAAGUUCUGAACCUUUCUAUUCUCAUUGCUUCUACAGAUUGUGAAUUAAAAAUAAACAUUUUUGCUAAAAGUAUUAUUAUAUUAUUGAUUGAUUGACUAUGACUUUUCAGAUCACCCAGUAAUGCUAUCUGCAAGGUUAGUUCCAGGUAAAUAUUGCAAUCCUUUAGCCAUUCCUGGACCUGUGUCCAAAAACAAGCUACAAAUGGACAGAACCAAAACAAAUGAUCUAAUGAUUCUGUCUCUUCACAGCAAAAUCUGCAGAGCUGGGAAGAUUGAAUACCCCAUAUAAAUAACAUUCUAUUGGUAGCAAUAAUUUUAUAUAGUAAUUUAAAUUGAAAGAUUCUAAUUUUUGAAUCCGGUGUCGUUUUGCGUGUCAGUUCAUAAACACUAUGCCAUGGGAUCGGUACGUCAAAGAUCUCUUCCCAACUAUUUUGCAAUCUAUAUGGGACGGCUGUCAAUCCUUUGGUCCUUAAGUGAAACUGAUAUACUUUUUUAUUUAUCACAGUUUUCCUUAACCAAUUAUGUUAUUUAAUGCAAGGCCGACAGACAAGUUCCUUACUUUCUCCCCCUUCCACUUUCCUCUUCCACUUUUGCGGUAAGGCUGCAAUUAUUUGGUUGUAAUUUUGGGUAGCGCAGACAUUUCCAUAAGUUUUUGUUAGCUGCAUGUGCGACAUAACUCCACCAGUCCUACCGUUGAUAUCAUUUACGAAGAUUAUACCUUUUUUAAACAUUCUGUCAAAAAAUAAAGGUUUUUUGUCAAUUAGUAUAUUUGAAUUUAACCACAAUAUUUGUUGCAUUAUUUGUUCUGUCGUUUCUGGAGGAUUAAAUUGAAAUUGCAACCAACUUUCUAUGGCAUGUUUUAGAAAUAGUGACAUUUGGGAGAUUAUUUCCUUUUCAAAUAACUGAAAGUGAGAGGUUGUAAUCUGAAUAAAGGGAAAAAGGCCUUUCUUGAACAUUGGGUGAGACAAUCUUACUAAUUUGCUUGAGAACCAGUUCAGAUUUAAGUAUAACUUUUGUAUGACUGAAGCUUUUAGUGAUAGAUCUAAUGCUUUAAUAUUUAAUAAUUUCUGUCCUCCGAAUUCAUAUUCAUUAUAUAAAUAUGCUCUUUUAAUUUUGUCUGGCUUGCCGUUCCAAAUAAAAUUGAAUAUUUUUUUCUCAUAUAAUUUUAAAAACUGUUCGCUAGGCGUCGGCAAGACCAUAAGCAAAUAGGUAAACUGGGAUAAUACUAAAGAGUUAAUCAGGGUGAUUUUUCCACAAAUUGACAGGUAUUUUCCUUUCCAUGGUAGUAAGAUCUUAUCUAUUUUUGCUAACUUUCUAUUAAAAUGUAUUGAAGUAAGAUCAUUUAUUUCCUUUGGGAUAUGUAUUCCGAGUAUAUCCACAUCACCAUCAGACCAUUUUAUUGGUAAACUACAUGGUAAUGUAAAAAUUGUAUUUUUUAGUGAUCCAAUACGUAAUAUAGUACAUUUGUCAUAAUUUGGUUGUAAUCCAGAGAGGUUAGAAAAUGUAUCUAGAUCCUCUAUGAGGCUGUGGAGGGAUUCUAGUUGUGGAUUUAAAAGAAAACAUGAAUCAUCAGUGUACAAUGACACCUUUGUUUUUAAGCCCUGUAUUUCUAAUCCUCUGAUAUUAUUAUUGGAUCUGAUUUUAAUAGCUAACAUCUCGAUGGCCACAAUAAAUAGAUAUGCCGAUAGUGGACAACCUUGUUUCACUCCUCUUGACAGUUUAAAACUUUCUGAGAAAUAGCCAUUAUUUACUAUUUUAUACCUAGGGUUACUAUACAUGAUUUUGACCCAUUUUAUAAGAGAUUCUCCAAAAUUGAAAUGCUCCAGGCAUUUAUAUAUAAACCCCAGUCGAACUUUAUCAAAUGCCUUUUUGAAGUCUGCUAUGAAUAGCAUGCCUGGUUUCCCAUAUUUUCCAUAGUGUUCUAUUGUUUCCAAUACUUGCCUUAUAUUAUCUCCAAUGUAUCUUCCAUGUAAAAAACCUGUCUGAUUAGAAUGAAUAAUAUCCGACAAUACCUUUUUAAUUCUAUGCGUUAUACAUUUUGCUAGGAUUUUUGCAUCACAACACUGAAGUGUAAGGGGCCUCCAAUUUUGUAAAUGGACUGGAUCUUUAUAUUUUCCACUUGUAUCCUGUUUCAGUAAUAAUGAGAUCUUCUUCUUGAGUGUCAGAUAAUCUACCAUUUAAAUAGGAGUGGUUAAAACAUGCUAAUAACGGUCCUCUUAGUAUAUCAAAAAAGGUUUGGUAUACCUCGACUGGUAUGCCAUCCAACCCUGGAGUUUUCCCGGACUUAAAGUCUUUAAUUGCAUCCAGAAGUUCCUCCUCUGUAAUUUCACCUUCACAUGAGUCUUUCUGUGUGGCUGUUAAUUUGACAUUAUCAAUAGAAAACAAAUCUCUACAAUUAGCUUCAGUUAGAGGAGAUGGAGGCGACUGAAAAGAAAACAUAUGCUUAAAGUACUUUGUUUCUUCCUUCAAAAUAUAAGUUGGUGAAUUAUGGGUGACUCCGUCAAUUGUAACCAGUUUCAUUAAGUUCUUUUUGGUAGCAUUCCUAUGUUGAAGAUUUAAAAAGAAUUUUGUGCAUUUUUCCCCAUAUUCCAUCCAGUUUGCUUUAUUUUUAUAAUAUAUUACACUUGAUCUUUCUUGAAUAAGUUUCUCCAUUUCUUUUUGUUUUUCCUCUAAUUUAUUCUGAGCCUCUAUGUUACAGUUUUUAUUGCCAUCUAUCUGUUCUGUUAGACUUUCUAUUUCCUUUCUUAGUAUAAACUCUUUUGACCUAAAUUGCUUUUGUUUUCGAGAUGAGUACUGAAUUGCAUGGCUUCUAAAGGCACAUUUAAAGGUGUCCCAUACAAUAAGGGGAUUCGCUGUACCUAUGUUAUGUUGGAAAAAGUCAGUUAUAAAUUCCUUUGUUCUAAUUAUAAAUAAAUUAUCAUCCAAUAGGCUUUGAUUAAAUUUCCAAUAUCCUCGCCCACGUGGAAAUUCAGUAAGAGUAAUGUAUAUGCCUAUUAUAUGAUGGUCCGACCGCAUUCUGUCCCCCUAUCAACACUUUUUUUUAUACUUUUGGUGCCAACGAGAAUGAGAUAAGAAAGAAGUCAAGACGACUAGCUUGAUUCAGUCUCCGCCAUGUACAGUGGGGGAAAAAAGUAUUUAGUCAGCCACCAAUUGUGCAAGUUCUCCCACUUAAAAAGAUGAGAGAGGCCUGUAAUUUUCAUCAUAGGUACACGUCAACUAUGACAGACAAAUUGAGGAAAAAAAAUCCAGAAAAUCACAUUGUAGUAUUUUUUAUGAAUUUAUUUGCAAAUGAUGGUGGAAAAUAAGUAUUUGGUCACCUACAAACAAGCAAGAUUUCUGGCUCUCACAGACCUGUAACUUCUUCUUUAAGAGGCUCCUCUGUCCUCCACUCGUUACCUGUAUUAUUGGCACCUGUUUGAACUUGUUAUCAGUAUAAAAGACACCUGUCCACAUCCUCAAACAGUCACACUCCAAACUCCACUAUGGCCAAGACCAAAGAGCUGUCAAAGGACACCAGAAACAAAAUUGUAGACCUGCACCAGGCUGGGAAGACUGAAUCUGCAAUAGGUAAGCAGCUUGGUUUGAAGAAAUCAACUGUGGGAGCAAUUAUUAGGAAAUGGAAGACAUACAAGACCACUGAUAAUCUCCCUCGAUCUGGGGCUUCAUGCAAGAUCUCACCCCGUGGGGUCAAAAUGAUCACAAGAACGGUGAGCAAAAAUCCCAGAACCACACGGGGGGACCUAGUGAAUGACCUGCAGAGAGCUGGGACCAAAGUAACAAAGCCUACCAUCAGUAACACACUACGCCGCCAGCGACUCAAAUCCUGCAGUGCUUGACGUGUCCCCCUGCUUAAGCCAGUACAUGUCCAGGCCCGUCUGAAGUUUGCUAGAGUGCAUUUGGAUGAUCCAGAAGAGGAUUGGGAGAAUGUCAUAUGGUCAGAUGAAACCAAAAUAGAACUCUUUGGUAAAAAACUCAACUCGUCGUGUUUGGAGGACAAAGAAUGCUGAGUUGCAUCCAAAGAACACCAUACCUACUGUGAAGCAUGGGGGUGGAAACAUCAUGCUUUGGGGCUGUUUUUCUGCAAAGGGACCAGGACGACUGAUCCGUGUAAAGGAAAGAAUGAAUGGGGCCAUGUAUCGUGAGAUUUUGAGUGAAAACCUCCUUCCAUCAGCAAGGGCAUUGAAGAUGAAACGUGGCUGGGUCUUUCAGCAUGACAAUGAUCCCAAACACACCGCCCGGGCAACGAAGGAGUGGCUUCAUAAGAAGCAUUUCAAGGUCCUGGAGUGGCCUAGCCAGUCUCCAGAUCUCAACCCCAUAGAAAAUCUUUGGAGGGAGUUGAAAGUCCGUGUUGCCCAGCGACAGCCCCAAAACAUCACUGCUCUAGAGGAGAUCUGCAUGGAGGAAUGGGCCAAAAUACCAGCAACAGUGUGUGAAAACCUUGUGAAGACUUACAGAAAACGUUUGACCUGUGUCAUUGCCAACAAAGGGUAUAUAACAAAGUAUUGAGAAACUUUUGUUAUUGACCAAAUACUUAUUUUCCACCAUAAUUUGCAAAUAAAUUCAUUAAAAAUCCUACAAUGUGAUUUUCUGGAUUUGUUUUUCUCAUUUUGUCUGUCAUAGUUGACGUGUACCUAUGAUGAAAAUUACAGGCCUCUCUCAUCUUUUUAAGUGGGAGAACUUGCACAAUUGGUGGCUGACUAAAUACUUGUUUUCCCCACUGUAUAUCUCACUAGAUCAGUAUAUGUAAGCCUCCAUAUAUCUACUAGUUCUAAUGUAUCCAUGACAUUCACAAUUUCCUUAAGAGCAUGUGGGUGAUUGUUUGUGGUGUGAUUUCCUUUACGGUCCAUUGAGCUAUUUAAAACAGUAUUAUAAUCCCCCACCAUAAUAAUAUUGUCUUGAGUUCCUUGCAGGCUUGAUAAUUAAUUAUAUAUAUUGUCAAAGAAUAGUGGAUCAUCAUUAUUUGGUCCGUAAAGGUUAAUGAGCCAUAUCUGUUUAUGGUCCAAUAACAUAUUUAAAAUAAUCCAUCUACCUUGCGUAUCUAUUUGGACAAUUUGCACAUUCGGAUCGAAAUUACUAUUAAUUAAUAUCAUCACCCCUUUUGAAUUUCUUUGCCCAUGGGAGAAGUAUAUUCACCCCCCCCCCCCCCCCCCCCCCCCAUUCUUUUUUCCACGCUAGAGUUUCCUGUAUACAAUAGAUAUUAUAUUCCUUCUCUUUGAGCCAUGUAAAUAUUGUUAUUCUUUUGUUAUUAUCAGCUAAGCCAUUACAAUUAUAACUGGCUAUACUUAUUUCACCAUACACCAUAAUGAGAUACACGUUUCAAGUCUAUUUAUCAUUAUAUAUGUUUGUAAAUUUACCAAUAAAAAAUAGCGUAAUGAUUGAGUGUCCAUAUAGCUGUACCGUGAUAUUUGCAUUGCUUCGGAGUAACCCUUCAAUUGUUCUCCACUAAUUCCCCCGCUAAAGCCCCUCCCCAUCCCAAGUUGAGCCGUCAUCCCAGUGAUCAGCAUCCCACCCACGUCCCUCCGUAUCCCUAAGGCCCCGAGAGGCCAGGACCCAUCCAUCGAAAACAGCACACAGUGCCACCCACAAAACAGAAGCAGAUUAACCGCCAAAAGCAUUUCCAAUGCUUUCACCUCUCUCUCUCUCUCUCUCUCUCUAUACAGUGGGGAAAAAAAGUAUUUAGUCAGCCACCAAUUGUGCAAGUUCUCCCACUUAAAAAGAUGAGAGAGGCCUGUAAUUUUCAUCAUAGGUACACGUCAACUAUGACAGACAAAAUGAGAAAAAAAAAUCCAGAAAAUCACAUUGUAGGAUUUUUAAUGAAUUUAUUUGCAAAUUAUGGUGGAAAAUAAGUAUUUGGUCAAUAACAAAAGUUUCUCAAUACUUUGUUAUAUACCCUUUGUUGGCAAUGACACAGGUCAAACAUUUUCUGUAAGUCUUCACAAGGUUUUCACACACUGUUGCUGGUAUUUUGGCCCAUUCCUCCAUGCAGAUCUCCUCUAGAGCAGUGAUGUUUUGGGGCUGUCGCUGGGCAACACAGACUUUCAACUCCCUCCAAAGAUUUUCUAUGGGGUUGAGAUCAGGAGACUGGCUAGGCCACUCCAGGACCUUGAAAUGUUUCUUACGAAGCCACUCCUUCAUUGCCCGGGCGGUGUGUUUGGGAUCAUUGUCAUGCUGAAAGACCCAGCCACGUUUCAUCUUCAAUGCCCUUGCUGAUGGAAGGAGGUUUUCACUCAAAAUCUCACGAUACAUGGCCCCAUUCAUUCGUUCCUUUACACGGAUCAGUCGUCCUGGUCCCUUUGCAGAAAAACAGCCCCAAAGCAUGAUGUUUCUACCCCCAUGCUUCACAGUAGGUAUGGUGUUCUUUGGAUGCAACUCAGCAUUCUUUGUCCUCCAAACACGACGAGUUGAGUUUUUACCAAAAAGUUCUAUUUUGGUUUCAUCUGACCAUAUGACAUUCUCCCAAUCCUCUUCUGGAUCAUCCAAAUGCACUCUAGCAAACUUCAGACAGGCCUGGACAUUUACUGGCUUAAGCAGGCGGACACGUCUUGCACUGCAGGAUUUGAGUCCCUGGCGGCGUAGUGUGUUACUGAUGGUAGUUCUGGGAUUUUUGCUCACCGUUCUUGUGAUCAUUUUGACCCUACGGGGUGAGAUCUUGCGUGGAGCCCCAGAUCGAGGGAGAUUAUCAGUGGUCUUGUAUGUCUUCCAUUUCCUAAUAAUUGCUCCCACAGUUGAUUUCUUCAAACCAAGCUGCUUACCUAUUGCAGAUUCAGUCUUCCCAGCCUGGUGCAGGUCUACAAUUUUGUUUCUGGUGUCCUUUGUCAGCUCUUUGGUCUUGGCCAUAGUGGAGUUUGGAGUGUGACUGUUUGAGGUUGUGGACAGGUGUCUUUUAUACUGAUAACAAGUUCAAACAGAUGCCAUUAAUACAGGUAACGAGUGGAGGACAGAGGAGCCUCUUAAAUAAGAAGUUACAGGUCUGUGAGAGCCAGAAAUCUUGCUUGUUUGUAGGUGACCAAAUACUUAUUUUCCACCAUAAUUUGCAAAUAAAUUCAUAAAAAAUCCUACAAUGUGAUUUUCUGGAUUUAUUUUUCUCAAUUUGUCUUUCAUAGUUGACGUGUACCUAUGAUGAAAAUUACAGGCCUCUCUCAUCUUUUUAAGUGGGAGAACUUGCACAAAUAGUGGCUGACUAAAUACUUUUUUGCCCCACUGUAUAUAUAUAUAUAUAUAUAUCUAUAUAACUAUUUUUUUAUUUAUUAUGCAUAUCCUAUUUUCCAUCAUUAUCAAUGAAUAUGCGUAAUAAUGUCGGCAGUUCACGCGUAGGAUUCUAACAUAUAACCCGGAUUGCCAUUGUAUUACAUUUUAAUUCAUUGACAAGCAAUUAUUAUCCUAGCAAAUAAUUCCCGUGGUCCAUCCCAUACCCUCCCCCCCAACAUCCCCACCUCCCCACAACAGAUGCCAGACAAGCACACACGCACAUACUCACAUACUCCAACACACUCAACCCUCCUCCUCCACAAUCCACCAUAAAAUCAGAUACUCAACGGCUGUUAUAUCCCAGAGCCCAACUCGAGAAAUAACUUGAUUUACGAGUGCACAUACAGUUAAAGUGAUUGAGAAAGCAUGCAGAUUGAGCAGAAAUGGAUAACAAUGUGAGAUUUGAUUAAUCUACUUAAUCUAUGUCAAGUCCUAGGUGAUGGAGAUCAGAUCCACCUUCUUCACCUGAGACACAAACACUCUGAUCCCCUGUUGUAACCAUUUUCCCAAGCAUCUCCAUGCGGUCAGACCUUUGAUUAUUUUGUGCCACCUGGGCCACAAUGAUAAACCCCCUCUCUGAUUGUCCGAGUGUGACCCCCUCCCCAUGGGUUACUGCAGCCAGUGUUGCCAGCACUGCCACUACCUGGGUGGGCGUACCCCACCGGAAUCCCCACCGGCUAGGUAAAAGGUUGUCAAGGUUCUCAUUAGCAGCUUUGAGAAUUUCCUUGUAUAUUAUGCUCUCCCAUCAGGGGGCUCUGGCUUUGUAGGACCAACCCUGCCAGGCAGGCUCAGAAUCUUGAGGGGGCGGUGCUGCUCAAGUAGGUCUCUGACCGCAUUUAUUUCUCUGUUUAGGCUGCAUAUUCACAGCAGGUCCAUAAAAGAGAUGGGAACUUCUCUUUGGUGUAUGGGUCGCUCAGGUGGGUGUCCAGGUUAUAGGGUUAGGGAUCUUUCCAUCAUGAUAGGACAAUGAAAAAUUAGAUUAGAUGUAUACUAUAUUUAAAAAUGUAUAUCCCUCAUCUACACAAAAUUGAAAGCUCUCUCUCACUACCCCUGCUCAUAGACCCCCGGUCGGCUCUGGGAUAUGCAACCAUUUCCCCUCUCACUCACUUAACGCCGCACCUUUUCAAACACAAAAAUGCACACCACAUGGUUGACUGCGGAAGAAAUGGGCCGAGCGUGCAAACGCACCCGCAUCCACAUCUGCCGCAAGGGGAAAGGACGCCAGAGAGAACACAGGACCAACCACAACAACCAUCCGCCAAAACAACAACCUCCCGCCAAAAAAGCCAUGUUCUAAUUAUUUGUAUUUAAAGAUGUAUUAUUCUGCUUGUUAUAUCGUUUUAUCCUUUUAUAAAAUACUAUACUUACUAUAAAUGUUAUUUAAUAUUACAAUCCCUAUCAUUGCUAGUAUCAGGUUCUCCAAUAUUUGACUCCUCUAUUACAACUUUUAGAAUAGCCACGGAGUAGUCUUUGUGUCUCUGAACAUUUGGUUGUCAAUAUAUAAUUUAUCCAACACUAGUGCAACACGUUUCCCUUUUAAUCCGUUUUCCUUGAAGAUUGGAUACAGAACUUUGCGCCUUUCUACAAUCUCCCUCGGGAACUGAUCAUUCAUGCCUAUUUUCGUGCCAGCAAGUCUUUUUCCUAGGCUUUUCACCAUAGCUUUAUCCUUAAAAAAAGCAAAUUUGGCAACGAUUGGGCGCUCAUAUUUCUGUCCUCUUUUUCCGAAACGAUGUACACGUUCGAGUUGGAUUUUAUCGACAGCCUCGAGUGGGAUUUGUAGCGCUGUAUGCAGGAAGUCCUUCAUAAUAUUCUCUGUUAUUUCUCCCUUCUUUUCCUGAAUACCCGUAAGUACUAGAUUUUCUAGUUUGGAUGUCUAGUAAGGCUUCUCUCAGAAGAUUGUUCUCCUUUUUUAGUUCCCUAACGUCCGUUUCCAUUUUAGAGACUGUCACUUUUAAUUAUUUGGUUUCUUUCUCCAUUACCAAAGCUUUUUCGUCACUCAUUUGAAGACUCGCUUUCAACUCUUUUACAUCUUUACUGACCAAUUCUAGUAUGCCCAAUUUGUCAUUUAUCGACUUCAACAGGUCGCUUUCCACACUUACCAUACCCAGUGGUGAAAAGCAUAUAUCAUCUGUAUCAGUCGAUGAGUCGCGUUUCCUUUUGGGGAUCGGCUCUCCACGCUUGUCUUCAGUCAUGUUUGGGUGUUGCUUGUUGUUGUAAUAUUUGUCGAUAUAUUUCUCUAGCCUUAUGAUCUGUUUUGUGUUAUUAUCCAGAUUGAAUUAUAUUAACUGUGAAUGUAUGAAAUGCUAAUAUUUAGUCUAACUUACUGAUUUUGAAUAUUAUGUUUUUAUCUUGAGGUGUUUUGUACCGAUUUCUAUUCAAUACGCCAUCUUGUCUACGCGUGCCCCGCACCUGCCAAGAGUGUGCAAAGCUGUCAUCAAGGCAUAUGUUUACAUAUCUUGCGCUACUCAUCUCAUAUGUACAUACUGUAUUCAUUCUAUAAUAUUCUACUGUACCUUAGUCCAUGCCGCUCUGUCAUUGCUUGUCCAUAUACAGUUGAAGUCUGAAGUUUACAUACACCUUAGCCAAAUGCAUUUAAACUCAGUUUUUUACAAUUCCUGACAUUUAAUCCUAGUAAAAAUUCCCAGUCUUAGGUCAGUUAGGAUCACCACUUUAUUUUAAGAAUGUGAAAUGUCAGAAUAAUAUUAGAGAUAAUUAUUUAUUCCAGCUUUUAUUUCUUUCAUCACAUUCCCAGUGGGUCAGAAGUUUACAUAUAUUCAAUUACUAUUUGGUAGAGUUGCCUUUAAAUUGCUUAACUUGGGUCGAACGUUUUGCAUAAUAAGUUGGGUGAAUUUUGGCCCAUUCCUCCUGACAGAGCUGGUGUAACUGAGUCAGGUUUGUAGGCCUCCUUGCUCGCACACGCCUUUUCAGUUCUGCCCACACAUUUUCUAUAGGAUUGAGGUCAGGGCUUUGUGAUGGCCACUCCAAUACCUUGACUUUGUUGUCCUUAAGCCAUUUUGCCACAACUUUGGAAGUAUGCUUGGGGUCAUUGUCCAUUUGGAAGACCCAUUUGCGACCAAGCUUUAACUUCCUGACUGAUGUCUUGAGAUGUUGCUUCAAUAUAUCCACAUAAUUUUCCUUCCUCAUGAUGAAAUCUAUUUUGUGAAGUGCACCAGUCCCUCCUGCAGCAAAGCACCCCCACAGCAAGAUGCUGCCACCCCCGUGCUUCACGGUUGGGAUGGUGUUCUUCGGCUUGCAAGCAUCCCCCUUUUUCCUCCAAACAUAACCAUGGUUACUAUGGCCAAACAGUUCUAUUUUUGUUUCAUCAGACCAGAGGACAUUUCUCCAAAAAGUAAGAUCUUUGUCCCCAUGUGCAGUUGCAAACCGUAGUCUGGCAUUUUUAUGGUGGUUUUGGAGCAGUGGCUUCUUUCAUGCUGAGCGGCCUUUCAGGUUAUGUCGAUAUAGGACUUGUUUUACUGUGGAUAUAGAUACUUUUGUAACUGUUUCCUCCAGCAUCUUCACAAGGUCCUUUGCUGUUGGUUUGGGAUUGAUUUGCACUUUUCGCACCAAAGUACGUUCAUCUCUAGCAGACAGAACGCGUCUCCUUCCUGAGCGGUAUGACGGCUGCGUGGUCCCAUGGUGUUUAUACUUGCGUACUAUUGUUUGUACAGAUGAACGUUUGGAAAUUGAUGAGCGUUUGGAAAUUGCUCCCAAGGAUGAACCAGACUUGUGGAGGUCUACAAUUUUUUUUCUGAGGUCUUGGCUGAUUUCUUUUUAUUUUCCCAUGAUGUCAAGCAAAGAGGCACUGAGUUUGAAGGUAGGCCUUGAAAUACAUCCACAGGUACACCUCCAAUUGACUCAAAUGAUGUCAAUUAGCCUAUCAGAAGCUUCUAAAGCCAUGACAUCAUUUUCUGGAAUUUUCCAAGCUGUUUAAAGGCACAGUCAACUAGUGUAUGUAAAAUUCUGACCCCUGGGAAUUGUGAUCACAAUUUUAAAAGAAAUAACUGUAUCUAAAAAUUUGGGGAAAAAAGACUUGUGUCUGCACAAAGUAGAUGUCCUAACCAACUUGCCAAAACUAUAUUUGUUAACAAAAUUUGUGGAGUUUAAAAAAGGUUUUUUUUUGACCCAACCUAAGUGUAUGUAAAAUUCCACUUCAAAAUAUAUGUUAUUUUCUAAAAUUUCCUUUCCUUCAAUUUUGUGUCUAGUAGUGAUCCUGUACGUGGCUCAGUUCAUAAGAGCAUGGCACUAGCAACACCAGAGUUGUGGGUUCGAUUCCCACUGGGGUCACAUCCCAGAAUGUCUGCUACGUAAAUGCCAUAUAUUAUGGUAUUACAGUACUGUGUUGGCCAAUGCAAUUUGAGUAUACAGUAUAUCACAUAGUUUAAAAUCUAUAGGUUUUCCAAACGUUUAAGUGAUUAUCAAUUAAGAGCAGUCAGAUUAAGUAAUGGUAAAAUGUAUUUUUUUUUCAAAAGAGAAGAGAAUCAUAUCUAAAGUAAUGUGAGCUUUGCAUUGUGAAAGGCAAUUACUUUAUAUGAACGUAUUGCAAUGUGAAACAUGUAUUUCUAGAUUAAACAAAUAUUACGUUUGGUGAAAAAGUGACUGUAUGAUUUUGUGUUGUAUUUAGUCAAUUGAAAAUGUGCUUAGAGUUUUGAAACAACGGCCAUUUUGAUGAUCUGUUUUGAGUUUUGUACUAAUAGUUGUGAAAAUGUACCUCAUAAUAGUGAAAAUUGCAACAAAGCGAUAAAAAAGUGGUAGGCUGGUAGGCUAGAUUUCUUCUGGGCAACAUCACUCACCUGUACUUUCCUAUUUACAUUUUUCCGACUUUAGAUGAUCUAAACAGGGUUUCCCAAACUUGGUCCUGGGGCCCCCCCUGGGUGCACGUUUUGGUUUUUGCCCCUGCACUACACAGCUGAUUCAAAUAAUCAAAGCAUGAUGUACGGACGGGAGUAGCCAGCUAACUAGCUACUUGCUAUUAGCCACCGUUAGUGGGAUUUUUCACCAUUGUCCAUGGCCUGCACUACCUACCAGCCAGCUCUAGCCUGGACUAUUAUUAGCCAGUCUGCACAGCGCGUUAUCGACCCAGAACAUAUCGGAUUUUCUGCCGGAAUCACUGAAUCACUGGACCUUUAACACCGGAUCAUCGCAACUAGCUAGCUGCAGCCGAAUGGAUGUUGUGGUUGGCUAAUCAGCCUUGAGCUAGCCUCGAGUCAGGCCCAUCUCCCGGCUAUCUACCUCUCUGUCAACCGGACGGGACCUCCUAAUGUCGACACAGAGCCCCGCCGAUCCAUCACGACUGGUCUGCCGACGUAAUCGUCUGUGGUUUCAACAGGCUUCCCGUUGCGACGACCACGAAGAUCCAUCUGCUAGCACCUGCCCGCUAGCACACGCAAUUCAACAGCCGUGCUUCCUGAUCGCCUGUGCUGUAGCACCAAUUCGAACUGCUCUCGGACUCACAUUGCUAUUCACUGGACCUUAUGAUCACUCAGCUGCACAGCUGAUGCCUGCUGGACUGUUCCUUUACACAGUACCCUGUCCUAUUUUAUCUGUUUAGCCUCAGACCAAACUUUCAUCGCCAUUACCAGUUGUUGUCUUAGCUCUCUCGAAUAACACCUGUGAUUGCUUUAUGCCUCUCUCCCAUGUCAAUAUCAAAUCAAAUCAAAUCAAAUUGUAUUGGUCACAUGCGCCGAAUACAACAGGUGCAGACAUUACAGUGAAAUGCUUACUUACAGCCCUUAACCAACAGUGCAUUUAUUUUAAACAAAAAAAGUAAAUAAAAAAAAUAAAAAAAAGUGUUGAGAAAAAAAGGAGCAGAAGUAAAAUAAAGUGACAGUAGGGAGGCUAUAUAUACAGGGGGGUACCGUUGCAGAGUCAAUGUGCGGGGGCACCGGCUAGUUGAGGUAGUUGAGGUAAUAUGUACAUGUGGGUAGAGUUAAAGUGACUAUGCAUAAAUACUUAACAGAGUAGCAGCAGCGUAAAAAGGAUGGGGUGGGGGGGCAGUGCAAAUAGUCCGGGUAGCCAUGAUUAGCUGUUCAGGAGUCUUAUGGCUUGGGGGUAGAAGCUGUUGAGAAGUCUUUUGGACCUAGACUUGGCACUCCGGUACCGUUUGCCGUGCGGUAGCAGAGAGAACAGUCUAUGACUAGGGUGGCUGGAGUCUUUGACAAUUUUGAGGGCCUUCCUCUGACACCGCCUGGUAUAGAGGUCCUGGAUGGCAGGAAGCUUUGCCCCAGUGAUGUACUGGGCAGAACGCACUACCCUCUGUAGUGCCUUGCGGUCGGAGGCCAAGCAGUUGCCAUACCAGGCGGUGAUGCAACCAGUCAGGAUGCUCUCGAUGGUGCAGCUGUAGAAUUUUUUGAGGAUCUGAGGACCCAUGCCAAAUCUUUUUAGUCUCCUGAGGGGGAAUAGGCUUUGUCGUGCCCUCUUCACGACUGUCUUGGUGUGUUUGGACCAUGAUAGUUCGUUGGUGAUGUGGACACCAAGGAACUUGAAGCUCUCAACCUGUUCCACUACAGCCCCGUCGAUGAGAAUGGGGGCGUGCUCAGUCCUCUUUUUUUUCCUGUAGUCCACAAUCAUCUCCUUUGUCUUGGUCACGUUGAGGGAGAGGUUGUUGUCCUGGCACCACACGGCCAGAUCUCUGACCUCCUCCCUAUAGGCUGUCUCAUCGUUGUCGGUGAUCAGGCCUACCUGAUGUCGUCGGCAAACUUAAUGAUGGUGUUGGAGUAGUCGUGCCUGGAGUCGUGUGUUGGAGUCGUGCCUGGCCAUGCAGUCAUGGGUGAACAGAGAGUACAGGAGGGGACUGAGCACGCACCCCUGAGGGGCCCCCGUGUUGAGGAUCAGUGUGGCAGAUGUGUUUUUACCUACCCUUACCACCUGGGGGCGGCCCGUCAGGAAGUCCAGGAUCCAGUUGCAGAGGGAGGUGUUUAGUCCCAGGAUCCUUAGCUUAGUGAUGAGCUUAGAGGGCACUAUGGUGUUGAAUGCUGAGCUGUAGUCAAUGAAUAGCAUUCUCACGUAGGUGUUCCUCUUGUCCAGGUGGGAAAGGGCAGUGUGGAGUGCAAUAGAGAUUGCAUCAUCUGUGGAUCUGUUGGGGCGGUAUGCAAAUUGGAGUGGGUCUAGGGUUUCUGGGAUAAUGCUGUUGAUGUGAGCCAUGACCAGCCUUUCAAAGCUCUUCAUGGCUACAGACGUCAGUGCUACGGGUCGGUAGUCAUUUAGGCAGGUUACGUAAGUGUUCUUGGGCACAGGGACUAUGGUGGUCUGCUUGAAACAUGUUGGUAUUACAGACUCAGUCAGGGACAUGUUGAAAAUGUCAGUGAAGACACUUGCCAGUUGGUCAGCACAUGCUCGGAGUACACGUCCUGGUAAUCCGUCUGGCCCUGCGGCCUUGUGAAUGUUGACCUGCUUAAAAGUCUUACUCACAUCGGCUACGGAGAGCGUGAUCACAUAGUCAUCCGGAACAGCUGGUGCUCUCAUGCAUGCUUCAGUGUUGCUUGCCUCGAAGCGAGCAUAGAAGUGGUUUAGCUCGUCUGGUAGGCUUGUGUCACUGGGCAGCUCGCGGCUGUGCUUCCCUUUGUAGUCUGUAAUAGUUUUCAAGCCCUGCCACAUCUGACGAGCGUCAGAGCCAGUGUAGUACGAUUCAAUCUUAGACCUGUAUUGACUCUUUGCCUGUUUGAUGGUUCGUCGGAGGUCAUAGCGGGAUUUCUUAUAAGCGUCCGGGUUAGAGUCCCGUUCCUUGAAAGCGGCAGCUCUACCCUUUAGCUCAGUGCGGAUGUUUCCUGUAAUCCAUGGCUUCUGGUUGGGGUAUGUACGUACGGUCACUGUGGGGACGACAUUAUCGAUGCACUUAUUGAUGAAGCCAGUGACUGAUGUGGUGUACUCCUCAAUGCUGUCUGAAGAAUCCCGGAACAUGUUCCAGUCUGUGCUAGCAAAACAGUCCUGUAGCUUAGCAUCUGCGUCAUCUGACCACUUUUUUAUUAACCGAGUCACUGGUGCUUCCUGCUUUAGUUUUUGCUUAUAAGCAGGAAUCAGGAGGAUAGAGUUAUGGUCAGAUUUGCCAAAUGGAGGGCGAGGGAGAGCUUUGUAUGCGUCUCUGUGUGUGGAGUAAAGGUGGUCUAGAGUUUUUUUCCCUCUGGUUGCACAUUUAACAUGCUGGUAGAAAUUAGGUAGAACGGAUUUAAGUUUCCCUGCAUUAAAGUCCCCGGCCACUAGGAGCGCUGCAUCUGGAUGAGUGUUUUCCUGUUGAUUAAUGGCCUUGUACAACUCAUUCAGUGCAAUCUUAAUGCCAGCAUUGGUUUGUGGUGGUAAAUAGACAGCUAUGAAAAAUAUAGAUGAAAACUCUCUUGGUAAAUAGUGUGGUCUACAGCUUAUCAUAAGAUACUCUACCUCAGGCGAGCAAAACCUCAAGACUUCCUUAGUAUUUGGUUUUGUGCACCAGCUGUUGUUUACAAAUAUACACAGACCGCCACCCCUUGUCUUACCGGAGUCAGCCGUUCUGUCCUGCCGAUGUAGCGUAUAGCCUGCUAGCUGAAUGUUAUCAUUGUCGUCGUUCAGCCACGACUCGGUGAAACAUAAUAUAUUACAGUUUUUAAUGUCCCGUUGGUAGGAUAACCGUAAUCUUAAAUCGUCCACUUUAUUUUCAAAAGAUUGAACGUUGGCUAAUAGGAUUGAUGGAAGAGGGAGUUUACUCGCUCGCCGUCGGAUCCUUACAAGGCACCCCGAUCUGCGUCCACGAUAUCUCCGUCUCUUCUUCACGCGAAUGACGGGGAUUUGGGCCUUGUCGGGUGUCUGUAUGAUAUCCUUCGCGGCCGCCUCGUUGAAGAAAAAAUCUUCGUCCAAUACGAGGUGAGUAAUCGCUGUCCUGAUAUCCAGAAGCUCUUUUUGGUUGUAAGAGACGAUGGCAGAAACAUUAUGUACAAAAUAAAUUACAAAUAACGCGGAAAAACACACAUAAUAGUACAAUUGGUUAGAGGGCUGUAAAAUGGCAGCCAUCUUCUCCGGCGCUGUUCUGCAACAAUGCCUUGCCUAUUGCUGUUCCAGUUAGUUCUUAUUAUACAAUUUCACUGUAGAGCCCCAAGUCCCUCUCAAACUGCCUCAAAUAGCUCCUUUGUUCCACCCCCCCAUACACGCGGAGACCGGCUCAAUCGGUGCCUCCACUGAUGCAAUCUCUUUCAUUGUUACCCAACGCUUAGGUUUACCUUCACUGUACUCAUAUCCUUCCAUAUCCUUGUCUGUACAUAAUGCCCUGAAUCUAUUCUACAACGCCUGGAAAUCUGCACCUUUUAUUUUCUGUACCCAACGCACUAGAAGACCUUUAGCCGUGUUCCUCUGGUGAUGUAGAGGUUAACCCAGGCCCUGGAGCCCCCAGUAUCACUCCUACUCCCCAACACUAUCAUUUGUUGACUUCUGUAACCGUAAAAGCCUUGGCUUUUUGCAUGUUAACAUCAGAAGCCUCCUUCCUAAGUUUGAGUUAUUCACUGCGUUAGCACACUCCGCCAACCCUGAUGUUCUAGCAGUGUCUGAAUCCUGGCUUAGGAAGGCCACCAAAAAUUCAGAAAUGUCCAUCCCCAACUACAACAUUUUCCAUCUAGAUAGAACUGCCAAAGGGGGUGGAGUUGCAAUCUACUGUAGAGAUAGCCUGCAGAGCUCUAUCAUACUAUCCAGGUCUGUGCCCAAACAGUUUGAGCUCCUACUUCUAAAAAUCCACCUUUCCAGAAAUAAGUCUCUCACUGUUGCCGCUUGCUACAGACCCCCCUCAGCCCCCAGCUGUGCCCUGGACACCAUAUGUGAAUUGAUUGCCCCCUAUCUAACCUCAGAGUUCGUACUGCUUGGUGACCUAAACUGGGAUAUGCCUAACACCCUGGCCAUCCUACAAUCCAAACUAGAUGCCCUCAAUCUCACACAAAUUAUCAAGGAACCUACCAGGUACAACCCUAAAUCCGUAAAAAUGGGCACCCUCAUAGAUAUCAUCCUGACUAAUUUACCCUCUAAAUACACCUCCGCUGUCUUUAACCAGGAUCUCAACGAUCACUGCCUUAUUGCCUGCGUCCGUAACAGGUCCGCGGUCAACCACCCACCCCUCAUCACUGUCAAACGCUCCCUAAAACACUUUAGCGAGCAGGCCUUCCUAAUUGACCUGGCCCAGGUAUCCUGGAUGGAUAUCGAUCUCAUUCCGUCAGUAGAGGAUGCCUGGUUGUUCUUUAAAAGUGCUAUCCUCUCAAUCUUAAAUAAGCAUGCCCCAUUCAUUGACUGCCCUUGACCAGCACAAAAACAUCCUGUGGCGUACUGCAUUAGCAUCAAAUAGCCCCCGCGAUAUGCAACUUUUCAGGGAAGUUAGGAACCAAUAUACACAACCAGUUAGGAAAGCAAAGGCUAGCUUUUUCAAACAGAAAUUUGCAUCCUGUAGCACUAACUCCAAAAAGUUUUGGGACACUGUAAAGUCCAUGGAGAAUAAGAGCACCUCCUCCCAGCUGCCCACUGCACUGAGGCUAGGAAACACUAUCACUACCGAUAAAUCUACAAUAAUCGAGAAGUUCAACAAGCAUUUUGCUACGGCUGGCCAUGCUUUCCACCUGGCUACCACUACCCCUGGCCACCAGCUCUGCACCCUCCGCUGCAACUUGCCCAUGCCCCCCCCCCCCCCCGCUUCUCCUUCACACAAAUCCAGACAGCUGAUGUUCUGAAAGAGCUGCAAAAUCUGGACCCCUACAAAUCAUCUGGGCUAGACAAUCUGGAUCCUUUCUUUCUAAAAUUAGCAGCCGAAAUUGUCGCAACCCCUGUAACUAGCCUGUUCCACCUCUCUUUCGUAACGUCUGAGAUCCCCAAAGAUUGGAAAGCUGCCGCGGUCAUCCCCCUCUUCAAAGGGGGUGACACUCUAGAUCCAAACUGUUACAGACCUAUAUCCAUCCUGCCCUGCCUUUCGAAAGUUUUUGAAAGCCAAGUUAACAAACAGAUCACCGACCAUUUCGAAUCCCACCAUACCUUCUCCGCUAUGCAAUCCGGUUUCCGAGCUGGUCAUGGGUGCACCUCAGCCACGCUCAAGGUCCUAAACGAUAUUAUAACCGCAAUCGAUAAUAGACAGUACUGUGCAGCCGUCUUCAUCGACCUGGCCAAGGCUUUUGACUCUGUCAACCACCGCAUUCUUGGCAGACUAAAUAGCCUUGGUUUCUCAAAUGACUGCCUCGCCUGGUUCACCAACUACUUCUCAGAUAGAGUUCAAUGUGUCAAAUCGGAGGGCCUGUUGUCUGGACCUCUGGCAGUCUCUAUGGGGGUGCCACAGGGUUCAAUUCUCGGGCCAACUAUUUUCUCUGUGUAUAUCAAUGAUGUCGCUCUUGCUGCUGGUGACUCUCAGAUCCACCUCUAUGCAGACGACAUCAUUUUGUAUACAUCUGGCCCUUCAUUGGACACUGUGUUAACAAACCUCAAAACGAGCUUCAAUGCCAUACAACACUCCUUCCGUAGCCUCCAACUGCUCUUAAACAUUAGUAAAACUAAAUGCAUGCUCUUCAACCGAACGCUGCUGGCACCCGCCCACCCGACUAGAAUCACUACUCUCGACGGGUCUGACCUAGAGUAUGUGGACAACUACAACUACCUAGGUGUCUGGUUAGACUGUAAACUAUCCUUCCAGACUCACAUUAAGCAUAUCCAAUCCAAAGUUAAAUCUAGAAUCAGCUUCCUAUUUCCAAACAAAGCCUCCUUCACUCAUGCUGCCAAACAUGCCCUCGUUAAACUGACUAUCCUACCGAUCCUUGACUUCGGCGAUGUAAUUUACAAAAUAGCCUCCAACACUCUACUCAGCAAAUUGGAUGUAGUCUAUCACAGUGCCAUCCGUUUUGUCACCAAAGCCCCAUAUACUACCCACCACUGUGACCUGUACGCUCUUGUUGGCUGGUCCUCACUACAUAUUCGUCGCCAAACCCACUGGCUCCAGGUCAUCUAUAAAUUAAUGCUAGGCAAAUCCCCGCCUUAUCUUAGCUCAUUGGUCACCAUGGCAACACCCACCUGUAAUAUGCGCUCCAGCAGGUAUAUCUCACUGGUCAUCCCCAAAGCCAACACCUCCUUUACAUUUGACAUUUUAGUCAUUAAGCAGACGCUCUUAUCCAGAGCGACUUAUAGGAGCAAUUAGGGUUAAGUGCCUUGCUCAAGGGCACAUCGACAGAUUUUUCACCUAGUCGGCUCGGGAUUAGAACCAGCGACCUUUCGGUUACUGGCACAACGCUCUUAACCACCAAGCUACCCUUGGCCGCCAUUCCUUCCAGUUCUCUGCUGCCAAUGACUGGAACGAACUGCAAAAAUCUCUGAAGUUGGAGACUCUUAUCUCCCUCACUAACUUUCAGCAUCAGUUGUCAGAGCACCUUACCGAUCACUGCACCUGUAUACAGCCCAUCUGAAAUUAGCCCACCCAACUACCUCAUCCCCAUAUUGUUAUUUAUUUUGCUAAUUUGCACCCCAGUAUCUCUAUUUGCACAUCAUCUCUUGCACAUCUAUCAUUCCAGUGUUAAUACUAAAUUGUAAUUAUUUUGCACUAUGGCCCAUUUAUUGCCUUACCUCCAUAACUUGCUACAUUUGCACACACUGUAUAUAUAUUUUCUGUUGUAUUUUUGACUUUAUGUUUUGUUUACCCCAUAUGUAACUGUGUUGUUGUUUUUAUUGCACUGCUUUGCUUUAUCUUGGCCAGGUCGCAGUUGUAAAUGAGAACUUGUUCUCAACUGGUUUACCUGGUUAAAUAAAGGUGAUUAUAUAAAAAAAAAAAAAAAAAAGAUGAGUUGGUUAUUUGAAUCAGCUGUGUAGUGCUAGGGCAAAAAACAAAACGUGCACCCAGAGGCGGCCCCAGGACCAAGUUUGGGAAACCCUGAAAGACACCAGAGGGGGUAGCAGGAGGGAAUGUUACAACUCCUUCUCUGAAGUAAGCUACAGUAGAUCAACUGGAAAGCCUGUAGCUAUUACAUUAAGCUGUGUCCCAAAUGGCACCCUAUUCCCUUCAAAGUACACUACUUUUGACCAGAUCCCAAUGGGCCCUUGUCAAAAUAGAGCACUAUAUAGGGAAUAGGGGGUCAUUUGGGACUCCACCUAACAGUUUCCAGAGGCCAUGAGCAGUAAAAGAAUCCACAUGCACCCACUUGUUUUAUAUCCUAAUCAAAGGAUACCGACUGAGCUACAGCCUACCUGUGGUUUAUUACCUCUCAUUAUCAAUCAUUAUAAAUUAUGCCUGAUGUUGGAAAUCAUUGCAGCAUGUUUCUCUUCCUCUAUGACCUCUCAAGUCACUAAGCCAUGCAUUGAGAGAUGUGGCGCUGUUCUACUACAUGGUCUACUAAUUUAUGUUGAUAUCCCCUCCACCUUGUCUCUUUCCUUUCAUUUAAUUACAGAUCUCUCCAUGUCUUUCCUUUAAUCUAAUCACAGUUCUGUCCGUCUCUCGUUUCUUCACAGGAGAAGGAGAUCAUGAAGGAGAUUGUGGAUAACGGCCCAGUGCAAGGUAGGAUGAUCUAGAUGAUGACUGUGUGUGUGUGUGUGUGUGUGUGUGUGUGUGUGUGAUUGCUAUCAGCAGCUGUAACAGAAUGAGCUACUGGUACCAUGUGUGUUUGCUGUGACGUUCAGAGCAAUCUCUUGGUUUUAUGAAUGAAUUCAGAAGGGCAACAAAGCCUUGGGUUUUAUGAAUGAAUUCAGAAGGGCAACAAAGCCUUGGGUUUUAUGAAUGAAUUCAGAAGGGCAACAAAGCCUUGGGUUUUGCUAAAGGAGGAGGAUUGGGUAUGAGAGAUCCUUUGCCAGUGAUUGGGCGGAGGAUCGGAGUCGGGCUAUUAUCACAUUAUUGGUUACAGAACGUGUUUAAUAUUAUAUUAUAGUGGAAUUUAAUUAAGCAUUAAGGCCCGAGGAGGUGUGGUAUAUGGCCAAUAUACAACGGCUAAGGGCUGUUCUUAAGCACGACACAACGCGGAGUGCCUGGAUACAGCCCUUAGCUGUGGUAUGUUGGCCAUAUACCACAAACCCCCGAGGUGCCUUAUUGCUAUUAUAAACGCGUUACAAAUGUAAUUAGAGCAGAAUUAGAGUAAAAAUACAUGUUUGUCAGCCAAUCAGCAUUCAGGGCUCAAACCACCCAGUUUAUAAUAUUAUAUAUAGUAUGCUAUAUUAAAUGUAUUAUAUUUAGUAUUGCACUGUGGUCAGUUUUGGGGAGUAGUGAACUAAAUGUAGUUCAACUAGUAAUUUAACUACAUUUUGCAGUAGCUUGUUUGUCUUCUUUUUCAAUGAAAAUUUAGUUCAGUAAACUUUGUUUUUCUUAAGGGUAGCUUUAGUGUAGCUUAACUUCUUGCAGUGUGAAGUAAUUGGUAGCUUGGUAAAGUAUAUUUUCAGAGUAGCUUCCCCAACACUGACUGUGGAAUGAUUGCUGAACGUAUGUUUGGAUAUUUCAUGUCUUAAUAAUUAUAUUUCAAGGUACAACUUUAUAACAAAUUGAAACUGUUUACAACAUUGCUAUGCCUGUCCAACUAUUGCUGUCAUCCUGUCAAGAACCUGUGUGACAUUGUUGUGUGAGAAAAUCCAAUAAAAUACAUAUCAUAUAUAAAAUAAAAUAAUUGUGUAUGAGAGGAUGUGCGUACCAGAUGUUUGGGCUCUAACUGGGCCUCUGACUCAUCAUGCCAUUGUUGGACUGAUACUCAGGAGGAAGAGUAUCUUUGUGUAGGGUAUGUAAUGUGCUGAACAUGCUAGAGACCUAAAAACAAUUGUCAGCCCCUAGAGGCUUUAGCUUAGAGGGAUAACUCUACGUAGACCAAAGCUCAAACCCCAGUGAUUUGGACUAUUUAUAGUGUAGCUUCCAACCCUGGCCUCAGUUCAGUUCAUACAUCUUCAUAUGUAGAUAUCUUACCUUCGCCCUAAUGAUUUACCUAUGAUUCUAAUGAUUUACCUAUGAUUCUAAUGAUUUAUCUAUGAUUCUAAUGAUUUAUCUAUAUUCUAAUGAUUUACCUAUGAUUCUAAUGAUUUACCUAUGAUUCUAAUGAUUUACCUAUGAUUCUAAGGAUUUAAGGGAAAGGGGGAUACCUAGUCAGUUGUACAACUGAAUGCAUUCAACUGAAAUGUGUCUUCCGCAUUUAACCCAACCCCUCUGAAUCAGAGAGGUGUGGGGUCUGCCUUAAUCGACAUCCACGUCAUCGGCGCCCGGGGAACAGUGGGUUAACUGUCUUGCUCGGGGAUUCGAUCCAGCAACCUUUCGGUUACUGGCCCAACACUCCUACCCGCCAGGCUACCUGCUGCCCCUUUACCUAUGAUUCUAAUGAUUUACCUAUGAUUCUAAUGAUUUACCUAUGAUUCUAAUGAUUUACCUAUGAUUUUCCAAGAAUGUUGACAAUGUCCUAAGAUCUUGACCAUUCCUGACACAAUUAUUUUUGACCCAAAUGUGUCGCCUGGAAAACACCUGGCUAAAGAAAUGUUAACAUCAGCAAGCAUCUGCUCUUAUGUACAGUGAGGGAAAAAAGUAUUUGAUCCCCUGCUGAUUUUGUACGUUUGCCCACUGACAAAGACAUGAUCAGUCUAUAAUUUUAAUGGUAGGUUUAUUUGAACAGUGAGAGAUAGAAUAACAACAAAACAAUCCAGAAAAACCCAUGUAAAAAAAUUUAUGAAUUGAUUUGCAUUUUAAUGAGGGAAAUAAGUAUUUGACCCCUCUGCAAAACAUGACUUAGUACUUGGUGGCAAAACCCUUGAGGUCAGACGUUUCUUGUAGUUGGCCACCAGGUUUGCACACAUCUCAGGAGAAAUUUUGUCCCACUCCUCUUUGCAGAUCUUCUCCAAGUCAUUAAGGUUUCGAGGCUGACAUUUGGCAACUUGAACCUUCAGCUCCCUCCACAGAUUUUCUAUGGGAUUAAGGUCUGGAGACUGGCUAGGCCACUCCAGGACCUUAAUGUGCUUCUUCUUGAGCCACUCCUUUGUUGUUUGGCCAUGUAUUUUGGGUCAUUGUCAUGCUGGAAUACCCAUCCACGACCCAUUUUCAAUGCCCUGGCUGAGGGAAGGAGGUUCUCACCCAAGAUUUUGACGGUACAUGGCCCCGUCCAUCGUCCCUUUGAUGCGGUGAAGUUGUCCUGUCCCCUUAGCAGAAAAACACCCCCAAAGCAUAAUGUUUCCACCUCCAUGUUUGACGGUGGGGAUGGUGUUCUUGGGGUCAUAGGCAGCAUUCCUCCUCCUCCAAACACGGCGAGUUGAGUUGAUGUCAAAGAGCCCCAUUUUGGUCUCAUCUGACCACAACACUUUCACCCAGUUCUCCUCUGAAUCAUUCAGAUGUUCAUUGGCAAACUUCAGACGGCCCUGUAUAUGUGCUUUCUUGAGCAGGGGGACCUUGCGGGCGCUGCAGGAUUUUAGUCCUUCACGGUGUAGUGUGUUACCAAUUGUUUUCUUGGUGACUAUGGUCCCAGCUGCCUUGAGAUCAUUGACAAGAUCCUCCCGUGUAGUUCUAGGCUGAUUCCUCACCGUUCUCAUGAUCAUUGCAACUCCACGAGGUGAGAUCUUGCAUGGAGCCCCAGGCCGAGGGAGAUUGACAGUCUUUUGUGUUUCUUCCAUUUGCGAAUAAUCGCACCAACUGUUGUCACCUUCUCACCAAGCUGUUGGCGAUGGUCUUGUAGCCCAUUCCAGCCUUGUGUAGGUCUACAAUCUUGUCCCUGACAUCCUUGGAGAGCUCUUUGGUCUUGGUCAUGGUGGAGAGUUUGGAAUCUGAUUGAUUGAUUGCUUCUGUGGACAGGUGUCUUUUAUACAGGUAACAAACUGAGAUUAGGAGCACUCCCUUUAAGAGUGUGCUCCUAAUCUCAGCUCGUUACCUGUAUAAAAGACACCUGGGAGCCAGAAAUCUUUCUGAUUGAGAGGGGGUCAAAUACUUAUUUCCCUCAUUAAAAUGCAAAUCAAUUUAUAACAUUUUUGACAUGCGUUUUUCUGGAUUUUUUUGUUGUUAUUCUGUCUCUCACUGUUCAAAUAAACCUACCAUUAAAAUGAUAGACUGAUCAUUUCUUUGUCAGUGGGCAAACGUACAAAAUCAGCAGGGGAUCAAAUACUUUUUUCCCUCACUGUAAGGGCUAGUAUUAAAAAACAAAACACAUCUGAACUACCUCUUCCUUUCUAUUAGAAUGCAAAGCAGUUCUAAACACAGGCUUCACGUUGUCUUCUAAACACAGGCUUUAUGUUGUCUUCUAAACACGGGCUUUGUUGUUUUCUAAACACAGGCUUUAUGUUGUCUUCUAAACACAGGCUUCACAUCGUCUUCUAAACACAGGCUUUAUGUUGUUUUCUAAACACAGGCUUUAUGUUGUCUUCUAAACACAGGCUUUAUGUUGUCUUCUAAACACAGGCUUUAUGUUGUCUUCUAAACACAGGCUUUAUGUUGUCUUCUAAACACAGGCUUUAUGUUGUCUUCUAAACACAGGCUUUGUUGUUUUCUAAACACAGGCUUCACGUUGUCUUCUAAACACAGGCUUUAUGUUGUCUUCUAAACACAGGCUUCACGUUGUCUUCUAAACACAGGCUUUAUGUUGUCUUCUAAACACAGGCUUUAUGUUGUCUUCUAAACACGGGCUUUGUUGUUUUCUAAACACAGGCUUUAUGUUGUCUUCUAAACACAGGCUUUGUUGUUUUCUAAACACAGGCUUUAUGUUGUCUUCUAAACUCGGGCUUCACGUUGUCUUCUAAACUCGGGCUUCACGUUGUCUUCUAAACUCGGGCUUCACGUUGUCUUCUGAACACGGGCUUCACGUUGUCUUCUGAACACAGGCUUUACGUUUUCUUCUAAACACGGGCUUCACGUUGUCUUCUGAACACGGGCUUCACGUUGUCUUCUAAACACAGGCUUCACGUUGUCUUCUAAACACGGGCUUCACGUUGUCUUCUAAACACGGGCUUCUCGUUGUCUUCUAAACUCGGGCUUCACGUUGUCUUCUAAACUCGGGCUUCACGUUGUCUUCUAAACUCGGGCUUCACGUUGUCUUCUGAACACGGGCUUCACGUUGUCUUCUAAACACGGGCUUUAUGUUGUCUUCUAAACACGGGCUUCACGUUGUCUUCUAAACACAGGCUUCACGUUGUCUUCUUAACACAGGCUUUAUGUUUUCUUCUGAACACGGGCUUCACGUUGUCUUCUGAACACGGGCUUCACGUUGUCUUCUAAACACGGGCUUCACGUUGUCUUCUGAACACGGGCUUCACGUUGUCUUCUAAACACGGGCUUCACGUUGUCUUCUGAACACGGGCUUCACGUUGUCUUCUGAACACGGGCUUCACGUUGUCUUCUGAACACGGGCUUCACGUUGUCUUCUGAACACGGGCUUCACGUUGUCUUCUGAACACGGGCUUCACAUUGUCUUCUGAACACGGGCUUCACGUUGUCUUCUGAACACGGGCUUCACGUUGUCUUCUGAACACGGGCUUCACGUUGUCUGACAAGAGGUGAAAAGUGUAAAAGUGUAAGAAGGUGAGGCCUCAGGUAGGGGAUUUGUCCUUUGACCGAUGUCUGUGACCCCAAUUUGACCUGGGUCACAAACAUCCCAGCGGGAUACAUGUGGUGUUCCUGAUGCUAUUCUUUAUACAUGGUUGUCUUCACAAUGGCAAAAAUAAACAGGACAGAAAUAAAGAAUGAGAAAUAGAGGAAUGUAAAGACUGUGUAUGAGUGUUAGUACACUCACUGUAUAUCUUUGUGAGUGUGUGUACGUGUGACUGUGCAGGUAGUCUGUGAGCCUGUGCCAGCCUUGUUGUAUUGUUCCAAACAGCAGGACAGAAACAUUGGCCUCGUCGACAAGUUUUCCUUUUUUUGUCUCCCUUGAAUUUCUGUCAUUACCUUUGCCAGAGAGCAGUGUGUACUUGUCUGGCAGUAAGAGACAAAGAGAACGGUAGCCCAGUAAGAACAGGUAGUCCUUCCAAAUGUGGGAGUUGACCAUUCCAGAUUGUUUUUCCCAGUGGGGUUUCUAAUGAGAAAGUCACAGGGAGUUCAGGGCUUAUAGUGCACCGGUUCAAAGAGGCCCAACACCACAGCUGCACUCUGAUGUUUGGGUGUGUUCUUCUCAGGGGAAAUGGGAAACUGUCCUCAGAAGAAGUAAAGAAAUUAGGAAAUUGAAUUAGCUUUUGAAUUCAUUUUUUCCUAGUGGUGUAUUACUUUCAGUUUAGUGCAAGAAGGAAAUGAUAUGGUUGAGCUCUCUUUGCCAUCAGUCAAGCAUAGAAACACUUUGCCUGAUGUUCAAGGUUGGAGUCUAAGUUGGUUACCUUCGAACUACAGCUGUGCUUUAUGAGCCCUAUUCAUUCUUGAGAUAAGUAGACUUUUUUAACAUGUUUUACUUAAGUACUUAUCUCAAGUCUGAAUCAGUCCCUACCUGAUUAGGGUCAAAGGUAAAGUUGAUUCUAUCUAUGUUUUUUCAACAAUAUUGAGGCAUGACACUGUCUUUGUUUGGUCAUUUUAUAACCAUCUGAAAAGCUAUAUAUUUGUUUGGCUGUAAAAAGUGUGUGUUUCUGUGUGUCCAGUUAAUCUAUAAUAAUUUUUCUUCUUGUGUAUCCAGUCCAUCGAUAAUGUGUUUUUCUUCUUGUGUAUCCAGUCCUUCGAUUAUUUUUUCCCCCCCUGUGUAUUCUGCAGCCAUCCUGGAGGUCCACGAGGACUUCUUUGUCUAUAAGAGUGGGAUCUACAAACACACAGACGUCAGCUUCACCAAACCACCACACUACCGCAAACACAACACACACUCCGUCAGAAUCACAGGGUAAGGCUGUCAAUCAUCUCCCAUCUGGUAGAGCUUUGUAAUGUAUUUUAUCCAUUGUAUAGUAUGGAAGAGGCAGCACUGAUAGCAAAAUGACUGUAUUACUUUUGAUGUCUUGGAUUCAGUAUUCAAGUCAAUGCAUUCAUAUUUUAUUAUAUUUUAACAUUUUUAGAUGAUGAAGUGUAGUAUUUGUAGCAUUUACCAAAUUCUCAAAUAAAAAAACAUCAACCCGUAAACACUCCCAGACCUGCAUGCUACCACAGGUGUGUUGUGUUCAGUGUGAGUAAGAGAUUCCCUCCCUCCCUCCUCGUCUGUCGGUCUGUCGGUCUGUCGGUCUGUCGGUCUGUCGGUCUGUCGGUCCUGUCGGUCUGUCGGUCUGUUGGUCGCUCUGAGACUCUGAGACACACCUUGGCUCCAAUCCUCUGUUCCCCAGACAAGCCCCAUAGUUACCGCGGAGAGAACAAAAUCUAGGCAAGCAGACACUACACACCUGGAUAGCCUAGCUACCCACCCCUGUCCCGCCCUGUCUCCCCACCCCCACCCCAAUCCUUCUGUCUCCCCACCCCCAAUCCUUCUGUCUCCCACCCCAUUCUGUCUCCAACCCAAUCUUCUAUCUCCCCACCCCAAUCCUUCUAUCUCCCCACCCCAAUCCUCUUCUCCCCACCUCUGUCUCCCCACCCCAACCCAUCCUUCAUCUCCCCACCCCAAUCUCUAUCUCCCCACCCAAUCUUCUCCCCACCCCCACCCAAUCCUUCUGUCUCCCCACCCCAAUCUUCUCUCCACCCAAUCUUCUAUCUCCCCACCCCAAUCCUUCUGUCUCCCCACCCCAAUCCUUCUCUCCCCACCCCAAUCCUUCUCCACCCCAAUCCUUCUGUCUCCCCCACCCCAAUCCUUCUGUCUCCCCACCCCAAUCCUUCUGUCUCCCCACCCCAAUCCUUCUGUCUCCCCACCCCAAUCCUUCUGUCUCCCCACCCCAAUCCUUCUAUCUCCCCACCCCAAUCCUUCUAUCUCCCCACCCCAAUCCUUCUAUCUCCCCACCCCAAUCCUUCUGUCUCCCCACCCCAAUCCUUCUGUCUCCCCACCCCAAUCCUUCUGUCUCCCUAGAAGGGUAAUGAAGUUGUCCAUAGACUCUGAUGAAAGGUCAGUUUAGAUGUUUAGAGAUCAAUAGAUGACGGUAGGUUUUGGGGAGGGUAAGCUGAUCCUAGAUCUGUGCCUAAGGGAAACUUCUACAAGGAGCGCCCACCUCCUCCCAGACAGUGUUCUCUCCAUCUUCACUCAUCACCUUGCCCUCUUCCCAGCUCCUGCUGCCUCUCCCCCCAUCUCUGACUCCCAACCCCCAACACCCCAUCCCUCUCUGACUCCCAACCCCCAACAUCCCAUCCCUCUCUGACUCCCAAUCCCCAACACCCCAUCCCUCUCUGACUCCCAAUCCCCAACACCCCAUCCCUCUCUGACUCCCAACCCCCAACACCCCAUCCCUCUCUCACUCCCAACCCCCAACACCCCAUCCCUCUCUGACUCCCAACCCCCAACACCCCAUCCCUCUCUGACUCCCAACCCCAACCCCCCAUCCUAUCUUACUCCCAACCCCAACCCCCCAUCCCUCUCUUACGGUGCCUUGCAAAAGUAUUCAUCCCCCUUGGCGUUUUCCUAUUUUGUUGCAUUACAACCUGUAAUUUAAAUGGAUUUUUAUUUGGAUUUCAUGAAAUGGACAUACACAAAAUAGUCCAAAUUGGUGAAGUGAAAUGAAAAAAAUUACUUGUUUCAAAUAAUUAUACAAAAUAAAUAACGGAAAAGUGGUGCGUUCAUAUGUAUUCACCCCCUGUGCUACGAAGCCCCUGAAUAAGAUCUGGUGCACCAUUUACCUUCAGAAGUUACAUAAUUAGUUAAAUAAAGUCCACCUGUGUGCAAUCUAAGUGUCACAUGAUCUCAGUAUAUAUGCACCUGUUCUGAAAGGCCCCAGAGUCUGCAACACCACUAAGCAAGGGGCACCACCAAGCAAGCCUCACCAUGAAGACCAAGGAGCUCUCCAAACAGGUCAGGGAAAAAGUUGUGGAGAAGUACAGAUCAGGGUUGUGUUAUAAAAAAAUAUCUGAAACUUUGAACAUUCCACGGAGCACCAUUAAAUCCAUUAUUAAAAAAUGGAAAGAAUAUGGCACCACAGCAAACCUGCCAAGAGAGGGCCGCCCACCAAAACUCACGGACCAGGCAAGGAGGGCAUUAAUCAGAGACCAAAGAUAACCCUGAAGGAGCUGCAAAGCUCCACAGCGGAGAUUGAAGUAUCUGUCCAUAGGACCACUUUAAGCCGUACACUCCACAGAGCUGGGCUUUACAGACUCCCCAAACAUAUGGAAGAAGGUAUUCUGGUCAGAUGAGACUCAAAUUGAGCUUUUUGGCCAUCAAGAAAAACGCUAUGUCUGGCACAAACCUAACACCUCUCAUCACCCCGAGAACACCAUCCACAGUGAAGCAUGGUGGUGGCAGCAUCAUGCUGUGGGGAUGUUUUUCAUCAGCAGGGACUGGGAAACUGGUCAGAAUUGAAGGAAUGAUGGAUGGUGCUAAAUACAGGGAAAUUCUUGAGGGAAACCUGUUUCAGUCGUCCAGAGAUUUGAGACUGGGACGGAGGUUCACCUUCCAGCAGGACAAUGACCCUAAGCAUACUGCUAAAGCAACCCUCAAGUAGUUUAAGGGGAAACAUUUAAAUGUCUUGGAAUGGCCUAGUCAAAGCCCAGACCUCAAUCCAAUAGAGAAUCUGUGGUAUGACUUAAAGAUUGCUCUACACCAGCAGAACCCAUUCAACUUGAAGGAGCUGGAGCAGUUUUGCCUUGAAGAAUAGGCAAAAAUCCCAGUGACUAGAUGUGCCAAGUUUUCUUUUUUUUGGUCUUAUUUCUUGUUUGUUUCACAAUAAAACAUAUUUUGCAUCUUCAAAGUGGUAGGCAUGUUGUGUAAAUCAAAUGAAAAAAACAAAAAAACAUCAAUUUUAAUUCCAGGUUGUAAGGCAACAAAAUAGGAAAAAUGCCAAGGGGGGUGAAUACUUUCGCAAGCCACUCUACACGCAACCAUCAACAGCUCAUCCUCUCUUACUCCCAACCCCAAUCCCCCAUCCCUCUCUUACACCCAACCCUCAACCCCUAACACCACAUCCUCUCUUACCCUCAACACCCAACACCACAUCCUAUCUUACCCUCAAUCCCUAACACCCCAUCCCUCUCUUACCCUCAAUCCCCAACACCCCAUCCCGGCCAAAUACUCUCAUUAUCAUUUAGUCUACUCUGAGACAUCAGGUAUUCGUUGAGUACCGUCUGUCUGGGCUGUCUGUUCUAGACAUUACAACAUUUGUGACUAGGAUUAGGAAUUAUAUGCUUUAUGAACACACUUUCCCCUUGUAAAGGCAGCAGGUAGCCUAGCAGUUAGAGCGUUGGGCCAGUAACCGGAAGGUCAGUGGUUCAAAUACCCGUGCCGACAAGGUGUAAAAUCUGUCAAAGUGCCCUUGAUCAAGGCACUUAACCCUAUUUAUAAUAUAAUGCUAAAGCCACAAAAUCAAAACUGGAUUUGGAGGGUUUGCUGACUUUGGCUUGGACAAUGCUGCCAGUUGAAUAAGAUGAACUUUGAGCAGAGCCGCUGAGAGCUGUCAUGGAGGCAGUUUCUCUGCUCCUUAUCUGAUCGGCCAUUGAUGAAGAGAAACAGACCAUGGGGGAUCCACUUCCUGCCCUGUCCUGCUGGCUCUGUUUGGGUCUCAUAUGAUAAUGUAUAAUUUAACUUUUCGUAAUGUGUGUGUUUGUCUGUGAGCAUUUCUUUGUGAGUGUGUGGUGUCUACUAGCAAUUUUGUGGUGUACUUCAUAGCCAGGGGGCAUGUCUGAAUAAUUUAUUUACCUAUGCCUGGUUUGUGUCUGACAAGUGAGUGCUCUGUUUGAUUGGUUGUUUGUGACUAUGUAUUUCACAUGUAUGUUAUGUGUAUCGUUAUAUUAGAUUAUGUAGGCUAUAUAAGGUACCUACUGUAAGUUGUGUAUACAGUGCCUUCAGAAAUAAUUCACACCCCUUGACUUUUUCCACAUUUUGUUGUGUUACAGCCUGAAUUUAAAAUGGAUUACAUUGAGAUUUUGUUACUGGCCUACACACAACAUGCCAUAAUGUCAAAGUGGAAUUAUGUUUUUAGACAUUUUUACAAAUUAAUACAAAAUGAAAAGCUGAAAUGUCUUGAGUCAAUAAGUAUUUAACCCCUUUGUAAUGGCAAGCCUAAAUAAGUUCAGGGGUAGAAAUGUCACAUAAGUUACAUGGACACAAUGUGUGCAAUAAUAGUGUUGAACAUGACUUUUGAAUGACUACCUCAUCUCUGUACCCCACACAUACAAUUAUCUGUAAGGUCCCUCAGUCGAGCAGUGAAUUUCAAACACAUAUUCAACCACAUCUGUUUUCCAAUGCCUCGCAAAGAAGGGCACCUAUUGGUAGAUGUAAAAAAAUAAAAAUUAAAAAUAAAGCAGACACUGAAUAUCCCUUUGAGCAUGGUGAAGUUGUUAAUUACACUUUGCAUGGUGUAUCAAUACACCCAGCUUAACCAAUGUGUCAGAGGAAACACCAUUCAAUUGGCGACCGGGGUCAGCCAGCAGGCACCCGGCCCACCACAAGGAGUCACUAGAGCACGAUGAGCCAAGUAAAGGCCCACCGGCCAAACCCUCCCCUAACCCGGACGACGCUGGGCCAAUUGUGCACUGUCCUACGGCCAGUUGUGGCACAGCCCGGGAAUGAAUCUGGGUCUGUAGUGACACCUCUAGCACUGCGAUGCAGUGCCUUAGACCGCCACUUGGGAGGCCCCCAAUGGUGACUUUUAAACAGUUACAGAGUUUAAGGACUGUGAUAGGAGAAAACUGAGGAUGGAACUUUAUGUUCUGAAUACAAAGCGUGAUGUUUGGGGCAAAUACAACACAACACUGAGUAUCACUCUUCAUAUUUUCAAGCAUGGUGGAGGCUGCAUCAUGUUAUGGGUAUGCCUGUCUUCGGCAAGGACUAGGGAGUGUUAUAGGAUAAAAGGAAACUGAAUAGAACUAAGCACAGGCAAAAUCCUUGAGGAAAACCUGGUUCAGUCUGGUUCAGUCUGCUUUCCAACAGACACUGGGAGACAAAUUCACCUUUCAGCAGGACAAUAACCUAAAACACAAGGCCAAAUAUACACUGGAUUUGCUUACCAAGACAACAUUGUAUGUUCCUGAGUGGCCUAGUUACAGUUUUGACUAAUAUCAGCUUAUCUAGUAAUGAUCAACAACCAACUUAACAGAGCUUGAAUAAUUUUUUUAAUAAUAAUGUGCAAAUAUUGUACAAUCCAGGUGUGCAAAGCUCUUAGAGACUUACCCAGAAAGACUCACAGCUGUAAUCGCUGCCAAAUGUGAUUGUGGGGUGUGAAUACUUAUGUAAAUUAUAUUUCUGUAUUUCAUUUUCGAUACAUUUUAAAAAGAUUCUGAAAACAUGUUUUCACUUCGUCAUUAUGGGGUAUUUUGUGUAGAUGGGUGAGAAAAAAAUAUAUUUCAUGAAUUUUGAAUUCAGGCUGUAACACAACAAAAUGUGGAACAAGUCAAGGGGUAUGAGUACUUUCUGAAGGCACUGUGUGGCUGUAUGAGUAUCCUAUAUAUUCUGGCUCAGUAAAGUCUAGGUCUAGGGUCUCGGUAUAUCAAUGCCAAUAGCAUAAGGCUGAGUCCCAAAUAGCACCCUAUUCCCUUCAUGGUGCUCUGCACAAAAGUAGUGCACUAUAUAGGGAAUAAGGUGCCAUUUGGGAUUCAUAGUGAAUCUGGUCUAUCCUGGCACGCUGCUGGUGUUUGGUCUGUCCUGUCUGGUCUGUCCUGUCUGUCCUGGCACACUGCUGGUGUCUGGUCUGUCCUGUCUGGUCUGUCCUGUCUGUCCUGGCACACUGCUGGUGUCUGGUCUGUCCUGUCUGUCCUGGCACACUGCUGGUGUCUGGUCUGUCCUGUCUAGUCUGUCCUGUCUGGUCUGUCCUGGCACACUGCUGGUGUCUGGUCUGAGCAGCAUGCUCCACUGAUGAUGAUGACGGUUGACGCUUGUCUCCCCCCUCCUCCGCUGACACUGCGGUUCAUUCGCUGGUUUGGGCUGCGAACACGAGGCUCGGGGGGCACCGAGGCUAUGGAUUUGGGGAUGGGGUGGGGGAAAGAAAGGAGGGCCAGGGUGCGUAGAGCCUGACCAUCACACCAAUCAAUGUUUUUACAGCCAAAAUCCCGCUGCAGUGUGUUCUAUUAAGCCAAGGGCCUGGGAAAGUUUGUGUUUAGCGCAUUGAGGUCCACUCUGGUGGAAAAGGCAUUGUCUGGGGCGUUGAUUCCAACUGUAUGGGACAGAGAGAGGAUCAGGCCCAUGGCGGAGGUCAGGGGUAGGGUAGGGGAGGACUGGUAUGUCCCUCAUUGUCCUGGAGGAACAACGCUAACUGGGGGAGAUAAGGGCUCCGUAGUGGUUUGAUUCUGUCUGGCUCUCUGGCUUUGCCCGUAUACACACACACACAUAAGCACCCACACACACAAGUAGGCGCACACACACACACACACACACACACACACACACACACACACACACACACACACACACACACACACACACACAGCCCCAUGGAUGGAAAGCUUUGGCCUCCCAAAACCCAAAUCCUUGACCCUCCAGCCUCUAUCUAUUUCAGAUGAUUGUGAUGUGUGUACAGCUGUUUGUAUUUGCCUAUUCAGAGCAUGAUGACCCUUAAACUCUUGUCCGAACCAGACUCGACUAAUAAAGAAACUUGCUGAUUGAAGGUUGGCAAUGUUUUGGUGGCAGGCUACCGAGUUGGAAACGACUCAAAACAUCAGAUCUCUUUCCCAGCAUUCCUUUUCUCUCAUAAAAGAUAAGGCCAAAGUUGCCUUUGGAGGCUCCUAGAGGCCCUGGGGCCUGGUGUUCAGGAUGGGAAUAGAACUGGAGCGGGGGAGGGAAGGUCGGUCUGAGAUGCAGGGAUAACUGCCAGAUAGGACCAGAAGCUAAGGAUGAUGGGAAUGUAUGGGCCUUGGACUUAGAGAGAGAGAGAGAGAGAGAGAGAGAGAGAGAGAGAGAGAGAGAGAGAGAGAGAGAGAGAGAGAGAGAGAGAGAGAGAGAGAGAGAGAGAGAGAGAGAGCGCUGCAGGGGUAAGGUUUAUUUAUGAGAGCCUCGCUCGACCUUCAGCAAUGUUGUUGUCUGUGAGAUGACAGGAGUCGGGCGGUGACCAUGGCCUUCCUGAUUGAAAAUCAGUGCCUUUUGCGUCCCUUUCAUAUUUAAGUAGAAUUGUGCACAGAUAUUACAUUUUAUAUUAAAUAAGUGCCCAUUAAUAUAAACCACAUGGAAAAUUCAAUAAAUCAGCAUUUUGAUAUGGCCCUGUGACUUCUACACUCUUAGGAAAAAAGUGCUAUCUAGUACCUAAAGGGUUAAUCGGCUGUCCCCUUUCCACAGAGGGUUCUACAUUGGAAUCCAAAAAGAUUCUACCUGGAACCAAAAAUGGUUCUACCUGGAACCAAGAAUGGUUCUCCUAUGGAACAGCCAAAGGACCUUUUGGAACCCUUUUUUAUAAGAGUGUAGGAAGAUUUGAACCCAUUUAACAAGUUUUCACCAUCAUUGUGAAGCCCUAGUUAUUUUGUUGCUUUGACAGUCAUUUCUAAAGAUUCAUAUUUAUUUCAUCUGAUUAGUGAUUCAUUUUAAAGUUUAAAAAAAAACUCUAAUUUUUAUAUGGUGAAACUAUUCCUUUUUAAAUAUUUUUUUCAAAGUGUAAAAGCAGGUGUGCUGGUUCUACUCUUUCUGGCAAUUUUCAGGUGUUUUGUGGUGGAAAACUUAGCGGAUCAAACAUAACACGCCAACCCUGUUACCCAUAAAUAGGCUAGAAAUGUUUUCACAAUUUAGAUUUUUUUGUGAAGCUUGCAUUCAAUUGCCCCUCCCUCUUCACACAACAAGUUUCCAUUCCUCCUCUCACAAGGGGAUUUAUGGCUGAUUUAAAUUGAAAUCGUCAACACUGUUACGGUCUACCCGGUUACUUUAAUGGGCACUUACUAUAGUCAUAUUUUAUUUAACCUCGAGAUGGAGAACUGUUUUUUUAUGAAGUUGAACAUGUGGUCUUUAUGACAGAAUGUUAAAAUUAGGUUAAAUAAAAAAAUAAAAAAUCACCAAGUUACACUAUUCAAAGGGCACCUAGUUGGUGGAACGACCUGCAUGCAUAUUAUGAUGAUCAAAGAUCAUAUUUUUGUCCCCUUGCGUGUUUGUGUUCUCACACAUCUUCAUUGUCCGAUUGUUCAUAGUUCCAGUUUGUGCCCUUUAGUGGAAAAUAAUCAUAUCAGUAAUCCAUCUCUGUGUGUUCUGUUCCAGGUGGGGAGAGGAGAGGAACUAUGAUGGGACAACAAAGAAGUACUGGGUAAAUAAGGGUUCCUAUCACAUCACAUAUUCUCUCUCUUUUCUAUUAUAUAUAAACUAUAUCUACAUUCUAACCUGUGCCACUCUUUCUAAUAACGCUUGACUUUUCCAGAUCGCUGCCAACUCGUGGGGGAAGAACUGGGGGGAGAACGGCUACUUCCGUAUCACUCGUGGUGAGAACGAGUGUGAGAUAGAGGCGUUCGUGAUUGGCGUGUGGGGUAGGGUCACUAUGGAAGACAUGCAGAACCACCAUCACCGCCGACGCAAGUAGAGACAGACACUCCAGGAACCCAGCACCUACCCUUCACCCCAUACCCUCUUCCCCUCCCUACCCUGGGGGAGCAACCAGCCCCAGAGGCCCUGCUCUUACUCCCCUACCCCCAUACCAAACUCUGGGGGAACAACUCAACCAGUUCCCACUCUGACCUUUGGGGAAACCAACAACAACUACCCCAAGAACUCCAACUCUUACCCCCUUACCCCCUUGCACCCAUAUCCCCUUACGCCAGCCUAGGGGUAUUGACACCCCAACCGCCCCCUAACCCAACUCAAGGUUUAUGGCACCAAAACAAGCUCCAGGUCUGCAGGCUGAGAGGGGCUUCUUCAUAGAGCCUCCCCUGGCUUCAGGACACAGCAAUAAGCACCUCAGGACUCACUUUUCCAAAGACCAUCCUUCCCGGAUUCCUCGGCUUCAGCCUAGCAUGGAAUGUCUACUUCCUGCUUCUGUCCUGAAGUCUUCACUUCCUCUGCUAUAAUGAUGAAUGGACUGGCUUGAUCUGAACUCUCUCACUCUCCUCUCUCUCAUUGUGUAGCUAUUCAUUUGGCUGCCAUGGCAGGUGGCUAUCCAUUUGGCUGCCAUGACAGGUGGCAUCCAUUUGGUUGCCAUGACAAGUGGCUAUCCAUUUGGUUGCCAUGACAAGUGGCUAUCCAUUUGUCUUCCAUGACAAGUGGCUUUCCAUUUGGCUGCAAUGACAGGUGGCUAUCUAUCUCUGAUCAUGGUUAACCCUCUCCCUGUGUUUCUCUGUUGUUGUGUAUUUUGAAAGCCAACCCCUUAGGGACAGAUUGCGAUGGAGAGAACCAGAGAGAUAGAGGAGUAGAUGAUACAGGCACCAGAUUGGGAUGGAGAGAACCAGAGAGAUAGAGGAGUAGAUGAUACAGGCACCAGAUUGGGAUGGAGAGAAACAGAGAGAUAGGGGAGUAGAUGAUACAGGCACCAGAUUGGGAUGGAGAGAACCAGAGAGAUAGGGGAGUAGAUGAUACAGGCACCAGAUUGGGAUGGAGAGAACCAGAGAGAUAGAGGAGUAAAUGAUACAGGCACCAGAUUGGGAUGGAGAGAACCAGAGAGAUAGAGGAGUAGAUGAUACAGGGACCAGAUUGGGAUGGAGAGAACCAGAGAGAUAGAGGAGUAGAUGAUACAGGCACCAGAUUGGGAUGGAGAGAACCAGAGAGAUAGAGGAGUAGAUGAUACAGGCACCAGAUUGGGCAGUUCCCACAACAAGAGACGAGAGAAACUAACAAUCCACUUGUGCAACAGUUUAGUUAAACGUUAUCACUGAGGGCCUAAGUCUUAGUCACGCUAGCUACAUCACUGAUUAAUGUAUUCCUAUUACUGUCAGCAGAUAGCCACACAUAUCUUCACACAUUCCAAAAAUGCAGAAUCUUACACUGGAAAAGGUGUUGGGCUAAAGCUUGAUGGUAGGUGGGGUUGAGGGUUUAGUGAGCUGUCCUUUUGACCAAUAAUUUAUUUCCCCUCAUUUACCAAAAAUCGAUGUUUUGUUAUUAGGUUAAUCCCACUGAGUGCAUAGUACAGUAUUAAGUUUCAGCAAGCUCUGGAAAUGAAACUCAAUGCCAAAUUUCUCUUGAGUUUUCAGUACCACAUCAUCUAUCUGUUUAUGGAAGAGAUGGAGUCAAUCUUCCAAUGAUAUCAAAUCAACUUAAAUCUCAUGACCAUGACAGCUCUUGACUGAAGCCAACUGCUUGAACGUAACGUUUCAUUAUAAAUAAUAUUAGUGGGUCAGCCGUUUAUAAAUCUCCCUUAUUACUAUUCAUACAGUAGGUAUGAAAGCAGAGAUUAAGCAUGUAUAAUAUGUGUAGAUGUAAUUGUAGCAAGCGAGGAGCUUAAAAAACAGCCUUUGAAAAAUACACUCCGUUCAUUAAAUCAGCUGGUUGAUAAAAACAUGAGAUUGAUUGAAAUAACAUCCUUUUGAAGAAGGUGAAAUGGCCACCACCAGAUGAUGCCAGAGACAGAAGUGAAAGAGAGAGUCUUGACUCCCUAAUUUUUUUCUGGUCAGGGCGGGGCCACUCUGGUCUACUUAUUGGCCCCACCUCACUGGCUAAUUAUUUCUGGUCAGGCAGGCCGAGCGAGAGGGGACACUAAGUAGACCAGAGCCAGCUGUUCCCUCUCUCACGUGAGCAUGCCAGACAUUAUGGAGGAGCCUUGAGCUCACACAGGAAGGCAUGUUCACGCAAGAGAGGGAACAUCCACUUACACAGACCGGAACACAUUUUUUUCAAUGGUAAACGGCCUGAGGAAACCAUCUUAGUUAUCCACCAUCUUUGAUGAUCCUUCAACAUGACAACCUUAUGGGUUAUCAAAUGCCUUAAUGAAAUAAGUGCUGUUUUUUGGGGGGCCUCUGGUUGAAAUAUUAGACCCAUUGUGUUUUAUAGUCUUGAUCUAUUUCAUUCUCUGUAUUUACAUUUUAGUCAUUUAGCAGAAGCUGUUAUCCAGAGCAACUAGGGUUAAUUGCCUUGCUCAAGGGCACAUCCACAGGUUUUUCACCUCAUCGUGUCUGGGAUUUGAACCAGCAACCUUUCGGUUACUGGCCCAGUGCUCUUAACCACUAGGCUACCUGUACACUGUGUUACGAUUAUGCUGAAAAUAUUAUUAUUGUUGCUGUUGUUGUACUCUUAUUGUAUUAGUUGCUUUGAGAGAUGUGUUUGUCUCACACACUCACACACAACCCCCCCCCCCCCCCCCCCCCCUGACCAGUUGCUUUAAAGCUGGGGUGUCAAAAUCAUUCCUUUCAAUUAAGACCUAGACAACCAGGUGAGGGGAGUUCCUUACUAAUCAGUGACCUUAAUUCAUCAGUCAAGUACAAGGGAGGAGUGAAAACCCGCAGACACUCGGCCCUCCGUGGAGUUUGGCUCGUGCUUUUCUUGGGAGGUGCAAAUACAUCUUCUGAAAGGGAACACACACAAAUCAAAAGUGCCUGGCUCUAGGGUGAGGAGGAGGUCGGACUCAGCUGCCAAAGUCUGUUCAGUGCUGCUUCGUUGUAGUAUUUGUGUCAGUUUGACAGCCUAAUAUCUCACAGACACAACAUGCCACUAACGCGUCAAUAUUUAACAAUAAGCAUGUGUAGGCCUACAACAGACACAUUGUGACAUUUCAAAGGUUGUGCAUCUCCAAAGAAGUGUUAGGUAGGUAGCUCAAGCCUCAACUGAAGCCAGUGAUCACACAGGUUCUGAUAUACUGAUAUAACUUGAUAUAACUGCCUUAUCUAUUGUUGCCCUAGGUGCAAAUUUUAUCCAAUUUGAAAUAUAUUUUUGUGUGCCUAUCAUUAGUUUUCAAUGUAUCAGUUUCCAGAGGCACCAACUGUCCUUUCAGAGACCAGAUCAUAUACAGUCUCACUACACAAUAAACUGCUUGGCUUUGCAGAAGUUAUGUAUUUUCAACUGUGCCACCUUUCCAAUAUGGCAUCCAGUUGUCACAUUGUUACUGUAACUCAGCCAAGGUUCCUAUAAGCCUACACCAUUUCAUACAUUUCAAGUAGGCCUUUAGUUUUAAACCACCAUUACAACCAUCACCUCUGAGAAAAGGAUAGAGACGCAAAAAAACCAGACGUGUGGAUGGACAAGCAAUGUUCAAUGUGGAGGAAGGGUAGGGUAUAGGAGGUAGGGCAGACAUAGCUGCGUGAAGUGUGAGCCACGCGGUCUACAGAAUAUUUACCUUCACUUCAAACGGAGCGAGAGGAUGAGGACAAUCAAAGGAGGGAUGAUGUGGCCAGGGUCGGGGUGAGGUGCAUCAUGGGUUCACGAGGCAUGACAGUGCAGAAAGAAUGGAGAACAGAAGGCAGGUGGAGGUGGGGACUGGGGGGUGAGUCAACAGAGCUGUUUGUGUUUUUUGUCCUGAAGGAGAAAAUGGAUACGAUGACAUCAUGUCAGAAAACCUUAACACUAUUUAGGGCUCUGUUAAACCAGUAUCGCUGAAGCGUUACAGAUCGCGAGAUAGAAAUGUAAAGGUAAUUUAUUAUUGAGCCAACAUAUGCAGCGUUUACCAUGAAUGCAGUCUCAGCUAACGCGGAACAUUGCCUUUAAAUUUCAAUCAUGCUGUAACGAAGAAUUUCUGUAUAGGUUCUAAACCCUGAGGCUUUAAUAGUCACAUGAAGGAUGGGCUCAUGCCGAACAUAGCCAUAGUUUAUUGGUGCAAGUCAAUUCAGUUUUAUCCUUUAAAAUAAUGUUCUAGUACUAUCCCAUUAGUCUAUAAGAUACAGCCCCUAGCCAAUGAAAAGCACUAGGGCUGUGUCCCAAAUGGCACCGUAUACCCUAGAUAGUGCUCUACUUUGAUCAGUGCCCUGGGACGCAGUUAAGCCUACUGUAGAAGGUUAUUGUCAACCUGUUGGCUAACCAGAUGGAUCCUCAUUCACAUACAGUCAUCCAGACAGUUGUAUCCUUAUAGGGAUAAACCAGUGAUAGACAGAUAAGCCUGUCUGGAUCAAUGGGACGAGAGGAGCAGGCGAUUGGAUCCAAGUCAUGCGGAGGAAAGGAAUUUGGCCGAAACUGGAUCCAAGUCGGACUGACUGUUCUUUUUGAGUUUGUGUGAAUCCUGAGUGUGAUUCACUGGGUUCCAUGUUUAGUCUGCCCAUUCAAGGUGCCAAGAUCUGUCGACAGAAGAUUUGUAUAUAAUUUUAUUUAUUUAUCUCACCUUUAUUUAACCAGGUAAGCCAGUUGAGAACAAGUUCUCAUUUACAACUGCGACCUGGCCAAGAUAAAGCAAAGCAGUGCGAUAAAAACAACAACACAGAGUUACAUAUGGGGUAAAAAAACAUCCUAGUGGGAUGCUAAUGAAAGAUCUCUAAGUGUCUAUAAGGGCCACAACACUCUAUCCGUAGACAAACAUUGAGAUCUUUGUCUGUCGGCCAUAAAAAAACAACUUGGAUGGUAUUCAGGGGUUAAAGUUACUCUGACAUUAAAGAGCCAAUCACUCACUCAACCAAACAUCUUAAAGACCCUCAAAACAUUCACAGAACCCCAGUCAGAAGUUGUGUAUUCAAAGUCAAAGAACCACUUCAUAUUCAUUGAUAUGUAGACUUUUUUUAUGACAAGAUGUGUAAAUCUGUGCAAUGUUUAUUAUCAUUAUCUAUCUGUCUCUUGUAUUGUAUGCACAAAAUGAAAACCCCCCAUAGUUUUUACCUGUGUGGCACAAUAAAGUAUUUUAAAACAACCAUCCCUGUCUGACUCAUUGCCUAAUAAUGGAAGACAAUACCCAACACAAUAUAAAGGUAACCAGCAGCUGAGUAAACAUUUAUAUUUAAAAAAUCUGAAAUAUUUGUUGACACCAACUGUUCAUUUCUCUUUGAAAACAGAGUAAAUGCAUUUUCUUGAGGAAACAUUUUCACAUUUGACAAAAUCAUAUUUUUUUAAGCAGUUGGUGACUGGAAAUAUAGUUCAUAAAACAGUGUAGCCAUACAGAGAAGCUGGACAGAGGACAGCAGGCGUUUAAUACUGGGAGCUGUUGGCAUGCCUCUGUUGGGACGAAGGAGGCCAGACUGGGGGGCGAGGGGGUAGAGGGUGGUGGGUGGGAGUAGGGGCAUAGAGAGGCUCAUGGGACGGGCGAGGGGGUAGAGGGUGGUGGGUGGGAGUAGGGGCAUAGAGAGGCUCAUGGGACGGGCGAGGGGGGUAGAGGGUGGUGGGUGGGAGUAGGGGCAUAGAGAGGCUCAUGGGACGGGCGAGGAUGGGAUGAGGACAGUUUGUAUAGGAGAGUGCAGUGGCAGCUCUUUCCACCACUGAGAGUCAUAACUCAGACAGACAGACAGAAAGGUCAGGGACCGAGGGAACGAGGGUGUGUGUGCGAGUUCAUUUGCAUACGUGUGUGUGUGUGUGUACCUUCUUGUACAUGUCUGUGUGUACAUCCAUAUGUGACCAUACGUAUAAACAGCUGUGUGAAUGUCUGUGUGUACAUCCAUAUGUGACCAUACGUAUAAACAGCUGUGUGAAUGUCUGUGUGUACAUCCAUAUGUGACCAUACGUAUAAACAGCUGUGUGAAUGUCUGUGUGUACAUCCAUAUGUGACCAUAUGUAUAAACAGCUGUGUGAAUGUCUGUCUAUGGACAUAGCAUGGCCUCAACUUGACAAAGAAGAUAUUGGGGACUUUUUAAGAAAGUUGAAGCUCAUUUACUGCAUUUCUAUACAAUUUAAAAACUCUAAAAUGCUAUUUGGAGAACAGCCAAAACAAGCAGAAAUGACACCAGCCAUUAUCACAUUGGUUGCUGUAGCUUCAUUCACCUCAGUCGAUCUACAAAAACAUAGCCUAUUAGCUAUACAAUUUAGCCACUACACAUGAACUCACAUUAACUCAGCACCGGGAUAAAAAAAACUAUAAUUGAAUACAUACAAAGGGAUCUGUUAGCAGAAUAAAUAAUAUAUUACCAAAAGGUAAACAAAUAAGUUUGCUUUACAGCAAAUUUCCUGCAAUUCUACACAUUUUGCCAUGACAUACCAUGUUAAUAUGAUAUCUGAGUGAGAGUGACUAACAAAAUCAAUGGGGGCCCCUGGAGGUCAGGGCCGUUGGGCACAUGCCCUGUGUGCCCGGUAAUUCGGCCAGUUUAGAUAGCUGGCUAGACUUUUAAGCAGGUCAACAUUCACAAGGCCGCAGGGCCAGACGGAUUACCAGGACGUGUACUCCGAGCAUGUGCUGACCAACUGGCAAGUGUCUUCACUGACAUUUUCAACAUGUCCCUGACUGAGUCUGUAAUACCAACAUGUUUCAAGCAGACCACCAUAGUCCCCGUGCCCAAGGACACUAAGAUAACCUGCCUAAAUGACUUACCGACCCGUAGCACUGACGUCUGUAGCCAUGAAGUGCUUUGAAAGGCUGGUCAUGGCUCACAUCAACACCAUUAUCCCAGAAACCCUAGACCCUAAUUUGCAUACCGCCCCAACAGAUCCACAGAUGAUGCAAUCUCUAUUGCACUCCACACUGCCCUUUCCCACCUGGACAAGAGGAACACUUAUGUGAGAAUGCUAUUCAUUGACUACAGCUCAGCGUUCAACACCAUAGUGCCCUCAAAGCUCAUCACUAAGCUAAGGACCCUGGGACUAAACACCUCCCUCUGCAACUGGAUCCUGGACUUCCUGACGGGCCGCCACCAGGUGGUAAGGGUAGGUAACAACACAUCUGCCACGCUGAUCCUCAACAUGGGGGCCCCUCAGGGGUGCGUGCUCAGUCCCCUCCUGUACUCCCUGUUCACCCAUGACUGCAUGGCCAUGCACAACUCCAACACCAUCAUUAAGUUUGCAGACGACACAACAGUGGUAGGCCUGAUCACCGACAACGAUGAGACAGCCUAUAGGGAGGAGGUCAGAGACCUGGCCGUGUGGUGUCAGGAUAACAACCUCUCCCUCAACGUGACCAAGACAAUGGAGAUGAUUGUGGACUACAGGAAAAAAAGGAGGACUGAGCACGCCCCCAUUCUCAUCGACGGGGCUGUAGUGGAACAGGUUGAGAGCUUCAAGUUCCUUGGUGUCCACAUCAGAGGGCACGACAAAGCCUAUUCCCCCUCAGGAGACUGAAAAGAUUUGGCAUUGGGUCCUCAGAUCCUCAAACAGUUAUACAGCUGCACCAUCGAGCGCAUCCUGACUGGUUGCAUCACCGCCUCCAGGACCUCUAUACCAUGCGGUGUCAGAGGAAGGCCCUCAGAAUUGUCAAAGACUCCAGCCACCCUAGUCAUAGACUGUUCUCUCUGCUACCGCACGGCAAGCGGUACCAGAGCGCCAAGUCUAGGUCCAAAAGGCUUCUCAACAGCUUUUACCCCCAAGCCAUAAGACUCCUGAACAGCUAAUCAUGGCUACCCAGACUAUUUGCACUGCCCCCCCCCCAACCCCACCCCAUCUUUUUACGCUGCUGCUACUCUGUUAAUUAUUUAUGCAUAGUCACUUUAACUCUACCCACAUGUACAUAUUACCUCAACUAGCCAGUGCCCCCGCACAUUGACUCUGCACCGGUAACCUCCUUUAUAUAGCCUCCCUACUGUUAUUUUAUUUUACUUCUGCUCUUUUCUUCUCAACACUUUUUUGUUGUUGUUGUUUUAUUUUACUGUUUUAUAAAAAAAAGAAUGCAUUGUUAGUUAAGGGCUGUAAGUAAGCAUUUCACGGUAAUGUCUACACCUGUGGUAUUUGGCGCAUGUGGCAAAUACAAUUUGAUUUGAUUUGACUAACUAGACUAAUUUACCAAUCUCAAAAAUGUUAACUUACGUGGGCUAACUGAGUGACAGUCAGUGAGUGACACACAGUAUAACAACCAAGUUUAGAAAUUGCACCUUGUGUAUUCUACUAUUCUAACUCUCGACAGUAAGUUGAGACCCUGAAUGAGAGCCUAAAAAAUAUAUUUAUAAAAAAUAGAUAUAUUUGAUAUGUUUGUUUUUUUCUUGAAAAAAUCCAGAGGUCCAGACCUCGGUGUCCUCAUAUGUAGCCAGGGCCCUGACUGUUAUUGGUGUUAUGAAGACCUUCACACUGAGAAGGCUGUUAAGCCCAAAUAACUGAUCCGCUAUCCAUGAUGCAGUGAAAAUAAUUUAAUAAAAGUAACCUUUAUGCAACAUAUCUUUCAGUGCUGGACACAUUACAUUUUUACUGAUUUAGAUUUCCUGUAUUUGGCAAUGAAUAAAUCUGUACAGAACAGUACACUGCGUGGACCAAGGGGGCCAAGUAAGGAUGCCAAAGGUACCAAGUAAGGAAAUGUGGACAGAGGCAUGCAUUCGGUGACAACAUAUUUACAUUUCUCCCAUUGUUCCUGGUUCAGGAAUAGCCCAAUCACCUAUUACCUCAACGCCUACUGUUUCUUUCCCUUCCAGAUGAUGAUAAUUGCCAAAUAUCUCAGUCGAGGAGUAAGCUGUAACUGUAGACUUAGGCAUUGGAACAACAACGUCGCCACCCCACCCCAGUAGUCCAGGAAUUAUCUAUCACAUUCUGUUCUUCCUCACAUUCUGUCCCAUCCUUCUCUCAUUGUCUACAUGGUUUUCUAGAACCCUCCAUGUGUUCCUUCAGUAGUUCUGUGAAACCUAGAGUAUUCUUGAAGAUGUCAACAACUUUAAAGGACAAUAGGAGUUUCUACAGGACGAGGGUUGGGGUUCGGAGGAAGCCCUUUCUCACAAAAAACUAAGCUGUGAAAUAAAGGUGACUGAUUUCAUAUUAGCAUGUGGGAUUCCUAUCUCCUAUCAGAGUGUUGACAUCAUGCCACUUAAUGUAACCAUACGGAUCCCCCUGAGAAACAGCCUGGCUUUACUUUGAGGAAUUAUUUUCCACUUGGUUGUGCAGUAGUUUCUUAAUUACAGACUAUACAUGACAAUGCAAAAACGUGUCCUGGAGGUCUCAUGUAUUAGCUUGUGACUAAUAUAUGAGACCUUCUUAGCUCUUCGCCUCGGGGAAAGUAUAACAUGAUUCAUUGUGGUAGAUAUAGAACAAGGAAAAUCUGCACAAUACCAGUCAAUCUUACAGAAGGUGUAUGACAAAUCUUUACCUGUUGCAAGGUUUGGCCCUCUUUCACCUUCAUGCAGUUGCUUUGGCUUUGGGAUUCCCAGGCAACAGAAGCAAUUCGUCUAGCGGUAUGUGCAAAGAAGCCCUGUUCGUAAAAGCUGGUUUAGUACCGCCAUCUUGUGGUGAAACUUUGUGUGCAUCACAUAUAAGACAGCCUCCAUCACUGACACAACCCAUAACUAAAACCUCUUCUCAGAAAGGGAUGUAAAUAAGCAAAAUACACCAUCAAAAGGUGACCUUCCACUAAGGAUCAACAUAGAGACAACAGAACAUUUAGAGAGGAACUUUAUUGGAAAAUAUGAGAACUUGCCUAGUCAGCAUGGCUCCACCUGCCCAUAUUCCUAACCAAAACUACAAUAGGUUACAUUUGCAUUUUCAAAAUUCCUGUUGUCAUCUCGCAUAUAUGCUUUUGAAGAAGGUACUAAGGAGAUAUCAUAACCAUUGCAGUGUCAGCCAUUUUGAAGCAUAUUUUCCUGUUUACUGUACAUAGAUAAACAAGUUAGCGGAACUGUCUUUAUAAAUAAUGUUAUCAUUCUUCCUUUUAUGGGAAUGGCAGAAAGUUAUUGUAUAUUUUUCUAUCAAAUCUUUAUUUAUCCAGGAAAUCCAUUGGAAGCAUCAGGGGAUGGAGGCCCAUGCAGGCACGAAGGCUUUCUGUCAUAUGUUCCGGUCAUUCAUUCAGUGUAGAAUUGUCUUUUAAAAACAGUUUGUGCGAUUUGCUGUGUCUUUCUCUCUAGCGUGUAGGACCGCCCCCUCUCCUACAUUCAUGCAUUCUGUAGGCACACAUGUAAAAUAUCCCUGGAACACACAGAGCACACACAGGUUAAUGGACAAUGGACAUCAGAAACCAGCUGUAGACACCCCCAAAAACUACACGCCUCCCUUCAGCACCUACCCUAUCUAUCAGGUCUGAAGGAUCAGCACUAUGAUGGAGCUAGGCUCCCCUAACCCAUUGGAAGGCUAGGGAAAACCAUCACCAUAUUGCUUUCAUCAGACUCUUCAGAUCUGCUAACACCGGGUGACUAGGGACUUGUGGGUUGUUUUUGGACCGGCAAUGGAAAUAUUGGGCAUGUUGGUAUGGAGCCAGCUUUGAGUGCUAUGAUUCACCCUGUAUGUCAGUUGUUACCUGCAAAGAAGGUCAUGAGCAGUGCCACCCAGCCCAGUAUGUAGGACCAGGAGAAGCGCCAGUCACCAAAGCGCUUGCCCAGGAAGUUCACUGUCACACCUGUGUAGAUGGCCAUCGCCAGCAGAACAAAUAAGGCUGGGAGAAGGAAGGGGAAUAUAAGAGGUAAAUAUGCUGUACUGUGUGUGUGUGUGUGUGUGUGUGUGUGUGUGUGUGUGUGUGUGUGUGAGACUCACUGGAGAUGAAAAACAUGAUCCCUGCAGCGAAGGAGCGGUUGAACCUCUCGAAGGUGGAGAAGUGGGCGAAGGAGAGAAUGCCUGUGAUGAUGCCCGCGAAGCACGACAUACCUGACAGGAUCAUAAAGGCCCGGGUGGCAUUCCAAUAUGCUAGAAGGGGACAGACAGAGGCUGAGCAGGAUGACAACAAUAGAGCCCCAGCAUCCCUUCUUCAGGCAGAUUAACAACUAAGCCCAGCGCCAUUCUCAGCCUCUAGGUGGCGCCAUAUUUAUCAUGCGCAACAUUCCUCUAAAAUACAUUUCCAGUAACAGGUUUGUGAAAACAGGAUUGUAACAUGAAACAAAGCAGCCAUUGAUGAGAUGUCUCUGACAAAUGACUUUAACUGGACUAGGAGGAAGUGUCUAUUAACUACUGAGAUGCUGCUGGUAGCCUAUUCACUUGGGUCAAGUUCAGGAGUGGUAAACGUAGUUUGAAUUACUAUUGCUCUCUUAGGCUAUGUCCCAAAUGGUACCCUAUUCCCUAUAUAGUGCACUACUUUAGAUCAGAGCCCUAUGGGCAUAGGGAAUAGGGUGCCAUUUGGGAGAUUGUGCUUGACGUGUGUUCUCACCGAUGCUGUCCGUCUGCAUGUAACACUUGCCCGACAUGCAGUACCUCCACAGGCCCUGGUGGGCGAAGCUGCCCGACAGACGGUACUGCAUCCAGUAGUCUGUUGCUGUGGAGACCACCAGCAGGAUGUUCCCCACCAUGGCACAGAACAGGCCCCCUCCCAUGAAGCUAUACAUCCUGAGAGAUGCUGCUGUGGCCACUGUGAAGGAGCUGAUACUGCAUAGGAAGACGAUGGAGGGGGGAUAA